AGAGCGGCUGCUCAGACUCUGUGCAAGGUGGGGAGGGAGGUAACCAAGCAAGCACGCGCGCGCCUCGCUUGCGCGAUACCAGCCACAGAACCGGCUCCAUCCGAGCCUUUUGCGCGUAGGGAAGAACCGGGUGGAGAGGAAGGAAUAUCCGAUCGCUAAGCAGGGAGACUGCUGCUGCUGCUACAAUCUGCAACAUUCACAAAGGAGGUUGGAGAGGGGAGGAGGGCAAAACUCCAGGAACUGAAAGCAACAACAAAAGCAAGCCGGGUUUUUCCCCCCAGCCCCCAGCAAAACGAGCAAGCCACCCGCAAACUCCUUUGCAGAAGGGCGCAGCAGACUCCUGGGAAGCAAAAAAAGAAGGAGAAAGAAAUUGGCGAAACACGACAUGGGCGCUAGCCAGUUCCACCUUUGCAGACCCGCAGGACGCAAGAGCCAGCUUGGGAGGCAGAAAGCGCUCCUGCUGGCAUGCGCCCUGUGGAUUUCCCUCUGCGCCCCGAGAUGCGCGGCUUUCAACCUGGACACGAAAUUUCUGAUCCACAAGAAAGGCAAGACCCCGGACAGCUACUUCGGACUCUCCGUGGCUCUGCACCAUCACAUGGACGGGCAACGAUACCUGUAAGUGAAAAUAGCGUUGGGACGGGGAGCGUGCAGUAUUGUGAGAGGCGCCCUUUUCUCCGGAGCCUCCCACUCUCUUUCUGAACUUGAGGUUCAGACUGGAGGCAUAAAAUCCGUUGCAGUAGUUAAGAGGGGAGCAGGCAUUCGAAUCACACAGAGCUGUCCGGCAAGCAGGGAUCUGAGAUUUAGAGAGUUGUCCGAUAUUUAAGCUGACAUCCCUUUUUGUUCCUCCCUCAGGAAGCCCCAUCUGAACUCUGUGGGACUUACUUUUGAGUAGACCUAUCUAGGGUGUUAUACCGAGAGGCACACUCUUUUUUUCCUGCCCAUUUUUGCCUAGAACAACAGGUUGGCAAAGCCCCCAAUUCUGCGCUCAUUCCCCCUCCUUGCCGCCAACAAAGUUUGGCAGUUCCCCAAUCUGCUUUUAAUUAAAUGUCAUAUUCUUUGUUCCUUCUCUUGGGAAUGGAGAUCUAGCAUAUUUUUGUGGUCUCUGGUUAGCAAAAGAGACUCUUAUAAUAAGUGUCUGUGAACUAAUGGAGAAGUUACUUGCAUCUACUCCCCACCCACCCAAGCAUGCUGCAAUUCACAUCUGUUUGUGCCAUUCAGCUUGUCAGCUUUUUGGAUUUAGCUGGAAUUCAUCUGUUCCUGAACUCGAUGCCUGUUUGCGUGUGUGUUCGAGAGCAAUUUAUGCCCUAUUGUGUUGGGGUUGUACCACAUGUGGCCUGGUGCGUCUAACAUCAAUUGGCCCUUUCCUUCCAAAGCGAGAUGUUGACUGAAACCAGGGAAGCGGCUGCAAAUGUGAUGGUUAAUGCUGUUUGUUGACAGAAAAUAUAUUCAGGGUCACUGAAUAUUGGUGGCCACCGGUAACACAAGACUGGCGGUUGCCAACGUGCUGCUUGUGGGUGCCUAUGAAGGUUUUUCCUGGUUGCCCGAAGGGUUUUUUCCACACAAAUUAGGCUUGUAAGAAGCAUUCCAUUAUAGCCAAUAUCAUGGGUUGCAGAGUGUGCUUGGUUGUGGUUUGCAGAUAUGUCCACAGACCCAGAAAGAUGGCAACUCCUGCAGUUAAAUUCAAGUCUACCCAGUGGCACAUUGCAACCUAAUCAGAAAAUGCAGUGUUAGAAACUCAAAUAUAUGAGCUAGGCUCCAAAUAGCUUCUUAAACCAAGGUUACAGUUGCUAGAACAGAAUGUCUAGUUUGGGGGUAAGACGGCUCUUUUUUUACAAAUGAUGGACAACUGACGGUGAUGGAUUCUCAGUUAAACAUCUGGCUAGUUCAGAUGACCACCUUGAGCUAGGUUAAGAGCUCUGAGAACUUAGGGAAGAAAAGUCACUUUAUCCAGGGACAGUUCACAUGUACAGUGGCACCUCGGGUUACAGACGCUUCAUGUUACAGACGCUUCAUGUUACAGACUCCACUAACACAGAAAUCGUACCUCGGGUUAAGAACUUUGCUUCAGGAUGAGAAGAGAAAUCGCGUGGCGGCACGGUAGCAGCAGCGGGAGGCCCCAUGAGCUAAAGUGGUAUCUCAGGAUAAGAACAGUUUCAGGUUAAGAACGGACCUCCAGAACAAAUUAAGUUCUUAACCCACUGUAUACCUGUUCCAAACUCUUUUUCUUAACAAUGACUUCUGCUGCUCAGGCUGCUCAGGCUGCACAGAAAACGCAUUUUGGUUCCAAAAAUUCAUUCUGAUUGUGCAGAUAAUAUAUAACUGAUAGAAUUCUACAGGAUGGGAGCAUGAGUGUGUGAAAACAGUCCAGAUUCAAUGAUCCCCAGGCAUGCACCUUCCAGAUGGUGGAGAUGCUAUUUUAUGUGAAUCGCCCUGAGACCUUCAGGUAUAGGGUGGUAGAUAUAAAUUAAAUAAAUAAAUGAUAAAAAUGUCAGGUGCCAUCCUGGCACCCUGGCAUGUCGCAAGUGGUCAAAAGCCAGGUGCAAAAUGCUCCUGGCGCCUGGCUAAUUUCGAACACCGACAGCACGUCGAGAUACCUUACUGGGGAAUAGUGCAACUUUCCUGCAAAAUACCCUUGAGCAGAAUAAAAAGGGCAAAUCAAAACUUAAGGUAAAGGUAAAGGGACCCCUGAGCAUUAGGUCCAAUCGUGACCAACUCUGGUGUUGCGGCGCUCAUCUCGCUUUAUUGGCUGAGGGAGCCGGUGGACAGCUUCCGGGUCAUGUGGCCAGCAUGACUAAGCCGCUUCUGGCGAACCAGAGCAGCGCACGGAAACGCCAUUUACCUUCCCGCCAGAGUGGUACCUAUUUAUCUACUUGCACUGGUGUGCUUUCGAACUGCUAGGUGGGCAGGAGCAGGGACCGAGCAAUGGGAGCUCACUCUGUCGCGGGGAUCCGAACCGCCGACCUUCUGAUCGGCAAGUCCUAGGCUCUGUGGUUUAACCCACAGCGCCACACAUAGGGACAAAUCCUUACCGUCCCAAACCUGCUUAAUUCAGAGCAGUGCAGUUUUGUCUGGGAUAUGCAUGUGAGGCCGAGGCUCCCUUAGUACUCAGUGUGCGUUUCCCUGGAUGAGGCUCACUUCUUAUGCCAGUGGCAGCAGAUAACAGGUGCCAACCAAACCAAUUCAACAUGUAGGUCACUCUGUUGGUUCACGAGAAGCCUUUUGAAACCUUAUCCAGCAAGGAUGCAGCACUAAAUAUUUAGUAUGUAUACCAUACCUUCUUCUUUUUCAAUGGCAUCAAAUGGUUGCUGGAAUGCUUUUAUUUCUUCUAAGGAAUUUAUAUCCCACUCAGUAUUUAUUUAAGUAAAAAGAAAUCCAAGAAACUUCAUUUUUUUAAUUUUAAAAAAUCCCUAAAAUAUUUAAUGCUAUUAUUUCCAUUUAUAUGCCAUUUUUUUCCUAUGUAAAUUUGCACAAACACAACAGUACCUCUGCUCAGAGAACUGCCCUGGUUGCCCAUUUGCAAUUGGGCCCAAUUAAAGGUGUUACAACAACAACAACAAAUUAUUAUUAUUAUUAUUAUUAUUAUUAUUAUUAUUAUUAUUUGUGCCCCGCCCAUUUGGCUGGGUUUCCCCAGCCACUCGGGGCAGCUCCCAAGAGAAUAUUAAAAACACGAUCAAACAUUAAACUUCCCUAAACAGGGCUGCCUUCAGAUGUCUUCUAAAAGUCAGAUAGUUGUUUAUUUCCUUGACAUCUGAUGGGAGGGCAUUCCACAGGGCGGGCGCCACUACCGAGAAGGCCCUCUGCCUGGUUCCCUACAAUCUCACUUCUUGCAGCAAGGGAACUGCCAGAAGGCCCUCGGAGCUGGACCUCAGUGUCUGGGCUGAAUGAUGGGGGUGGAGACACUCCUUAAAGCCCUUAACAGCUUGGGACCAAUUUACUUGUGAGAUUGCUUUACCCCAUAUAGGCCCAUACGACCGCUUCAGUCUGCAGAACUGGCAGUGUUACAGGUACCACAUAAUACUGAUUCUGAACUUCUUGUUGGCACCCAUCUAAAUAAAUCCAUACGCAUUGGAACUCCCUGCCUCUUGACAUCAGCCAGUCACCUUCGCUGCUCUUUUCAACACCUGCUUAAAAUAUUUUUUUUCUAGGCAAGCCUACCCAGACAGGCAGAAAUAAUAAUAAUAAUAAUAAUAAUAAUAAUAAUAAUAAUAAUUAAUACCCCGCCCAUCUGGCUGGGCUUCCCCAGCCACUCUGGGCAGCUUCCAAAAAAAAUAUUAAAAUACAGUAGUCCAUCAAACAUUAAAAGCUUCCCUAAACAGGGCUGCCUUCAGAUGUCUUCUAAAAGUCUGGUAGUUAUUGUUCUCUUUGACAUCUGGUGGGAGGGCGUUCCACAGAGCGGGCGCCACUACCGAGAAGGCCCUCUGCCUGGUUCCCUGUAACUUGGCUUCUCACAUUGAGGGAACCGCCAGAAGGCCCUUGGAGCUGGACCUCAGUGGAGGUGGAGAUGCUCCUUCAGGUAUACUGGACCAAGGCGGUUUAGGGCUUUAAAGGUCAGGACCAACACUUUGAAUUCUGCUCAGAAACGUACUGGGAGCCAAUGUAGGUCUUUCAAGACCGGUGUUAUAUGGUGAAAUCACCAUUGAAACAUCUCAGUCGAUACCAGCUGGUUAAAACAUAUGUGCUCCACCAGGAAUCUGGUGGCGUUGUUGACGGGGGCAAGUUCUGUCAAGAUGGGCAGUUUAGAAUGCAUAGAUGAUCUCUGGCUCUGCUGGUGUUAAGAGACCAGCCUGGCUUAGCCAAAGAUACACCAGCACAACUUAAUAAUAAUAAUGUUAUUAUUUAUACCCCCACCCGUCUGGCUGAGCCGAGGCCAGCGCAAGAUGCCCAAAAUGGACAUUCUGGGGGCGUGGUUUGGGCAGCACCGGGGGUGACUCUUAGGUCAAAUCCUAAGCUUGUUCUGCUCAUUCAGAUGAUUGGCAGCCCUGCCUAAAACCCUAUUUUAAAGGCAUGUUUCCCCUCUUCCCGGCUUAGGCAGAGCAGCUGCAGCGGUUCCACAGCUGAACGGGAUUUGGCUCUGGUGUACCUUUAGGGCAGUUUAACUUACGCUGGCUUGUAUUACGCCAAGCUUCUUGUGUGCAUAGGAUUGCUUCUUAUGUCUGGUCCACACUUCUCAAUGUGAGGAGUUGUGGGGAGACUCCUGAAAUGGGUAGUUAUAAAAUAUAUUUAAAAUAAUAAUAUUUAUUUAUUUACCGCUCGUAGUUACUCAAAACUCUUAAGCGGUUUACAACACAGGUUAAAACACCUUAAGUAAACAGCAAACACCAAAACAAAAAGGAGGGAAUUUAUACAUUCGAUGAAACGUAACUCAAUAGAGAAUCCUCGUCGGUGUCAAAAUAAACAUUGCCGCAUAAAAAAAUCAGCUGCAAAAAAAAAAAUGCGAGGAAAAUCCUUAGUAAAAGGACUAAAUUCAAGCAUCCUCUAAAGAUCAGGCAGCAAAAUAAUUUAAAAUGAAAAUGAGCUAAAAAGUAUAAAUUUCAGCUUUUUAAAAAACGACGUCAAAAACCCCCAAACCUGAUUCGCAAUGAAGCAAAAGAAAACCGACUUAUUCUUCCCCACCGCCAUACAUCAAUCCAUCACCCCAUGAAAAUCACGAAGAAAACUUUGGCUUAGAAUCAGUUUGAUUCCCUCCCCCUCUUUCUUUUUCCUUUCUCCUCCUGUGAUCCUCAUGUUUUAAUGUUGUAUUUUAAUCUUUUUUAAAAAUUGUAUUUUAAUCAACUUGUUUUUAUUAUUGGUUGUUAGCUGCCCUGAGCCCGGUCUUGGCUGGGGAGGGCGGGGUAUAAAUAAAAAUUUAUUAUUAUUAUUAUUGUUAUUUAAAACAGCCACUGUUAAGAGCCAUUAAAAAAAAAUACACUGGGGCAAGAGAGAUAUCAGCCUAGCGGCUCAAAAGCAAGCUGCAAUGGAAUAAUACAAGCAGGAUAGCUCAGUUGGUUAGAGCGUGGUGCCAUUAAGGCCAAGGUUGCAGGUUCGAUGCCCGUAUGGAACAGCUGCAUAUUCCUGCGUUCCGGGGGGUUGGACUAGAUGAUCCUCAGGGUCCCUUCCAAUUCUGUGAUUCUAUAUGAAGGGGCACGUGCUGGAUUUCCAACAGCCAUCCCCUUGGGGCAUGUGAAUUGGAGGCUCUUGGCUCUGUUGUCUCCUCCUUUUUUGCACGUGGCACACACUGGCCUGCUUUAUCCCUUUGAGUUUGUUCUUCAAAGCACAUGCCUAGUCUUGCAGAUGCUUCCCUGUGGUUUCCGCCUCCUCCUUCACUCACGCUGCCUGUCUGCCAUGCAGAGAGAGUCACCUGGGUGGGAUGCAGGUACCUAGUGAAUUGGUAUUUUAGGGCUGUUUGAGGAGCAGCUGAUCUAAGGUUCUGAUCCUACGUUUACUUACCGGGUUUGGGGCGGGGGGGGGGGAUGGAGGAGAAAUUUGAGUCAGUACACCUUUAAAGCCAGAUCUAGCAGAUCCAUGCUUUCUGAAACAAUACGAGAACCGGAACGCAGCUCAUCUUUGAAACGUACAUUUGUCUGAAUUUUGCGGUGCAGUUUUCCAGCCAAAAGUAUACAAAAGCGCAUAUGAUAGUGUGCCUGAGAAUGAGGAUAUUAGAUACAGCAGCACAUUCUAUUCAGGAAAAAUCGCUUGCAAAAAUGGGCACAUCAGUCUAAACUGCUGAUGUUCAUUAGCAGAAGUCUGCGCUAAAACACUAAUGACUUUUCCCUUCAAUGGAAAAUUUCUGCAAAUAUGUGGAGAACCCAAAAUGAAAAUUUGAAAAAUGAGAAACUGAGAGAACGGAAAUGGAUAGAUCCUUCCAGCCCUACCUGGGAGUAAGGCUUGUUAAACUCAGUGGGACUUACUUCUGAGUAGUGGUUUCUUCUUGAAACAAUGUUGAGCUGAAUGGACCAGUGAUUUAAAGCAGUUUUCUCUGCCCUUACGAUAUGAAACACUGCACAGUAAAGUAUUGUAUUAAUUCUCUCUACAUGGCUGGCAAACCUUACUGACUAUCUGAGGCUGGCAUUGUAAAAUCUGAAUUUUUCCUCCAGCCUUCCUAAGCAGUCUGUCCCUCUGGCUUUUGUUACCUGUCACCUACAUAUUGCGUGUUUGUGUGUCUGUGUGUGUAAAUACACUUACAAAGCACUGAGAGAAAUUCCAGCCAUGUGCAAAAGGUUAAAUGGAAAGGUAUUGCCCUAAUGCACAAAGUACCUAUGCAAAGGUGAUGGUGGAAAGCGAAAUCAAUGGAAAUUCUUCCCCCACAGAAGUCUAUUUUCAUAUGCAUUAAUUAUGCUUUUGUCUCACGUGGCUCGGCUCAGGAUCAUCCAGGGAGCUUCAUGGCUCAGAAAGAUUCAGAUCUGAGGCUUUGCGGUCCUUAACUGAUCCACUUGCUGUCUGGCAUGCUGUUUCCAAAUCAUUUCUGGAAAACCCCAAGCGGUUGUAGUUCCAGGAGCCCUAGAGCACAGCACCCUCCCUCUCCCUAUAGCCCGACUCCCUUUCCUUCUAACUCUGGGUGUAGACAUCACUGUCUCCAAGAGGGAAGAAGCAGGCAAAUAAGCAACAAUUGCUCCUACUACCACUCACUUACCGUAUUGGCCCGAAUAUAAGCCACACCCACAAAUAAGCCACACCUUUAAAAUUCAAAAGGGGGGUGGAGGAAAAAAGACAAUACCCAAAUAUAAGCCACUCCCUUAAAAUUGGGUUACAGGCUGAAAGUUGCUGCGGUUGGUAGAAUUUUAACCUGGAGCCAAUUUAAGCCUUUGAUUUUCCAAGCCCGCAAAAGUUACUGUAAAAUCGCUGAAAUUGCAAAUCGCUAUUCAAUUGGCUACAAUUCUGCAGGCACUCACACCCGUAAACGGCACAUGAACAGUCUUAAGCUCGCAAAUCGACAAUAAAACAUUUACCGUAUGUCUGUUUCAGCAGCGAUAUCGUAAAAAGGCCAAUUUUUGUAAGGUCAUGAAUUUAAACCGCACUUUAACUUUUCACGGUUGGAAUUUUUUUUUUGGGGGGGGGGAGUGAGGCUUAUAUUCAAGCCAAUACGGUAACUUCAUGAAAGUUCAGCAGCAGUUUAGUGGACAUUUCCCCUAACUGACACACAAUUGUAUGCAAUUUUGCUUAAGACAAGCAUUUCUGCAAGGCGAUUUCCCCGAAUGUGAUGCAUAUUUUUUUUGCAUGUCCUCGUCACUAGUAUACACAUCUAGGGUUGCCAUAUGUCCUCUUUUUCCAGGACACGUCCUCCUUUUCAUGGGUAGAGUCGUCAUAGCGAUCAAUAGUUAAAAGUUGAAGUUGGCCCAGGUGUCCUCUUUUUUGCUCUUCAAAAUAUGGCAACCCUAUUUUCUUUCACACUUCCCCAUGGCAAACACACCUCUGUACUUACUAGUUUGCUGGAAAACUACAUUGCAAAAUUCAGACAGGUGUGAAUUUUGAAAGACAGCCGUGGUUCAGGCCUCGUAGUGUUUCAGGAAGAGUGAAUUGUGUAGUUUUGCCUUUAAACGUGGACCAUAUUGAAUUGCUCCCCACUCCCUAGUGGAACAACCUUGAGUCUUUUCUGAUUUUGAUUUGAUAUGCCUUCCUCCCCACCAGCCAAUUUGAAUGUUUUGACCCAGAGCGAUGGCCCAAGAGUAUUUCUUAGGCCCAAGAGUAUCUCUUCAUCCAGACCCGACUGUGAAUUGUUCAUUUACAAACAGAGGCCUAUCCUAGCCCAGACUCAUCCUCAAGGGUCAAGGUGUGAGGUUCCCAUGGACCUGUUAACAUUCUUGUAGUUCUUUGUUGGAUUGGAUAAAUUCUACGGUGCUUUACAAAAGACCUUUUCAAACCACCGGAUUUUUCCUCUUGAUUAACUAACUCUCUCUCUUAGCUCAGGCCUCCGUUCCCAUGGAGACGUGUAUUAUGUUGUUUAAGAGGCAGGGUUUUUUCCACACACCCCCUUCCUUACUUAGCCUUGGUAUAAAUCACGGCUACUUGCACUAAUUCUAAAUGUACUGAUCUUCUAGAUUGCGUUUCAGCCGGAGAUCUGUUUGUGUUCUUCUGCUCUUACUGGGGCUGCGCAAGGAUGGGUGAAUCUGUCUGUUUCUGGGUUUUUUUUUUCCAUUUUCCCAAUCUUAAAUUCAGCUUUCCACAUUUGCACAUAGGUUGGCAAUUUUUUUUGCAAAAGGAUUUCUCUUCAUAGGCACAUUCUUGUAGGCAAUUUUGCCUGAAAUAAACCUUUCGGGAAAGAGAUUCCCCUUACUAGAAUGCAUGAAAAUGUAUUUUAUUUUCAGUAAUAUAUGUCUUUUUAGGUGCCCUUUGCCAGGGCCGGCCCACACAUGAGGUAACAUGAAGCAACUGCCUCAGGCGGCAGGAUCCACAGGGUCAGCAGAACCCAAUGUAGAUCUUUAUUCCACCUCCACCCCCAUUCCUGAUGUAGAUCUUCACUCACCCCUUCUUCCCCAGCAGGGAGUGGGGACGCCAUUUUCUGGUUUACCUCAGGUGCCAAAAUGUCUUGGGCUAGCCCUGCCCUUUACGCUAGCAUAGCUAGUUCCUGGACCCACUUCUAAGCUGAACAUACAUUUGGGGACCUAUUUCUUAACCUUUUACCACAUAUUUGCAUGAUGGUAGCACUCCUGUUGUGACUCACCGUGGAUCAGGCCGCAAUCCAGUAGUUGAAGACGAGCACGCUAGUAAGUGCAGUGCACUUUCUUUGGCUAGAGAACUGCAAUUCAAAAUUCAGAGAAGUGCCAAUCUCAAAAAAUGGCUGCGUUUUGGUUUGCAUAUUGUUUCAGAAAGAGAAAAUUAGGUAAGUUCGCUUUUAAAGGCGAUCUAAAUCUAUGCCAUAUUUGGUGGGGAGUCCUGUUCCUCUUAGGGAUGUGGGUGGCGCUGUGGGUAAAACUUCAGUCCCUAGGACUUGCCGAUCGCAUGGUCGGCGGUUCGAAUCCCCAUGGCGGGGUGAGCUCCCGUCGUUCGGUCCCAGCUCCUGCCCACCUAGCAGUUCGAAAGCACCCCUAAGUGCAAGUAGAUAAAUAGGUACCGCUUUAUAGCGGGAAGGUAAACGGCGUUUCCGUGUGCUGCGCUGGUGCUGGCUCGCCAGAGCAGCUUCGUCACGCUGGCCACAUGACCCGGAAGUGUCUCUGGACAGCGCUGGCCCCCGGCCUCUUAAGUGAGAUGGGCGCACAACCCUAGAGUCGGACACGACUGGCCCGUACGGGCAGGGGUACCUUUACCUUUACCUGUUCCUCUGCCUUUAAUAGUGGUCUUCCAGGCAAGCAUUUAAUAAAGCUUUUCCUGAUGAUAUUAUUAUUAUUGUUAUUAUUAUUAUUAUUAUUAGUAGUAGUAGUACUUUGUCCAUAUGCCUGGGUUGCCCCAGCCACUCUGGGCAGCUUCCAACAUAAACAAACAUCAACAGAACAGAACAUUACAAGCGCCUUGAUACAGGGCAGCCUUCAGAUGUCUACAGGCAAUCGUAUAAUUAUUUAUCUCUUUGACAUCUGAUGGAAGGGCUUUCAUGGGGCGAGAAGGCCCUUUGCCUGGUUCCCUGUAACUUUGCUUCUCACAGUGAGGGAACCUCAGUGUCUGGGCUGAACGAUGGGGGUGGAGACGCUCCUUCAGGUAUACAGGACCGAGGCCGUUUAAGGCUUUAGAGGUCAGCAUCAACACUUUGAAAUUGUGCUCAGAAACAAACUGGGAGGGGGAAGAUUGAGAAAGACGUCACCAAUUUCUGUGCAUCAGGUGUUAAGAAGAUCUGAAAAAGAAAGAAAAAUUGGCAACCCUGUUUAUUAGACAUCUGGCAUUUAGAGAGCGGGACAUUUCCUCCGUGCACUUAUUCUGAAUCAGUCUGGUAGCAGUUUAAUUGUGCAAAGUGCUCCAUGGCCAUAAUUUCUUUCGGCUUUGAGACUCUGUUCCAGUUUUGCAUAGGAAGCUACCUUAUAUCAAACCAGACCAUUAGUCAGCCCUGCUCAAGAUUGCCUGCUGCCCUCUCCAGGUUUUCAGACUGGGUUCCCAACUCCAUCCUGGAGACUGAAUCUGGGGCCUUCUGCAUUCAAAGCAGCGGUGUGAGGUGAAAUUUUUCGUAGGGGAACAGUUAGGGACAGAAGCACCAGCUUGCAAGGGUGAUGGGGGAGAGGUUGACAUCAUGUGUGUGAUGUUUCGAUGUCCUGACAUCAGAAGUAUGAGCUUCAAACCUUCCUCCCUAUAAUAAUAAUAUUGGGCGACUCCCAACAGAAUAUUAAAAACACGAUAAAACAUCAAACAUUAGAAACUUCCCUAAAGAGGGCUGCCUUCAGAUGUCUUCUAAAAGUCAGGUAGUUGUUUAUUUCCUUGACAUCUGAUGGGAGGGCAUUCCACAGGGCGGGUGCCACCACCGAGAAGGCCCUCUGCCUGGUUCUCUGUAACCUCACUUCUUGCAGUGAGGGAACCACCAGAAGGCCCUCGGAGCUGGACCUCAGUGUCUGGGCUGAACGAUGGGGGUGGAGAUGCUCCUUCAGGUAUACUGGGCUGAGGCCAUUUAAGGCUCCGUAAGCUGGGCAAAAGCUUCCUGGGCUUUGGGAAGGAGAAGGCAGGGCUCCGAUAGGAUGCUGGAGUCCCCUGUCUCCUUCCCAAAGCCAGGUGGGCACUGGGAAGGUGGUGGGAGGGCUCAUGGACCCAUGGGAGCAUCGCACCUCCCUCCCUAAGACGGACAGAAGCUUUUCAGGGCUUUGGGAAAGUGGCACCAGGGGACAUUUAUGGGGCUAGCCUAGUCCCCCUAGUCCACUGACCGCACACCACUGGUUCAAAGGCAUGUGUUCUACUACUGAUCUGUGAACUUUCUCGAAAGGGAUGGAGCAGUGCGGCUGGACAUUCAUGGCUUGCUCAAAACACGUGGGUUGUUAUUGAAUCUGUUGCUGCUGCUGUGUAGUUCCAGGAUUAAGGCAUGAAAUGGUCAAUGAGGAGCUUGCAGCCUUCUGGAUUUUGCUGGCUAAACAUUGUCCAUGUUGUCUAAUGCUGAUGGGAGUUGAGAAGCCCAACAACAUCCAGAGAGCCUCAGGUUCCCCAUCCCCGGUUCAGAGCACACAAAAUCCUGACAGCACUUCUGAGCAUAUGCGAAGCGCCUUUCUGAGGCCACUGAAGCAAGACAGCCGGGCUCUGUGCAUCUGGAAUGAGCAACGAAGCCUUCCAAAGCACAUGGCAAGACUUCUAAAGAGCUGCGAGCUCCGGUCACCUCUCGGACGAGGGUUUUGCAAUAGGCCUUGUUUGCUCACGCUGCGGUACCUACUUAAAAAAUAACAAACAUAUUAACACCACCAGGGCAAAAACAGUGGGAGAGCGGGGGGGGGGAUGAGAGGAGAGCCAGACUUCUUGGCUUUCACAUUUCUGAGACAGCUGGAGGGUCUCCCUUGCUCUCCUACCCAUUUGACAAGGAUGUCUUGUGCCCUGGAGAGGAUUUCUGACAGCAGCAGCUGCACGGCUCGGAAAGCAUCUGUGGAGACAUUCCAAAGAUUCAUUUGCAAAGCUCUUGAUGAAGUUGAGGGCUUCUCUGUCGAAGGCAAUGGGCAAAUCUGGUUUCCCCCCCUUGUUUUUCCUCCAAGAACAGCAGACCCCCCACCCUUACCCCACAGCCUUUAGGUGAAAAGGGGGGGGGGAAGAGGCAGCUGUGUGGAACAUGUGUCUGCAUGUGCAAACACUGUGAGAAAGUUUGGGGAUUUGAUCUGCGAGCGGUGUUUUAGGAAAGGGUCAGCCCCAGAGUUUAAUUUCACCCAAAGCUGACCCUUGAAGUCAAUUUUGAAUGCACGGGGGUUUUGCUUUCUCCUAAAAAUGCACAGCAAAGGGGCUUAGAACCCUAGAAUCAUAGACUUAUAGAGGGACCCUGAGGGUCAACUCAUUCAACACCCCCCCCCCCGUGGCACCUCUAAAGGCUUACACAUUUAUUGGAAUCCAUCCUUUACUAAAGGACUAGCGACAAGGGAUAUUUUGAUGACAGUUAAAAAUGAUGGACCUAACCUAUAGCUAAGGAUAGGGGGAGAAAUGUGAUUCCGUUCCUAUUUAACAGAACCAUAGAAUCAUAAAAUUGUAGAGUUGGAAGAGUCGUCUAGUCCAACCCCCCAGCAAUGCAAACUUAGCCCAUUCACGCUUCCCAAAACAACGUUCAAAUUGAAACACAUAGGGCAUCCUUUGAAUUUUGCACUUCUCUGAAUUUUGUAAUGCCCUUCUCCAGCCAAAAGUAUCGUGCGUGUAUAAGUUAGUGCAAUGGGUGCCUCUAAAUGCAUGUAACUGGUGAAAUAACAUACAAAAGCGCAUUUCGUUUGGGGAAAUUGCUUUGCAAAAAAGAAGAAGUGCAUAUCAAGAGCAAUUCACUGACGAAUUUUGAUGAGGACUUUACAAAACAAAACAGAGUAUCAAACAGAUGUGGAGAUGUGCAGAACUGAAUGUGAGACUGGAGAAAUGAGAAACUGAGAGGAAGGGAAGCGGACAUUUCUGCCCUUCCCUACUGAGCAUGCUCUGGCAACCAGGUGAUUGCUGGGAGAUGAAGUUCCUUCUGGGUAUUCGUAAAGGACUCUCCCCACCCUUGAGAAAUGUAAAGUCCAAAGGGUAAGUAGGUUUGUUUGCAGAGUGCUGCUCUGCAUCUGUCCUCUGCUCCCUCCCCCCACCCACUCCACAAAUAAUGCCUUUUCACCUUUGAGAAAGGGGUAAGGAUGCUUUCUAAAGGCAGAUCUUCCCUCAAGCCAGGGCCGGCCCACCCAUGAGACAAAGUGAGGCAAGCACCUCAGGUGGCAAGAUCCGCAGGGGUAGCAGAUUUGACCUUCAAAUAAUGCAUCGCCGGCUGCUAUCGCUGCCAUGGCAGCGGCAAUAUCUGCAGUCCACUCCUUGGAGGACAGAUCUACUGUCUCUUGGGCAGUCCCCCCCCCCCAGUGGCAUAGCAUGGAUUGCCAGCACCCGGGGCCACACAGAGGGGGUGGGAGGGAAGUAGAUGGAGUACCCAUGGACAUUCAACUGCCUAAUGGCGCUUGCGUCACCCAGGAGAUCACAGCCACAGAGAUGAGAAAAGAAGAGUCGUUCCGUUGUCUGGAGAGGUCACUUCCUGGUCCGCAUGGAGAAGCUGUUUUCAAUGGAGCCCAGUGACAGAAGCAUGCAGCUAUAUUGAGGCAGCACUGGGCGUUGAAAUUUUGUGCCCCCUAACAAUUUUGAGCCUGGGGCAACCGUCCCUGUGCCCCCAUGAUAUGCCUCCUCCCCAGUUUUGCAUCUACAAAGGCCUCUUGAUGAACAGAAGGUGCUGCUGGUCUCCUCCUACCCCAAGGGAGAAAACGUCAAGGGCUUCUCUUGGGGGUCUCCUGGGAUCUGCAGCCACCUGGUUUGAUUCAGAGCAGUACCCCCUCCCAGUGAUAGCCUUUGAUUCCCUCUUCAGCCAUUUGGUAAGGAUGAUCUGACCCCCCCUCCUCUAUUGUUCCCGAUGUAGAUAUUUAUUCCCCCUUGUUCCUGAUGUAGAUCUUCCCUCAACCUUUUCCACUGGUGGGCAGGGUUCGCCUCAGGUGCCAAAAUGUCUUGGGCUGGCCCUGCCUACACCUGUGUGCCCAGGUGCGUGACUGGUGCACGUGUCUUCGACUGGACCAAGUGAAUGGAGAUCCAUUGUGCGCAUUUUUUAAGAUAGCUAUCCUGAAUUCUGAACCUCGAAGCAGAAUAAGGUUGGGCGAUAUAUCAAUAUAUCGUCCAAAACCGGUUUGAAGUCAUGAUACCGCUUUCAUAAUUUUUGACCUGACAGUAUAUCGCAAAUCAUGACAUGUGCAUGUGUGCAUGCGCUAUGCAAAAAUCACAAUGUGGGAAAAACCGUGAAGCCAACCAAUGCCUCUACAUAACUCCAUCCUUAUUUCAGACAUCAUGCUAUAUCAGUAUAUCGCAAUAUUCAGUUGGUGAUCUAUCGUGAUGUUUAAAACCAGGUAUCACCCAGCCCCUAAACUUGAAAUCCUCCACUUUUUGCACAGAUUCCUGAAAAUUUCAGCUUUUGCAUACAGCAGGUCAGGAGCAACACCCAUAACCUCUCUGGCACUAUAUAAGGCAGGAAUUCAAAAUCUCUGGUGCUUCAGAUGUUGUUGGACAGUGAUGAAUGGAGUUCUAAUGCAGGGCAAAUGGUUCCUCUCCUCUGGUAUGAUGAGUAUCUUGAUUUCCUGUUCUAUACAGCACAGAGCACAUUGGGGCUGCUGAUUAAACAAGGGGGUACAGUUCAAAAAUGGGGGGGGCAGCACAAAUUUGCAGAGGCUGUGGCUUUUGCAGCAUGUCUAUGCAAAACCAUGCCAACUUUAAAGGUUACUCAGUAAACACAUGAGACGUAACCGGCUGAGUUUUUAGAUAAAUAAGAUAUACUAUUCAUAGUAUCAAAUUGUAAAUUUCAACAGAAGUAACUGUUUAACAAACGAACAAAGCAGAAGACCCAGUGGAUCAGAUCAUUCUACAGUCAGUUCAUGCAUAAGGUCCAUCCAUGUAAUGGUGUCUAUUCCACCUGUCUGUUCAUAAAGUCCAAACCAUCCACAUGAAAGGUUGUUACAGUUCCACAAAAUCCUUUCACAAAGUCUAAGACAAGGAUUUCCGGAAUACUGGCCUUGCUUCGUCGUCCUGGGCUUCAUCAGUAAUUAAAGCUCAUAUGUGAUAUUACAGGACAGUGGAUCUUAUGGCAUAUUAGUAGCUGCAGUAUGCUUUAUGUGAGUAUGCUUUACGUGACCAUAGGUUUGUUUGUUGUAGCUUUAAAGGCUAGACAUUAUUGUAAGGGGAAGCUUUUACGAGCGAGGAUGGGACCGCGUGGCGGCCUGCAUGACUGCAGAGCUUUCUUCUCCCUUCCAAAAACAUUUAUAGCUCCUGUAGCAGCAGCAAUUGUUGGAUAACUUUAGGAAGCACAUCUUGGGCUCCUUUGAGAAGAUGUUUGCACUGACCUUUGCAAAACUGACAGAAACUUUCUGCUGAUUAAUUUUUUUUAAAAGUUGCAUCCUUCCUUGUUACGCUUCUUGGAAGGGGUCCCAGGUCAGAGAACAAAACAAAGGGAACAGGUGUUGGGGGUGGGGCUUCUUCAAUGCAGCUUUGGAUUAAUGAUAAAAGCUGAUAAAUGGGUGACUUUUUUUAGUUGCUGUGAUUCCUGGAAAGAAAGCUUUGAAGAGAGACUCCCUCUCCCCAAAUCACCACCACAAUGCUUUCCUCCUUAAGAAGGAGACUAGAUUAGGGUUUUAGGAUGACAGGGGAGGGAAGCCUUGAUCAAAGUUCAGGUGUGCUGGCUAAAAUUUUGAAAUUCAAGAGGCUUAGCUGGCCUUGAAAGCUUCCCCCAGGUUGGGAUAUCUGAAUCUAUUCCUUUCGCUUUGGAACUGGUUUCUUUUUAACCCAUAAUUCCGUUCUGUUUCUGCAUGAAUCUGUGAUUUAUUUCUUUUGUUUAAAAACCCUCUUCAAAUGCAUAUUCAAAUGCUGCUUUUGCUGCAUUUGAGCCAUCAACACCUGAGCAACAUUCACAGAGGUGUGAAAUCAGAUGGGAUAGCUAGGUUUUCCAGUCGCGCAUUAGUCCGUGACAUGCAGAUCGGUGUGUGUGUGUGUGUGUGUGUGUGUGCGCGCAGGAAUUUGCAAAUAUCAAGUUUCUUAACCCUCCCAACAGAAACAUCUACCCUGCACAUCUCCUUGCCUUUUUCUCAUGACUAUGAAUCACUGCUUGCCCUUUGCAUCCCUUCUUCUUCUUUUAAAUAUUUUUUAUUAAUUUUUUAACAACAAGAACAACAAAUGUCGUAAUUCCAAAACAGGAGCUGUAAAACACCCAAAUUGGAAUGUUCACAAUAGUAGGAUCCACAAUAACCAAUUUGGUGUUCAGUCAAUAUAAUAUACACAAUAAUAAAAAGGAUUGCAGCAAAGUACUCAAACUACAAAUAAUAUAUGCUAAAUCACUAACAUAGUACAUAUAUUUAGUGCAUAGUGCUAAACAUAGUACAGCCCUCAACCAAUCUGGAGGGCACCACGUUGGCAAAGGCUGCCAUAGUAUCUCUCCCCUCCAUUAUUACCCAGGACCCCCCACCAGCCUUGAUAUGGCCCAGUUUCUUGACUGCUCAGUUGGGCCACUGUUUCAUGUCAAUUUCACAUCCGUGCUGCGGCAAAACAGACAGCACAUCUAGCUGUUUGAAAGUGGCAUUGACCUCGUCGUAAAUCUCGCUGGCUUCUUUUGACGCAGAAUAUUAGAUUUAGGUUUGUUCCAUUUGUAGCUUCGAAUAUGAGCCAGGGUUUCAGUAGUCCUUUUGCAACACACACCUGGUUUGUCUUAAUUAAAGCAGCGGAGGGGAGCUUCGACCAACUUCAGCUACUAAGCCCUGACAAAGCUCACCUUGGCUGGACUCAACAGCCCAUACUGUUGUGCUUUUGCACUUUUGUACCUUUGCUUAUCUUAAUUUAUUUAUGGCGCAAUCUAGCCAAGGUGAAGAGCUCUUCUUCCCCCAGUUUUCAAGGAGAGAUUUAAACCUGCACGUUAAGAGGAUUAAAAAAUGCUUAUCUUUGGACAGUUCACGCGCUUGCAGAGCAGCUCUUGCAAAACAUACCAAGUCAGCUUAUCAGCUGGAUCUACCAUUUUCUGCACAUGUACAUGGGCAAAUGACUUGGAGUGCUCCAAUAUCUUAUUUUGGAGGAGGAGGAGUAAUUAAUUAAUUAUUAUUAUUAUUAUUAUUAUUAAUACCCUGUCCAUCUGGCUGGGUUUCCCCCAGCCACUCUGGGCAACUCCCAAAAUAUUAAAAACACGAUAAAACAUCAAACAUUAAAAACUUCCCUAAACAGAUGUCUUUUAAAAGUCAGAUAGCUGUUUAUUUCCUUGACAUCUGAUGGGAGGGCAUUCCACAGGGUGGGCAUCACUACCGAGAAGGCCCUCUGCCUGGUUCCCUGUAGCCUCACUUCUCGCAGUGAGGGAACCGCCAGAAGGCCCUUGGCGCUGGACCUCAGUGUCCGGGCUGAACAAUGGGGGUGCAGAUGCUCCUUCAGGUAUACUGGGCCAAGGCGGUGUAGGACUUUAAAGGUCAGCACCAGCACUUUUAAUUGUGCUCAGAAAUGUACUGAAAGCCAAUGUAGGUCUUUCAGGACCAGUGUUAUAUGGCCUCAGUGACUGCUCCCAGUCACCAAUCUAGCUGCCGCAUUGUGUUUUCCUUGAAGUAUGUCGCAGAAGUUGCACACCUUUUCUUGAAAAUGAAGCAGCCCUUCUGCUUUCAGUGUUCCUAAAUGCAUAGCUUUGGAGCAUACAGAAACACUCCUCCUUGGUGUUCUCCUCGUGCGCUUUCUCCGGAGUGACCCCAGGAGCCAAUCCUUGGUGGCUGACUCUCUUUUCACUCUGACUGGCUCUAAUCAGCACAAACGGCGAGAGGGCUUACUCUCAGUGGCGAAAAGGAUCCCCUUCCUUGCUCAUUGGGCGGCACUUAGAUGCUGGAGACAGUGGCGUAUCGGUGGUUGUCUGUCUCCGGGGCAGGCGCACACCAGACAAGGGGCGCCAGCCCAGGCCUUGCUGCUGAUGCCACUGGAGCAACCCCACUGCCACCACAGCAAAGUGGGGCAGUGGUGAGCCACCUCCCUGCCUGUGCAGGGGGGAGCUCGGCGGACAGAGAGGAGCACCAGGCCAGGACACGCUGGGGGCGCCUGGUUCAUGCCCCCUCAAAAAAUGUGCACUGUGGGCUACACACACACCCGAUGCACACAUGGAUGUGCACACAAACGCACACCAAUGCUAUGCCCCCUGACUAGAGACUGGGACCCUGCUAGAGAAAUAGUCAUGGGUGUUGACCCCAGGCAACCCCGAACCGCUGCACUUAUGGAACCAUCCCUAAUGCUUGGCGUGUUUAAUGAUAUAUGCAAAUGUCUUGAGGUAGAAGCUCAAUGUGUGUGGGGUUCUAAGAAGGUAGACACAAUAAUAACUUUUCUUAACGUCCCUCCAAAAUCUGUUUGACCCACUCCCUCUCCCUAACAAAUCUUCCCAUCCUCAAAUCCUCGCUCAUCUUGCUUAGUAAAUAUACAUAUAUUCGGUCUGGUGCUGUUUAGUUUACUUGAGUUUAUUUAUAUGUCAGUUUUCUCCUUUGGAAUGUGCUCAAAGGCGCUCGCCGUCGACCUCAAAUAAACAUCCACCCAGCGUUUGGAAAACAAUUCAAUUAACAAUUCAUAAUAGCAUGUCAAACAAAUGGAAAUGAAGUCAUCAAUUCAAUAAACAUACCAUAAAUGUAAUAUUUACAAGGAUGACAUACAGUCCACUGCCUCAUUUUAUUUUUUUUAGUUCAUGUUUACCUCGCUUUGCCUCCAUGGGGUUCAAAGAGACGUAUGUGCCCCUUCAUUUUAUUCUCACAACAACCCUGCGAGUAGAAUAGACUGAGAGAUAAUGAGUGGACCCGGUAAGCUUUGAAGCUCUAAUUUGUACUUUAUUAAUAUUUAGCAAUCAGCUACAAAACUAAGAUCCAAAUUAGCAGCAAUAAAAUAAAAUAAAGUAGCAAAGCCAACCCUUACUGCUGUUGCUGGUUUGGGGAUCCUUCAGCAGCCUGGAUUUAAACACAGUUUGGGAUCUUGCGAGGUGAGGGUCACACUGGGCUAAAUCAGGCCUCUCCAAUCCUGGUGUCCCUCCAAAUGUUUUGGACCACAACUCCCACCAGUCAGCUAGAUGGUUCUCAGCUGGCUCCCUCAACACUCUUCCAAGGAGGCAUUUCAUCAGAUCCUGUUGGUGUUCCAGCCCAGUGCAGGUGGUCUGCCAAUUAUCCUGGUAGCAUUCCCAUUAAUCCGCCAUGAUCCAAUUGCAGGACUCAACGGCCAGCUGGCAUGUUGUCAGGCAGUAUCAAGCAGAGACCCUGAUUCUUGAGGGAGUUCAUGCAGGGACACGACAGUUCCACCAGUGAUGAGGAAUCUUCCCGUCUCAUUCGGAAAAUCAUUGUGUCAGGUGUGCAUGCAGGAGCCAGGCCCUGUGACCAAUAGGACUUUGCAGGACUGGGGCCUUCCUAAGUUUAUUCUGAAGAGGCAAGGCGCGGCCGCACAGGUGAGGCCGCUUGGUAACUCGCUGCACCUGGUGGCAAGAGCUGGGAAGGGAUAGAAGGUCAGCAUUUCCCUUUGGCUCUUUGCCACAGCAACACGCUUCCUGCCUUGCUGACUUUGGCUUCUUGCUUCCUGAUCCUUGAACCUCGGCUUCUUGACUCCUUGCUUCCUGACCCUCGGACUCUUGGCUUCUCGACUCCCGGCUCUCUGACCCCCAGACUCUUGGCUCCUUGACUCCUGGGUUCUGGACCCCCGUUCCUGCUCCCACCCCACCAUCUUGUCCCCGGUCCUGACAUCCCCCGCCGGGACUUUGAUCGCCUGUGAACGGGACUGUGAAACCUUGGUUCUUCCAGACAUCUGAAUGUGGCCCUUGGUGAUGGGGCCAAGACAACAGGUCAGCAGGAAAGCAUGGAUCUUGGGUAGAAAUAGGAAGUGGCCUUGCAAGAAGCAGAUAACUGGUCCACCGAGCUCAGCAUUGUCUGUAACCGGAGUGAGGAACCUCAGGCAGUAUGUGGUCCUCAGAUGUUGUUGGACUGGAACUCCCAUCAUCCCUAGUUCGCAGGACCAGUGGUCAGGUAUGAUGGCAGUUAUAGUCCACCUGGAGACCCAAAUUUGAGGAACAUUGUCCUCCAUCUCUGGUCUGCAUAUGGUACGGCUGGUGGUAUCAUCCCAAAGAUUCAGCCAGAACCUUUCCAAAUGUACCUGGAGAUGCCAGGGAUCAAAUCUCUGCAAAGCAUCAAAGUGCAUGCUCUACUACUCAACUAUGACCCAACCCAGUUGUUUUAAGUCACAAAACUUGUUAGGCUUGGAGCACCAUUGGCAGCUGAUACCCAUUGGGACUGGUGGGGUAGGAAGCACGGAUCCCAACAGCAGGUGGCGCUGGAAGGAAAAGAAGAGUUUGGAUUUGAUAUCCCGCUUUAUCACUACCCUGAGGAGUCUCAAAGCAGCUCACAAUCUCCUUUUCCCUUCCUCCCCCACAACAAACACUCUGUGAGGUGAGUGGGGCUGAGAGACUUCAGAGAAGUGUGACUAGCUCAAGGUCACCCAGCAGCUGCAUGUGGAGGAGCGGGGAAGCGAACCCGGUUCACCAGAUUACGAGUCCACCGCUCUUAACCACUACACCACACUGGCUCUAGAGCCAAUGGUGGGCGGAACCAACUAAUUCUAUUUUUGCCCCCAUUCUCCUGCAGUACAAGGAGAACACUGAGGCUGAGGGCAAGGAAGCAGACAGCCGCAGCCACUCUCUGAACCUGUUGUAAGCAAGAAAACAGGUGGUCUUAGAGGAAUCAAGAUGGAAGUUGGUUGGGCAGCACCUCAUUUGUCCUAAUGGACUGACCUCCACUGCCUUGCAGCUCCUUUGCCGGCUGUCAGUCUUCCGGGGAAUCGGCUGCCUCCCAUGGGGCAACACAGAAUCAGAUAAACAAUAUGAGUUCUUACCAAGCAAUUGAUUCAGUAAUUCACAGAGAAUGAUGAAGGAAAGCAGCCUUCCUAAAAAUGGCGUUGCUCCAGCUGAGCUCCUUUCCCCUCCCUUCCUAGCAACAGCACUUCCCAUUACGGUGACCACCAGGGGCUAAUUGUCUCUGAGUCCUUUGCUCUUCCACUUUCAACGCACGCCGGGUUCUGGGAGAAGGGGGGUCAGAAAUGCUCUCCCCAGUGAUGACAUGUCAGCUGGCUGCUCAACCUCUGUCUCCCCAUUCUCUUCUCCCAACACCUCCUGUUCACCUGUUUCUGAGCAAUGACCUUCCUCAAACCACAGCUGUAAUUCAGUACAGUGGUACCUCGGGUUACAGACGCUUCAAGUUACAGACUCUGCUAACCCAGAAAUAGUACCUUGGGUUAAAAACUUUACCUAAGGAUGAGAACAGAAAUCGCGCAGAGGCGGCAGCGGGAGGCCCUAUUAGCUAAAAUGGUACCUCAGGUUAAGAACAGUUUCAGGUUCAGAACGGACCUCCAGAACAAAUUAAGUUCUUAACCCGAGGUACCACUGUACUGCCUUCCUCUUCUCUGGGAAGUUCAGGAGGAGGGGCGUCGGUCUCCACCAUUCCUCCUCAGUCUUGUCCCCCUCAGUCCAGUCCCUGACACCGGCUUUCUGGGAAUGUCUUCUUCCUUUUACAGUCAUGCCUCAGGUUACAGACGCUUCAGGUUGCAUUUUUUUUGGGUUACGGACUGCCGAAACCCGGAAGUACCAGAACGGGUUACUUCCAGGUUUCAGCGGUCAUGCAUGCACAGAAGCACUAAAUCGUGCUUUGCGCAGAAGUGCCGAAUCGCAACCCGCACUUGCGCAGACACGCCGCUGUGGGUUGCGAACGCUGUGGGUUGUGAACAUGCAUCCCACACGGAUCAUGUUCGCAACCCGAGUGUCCACUGUAUGUUUCUUUACUGUGCUUCCUCCCUGCUUGGAAGUUCUAGGUAAUGGUUUCUUUCUGACCUGUGAGCUCACCUGCUUGCACAUGCCUGGGGAAACAGGUAUCAUUCCACUUCAUUACUCUUAGGCUCCUUAUUCAUCAUCCUGACACACAGCACAGCACAGGCGCCAGGCAAGAAUGCUUCCAGCGUCAUGCUCCUUGGCAACCGCCGUGAGGCUCUUGGCUCAGAACUGCAGCGUCAGCUGCUGCUUAUCAUUGCAGGGUAGCAACGCGAGCCGCUGGCACAGGUACCUGUUGAAUUGGCCGGAGAUUACCCAUUUUACGUCAGUACCCAAAGCCAGGCUUUGCCGAGUGGCAGGGCCACAUCCACAGAGCACGCCAGCCGGGUGUCGAAGGGGACAGGCAAAUUGCUGUACACACCUGGAGCCCGUUCGGGGGCUGCCCCCAGUGUGAAUCUCGCCCAUGCUACUUCCACCUGCCUGGAUUUUUUGGGUGGGUGGAGCACCCCAACACAAAGAUGCUCCAAGGAAAACCCCGGAGACAAAUUCCCACUUGGCAACACUUGCAAUAAGUCUUCCACCUUUAUGUGUUAGCGCAAAGGAUACUGGGGCCCAGCUCCGAGGGCCUUCUGGCAGUUCCCUCCCUGCGAGAAGUGAGGUGACAGGGAACCAGGCAGAGGGCCUACUUGGUAGUGGCGCCCUCCCUGUGGAACAGCCUCCCAUCAGAUGUCAAGGAAAUAAACAACUAUCUGACUUUUAGAAGACAUCUGAAGGUAGUCCUGUUUGGCGAAGUUUUUAAUGUUUGAUGUUUUAUCGUGUUUUCAAUAUUCUGUUGGGAGCCACCCGGAGUGGCCGGGGAAACCCAGCCAGAUGGGUGGGGUAUAAAUAAUAGAUUAUUAUUAAUUAUUAUAAAGGGGGGUUGCUAAUAUGGCGCCCUGAGUGAGGACAACAUUUGGCACUCCCACCCCCAACCACACUAAAUAUUUCUUAUUUUUACAAAAAUUUUGUUACAGUUGCUGUUUAAAUGAAUCUUCUCAGUAGGUAACCGUACAAAUAUAGGUAUUAUUAUUAUUAUUAUUAUUAUUAUUAUAUUUUGUGCUCCCUCGGCUCAGCGCCCUGCCCGCCCUGCCCUAAAUACAGUGCUAUAAUGACUUUGUGAGGGACUCCCUCAUAAAGGGACUGUGUAUUAAUUCAUUCUCUUCAAAAUGUGGUGAGCCAGUCCUGUUGAAUUUUGAAAGGCCUUUCCUUUCAUCUAGCAAUCUACCCAUCUCUGCAUCCGUCUAUCUCAAGUUUCACAUAGCUUGGCCUUUGCUUCCUGAGGAAAUCACAACCAAACCUGCCACAAAUUUAAAGCUCUCCAGAGUGCCUAAGCAUUAGUAUCAAAGAAUCAUUAGUAUCAAAGAAGCAUUAGAAUCAAAGAAGCAAUGCAGGAAUCUCAGCUAAAGCACCCGUGGCAGAUGGCCACCCAACCUCUGCUUAAAAACCUCCAAAGAGUCCACAACCUCCCAAGGGAGACCGUCCCACUGUCAAACAGCUCCUACUGCCAGAAAGUUCUUCCUGAAAUCUCCUUUCUUGUAACUUGAAGCCAUUGGUUCGAGUCCUACCCUCCAGAGCAGGAGAAAACAAGCCUGUUCCCUCUUCCACUUACGUCCCUUAAGAUAUUUGAAGAUAACUAUAAUAUCUCCAUAUUAGAGUAGGACCACCACCUGCGUAGGGCGCGUGACCAGGGUAAAGGUGUAUGCAGCUGUACAUGAUUUCAGCAUUGAGCCUUGUACUUGCUGUGGUUUGGCCAGACACACGCAUGUGGGUUAGAGAGAGAUGCACAAACCUUUCACUUGCAUCCUCUGGUCUCUCACUGCAUCUUCCCGCUUCCUUUCUUGAUGUGCUGCAGCAAGCCACAGAACUCUACAGUUGAGUGUAGUUUCUCAUUAUGAGCAAAUUGGGGAGCAGGGGCAGGCACAUGCUGUGGUUGCCAUGUCAGAACACAGCAUCUUAAACCACUGUCUGAAAACCUUUUUGAAGGGUCUGGCUCAUUCUAAGCCCAAUAAUACAGUCGUACCUUGGAUCCAGAAUGCAUUGCGAGUCGAACGUUUUGGCUCCUGAACGCCGCUAAACCAGAAGUGAGUGUUCCGGUUUGUGAACGUUCUUUGGAACCUGAACAUCUAACGGGGCUUCCACAGCUUCCGAUUGGCUGCAGGAGCUUUCUGCAGCCAAUCGGAAGCUGCGCCUUGGUUUUCCGAAUGUUUUGGAAGUGGAACGGACUUUGGGAACAGAUUCUGUUUGACUUCUGAGGCCUCGGGUUACAUACGCUUCAGGUUACAGACUCCGCUAAUCCAGAAAUAGUACCUCGGGUUAAGAACUUUGCUUCAGGAUGAGAACAGAAAUCGUGCUGCGGCGGCACAGCAGCAGCAGCAGGAGACCCCAUUAGCUAAAGUGGUGCUUCAGGUUAAGAACAGUUUCAGGUUAAGAACGGACCUCCGGAAUGAAUUAAGUACUUAACCUGAGGUACCACUGUAAUAGCAACAACAAUAUUAAUUUUAUUAUUUAUACCCACUCAUCUGGCUGGGUUUCCCCAACCACUCUGGGAGGCUUACAACAUAUCUAAAAACAUAAUAAAAACAUCAGUCCUAUAAAACUUCCCUAAAUAGGGCUGCCUUCAGAUUAACAAUAAUAAUUUAUAACAAUAAUGGUAACCAGGGCAGGCUCCAGAAGGUGGACAUUUGCCCAGGCCCUAAGACCAGUAGAAACUCGAUUGUCCUAACAGUCCUUUUCAAAUUGCAUAGGGAAUACAGGAAGAUCAGAUGCAGCCUCAGAGAUUUCUCAGUUUGCCUGUCCCACCUCUUCCAGAUUUAGGGGAGCGCUGGGCACCCCCAAAAUCUUGGAGCCAGGACUGCCAAUAACCAUUAUUUUCCAACUUGGAUAUAACCAGAGGCACUGCUAGUAGUUAAAAUAUUUAAAAUACCUAGUUAUUUAAAAUAUUUGGGCUAUGGUCCUAUAGACAGAAAUUUACAUCUAUUUGUAUAAAUUAGCAUAUGCAAAGCUUAUGCAAAUUUAAAAGAGUAGAAUUUAAACUUCGCAGAAGCCAAACCCACAAAAAUCCCAUUCAAGUCACCCCAGAGAAAGUCUUCCUUUAAUUUUUCACCACACCCUAGAUCAAUUCCUUUUCAAUUAAUUCUCUCCUAAUUAAUUUCCUAAUAGGUCCUGCUUCAGAUCAGCUCCCCUUCAGCUACCUGUUGUCACCACCACCAAAUCAUCUAUAGAAAAAGCCAUGUGAAAUUAAUUUAUUUUCCUCCAAAUUAAUAUCCCACCAGCAACCCAGAUCUCUCUCCCUGUCUUUCACAUACACCUCAUUCAAUUAUCCCCAAAGGCAUUAGCAACCCAGAACAACUUGAUAAGCUUCAAAAAAUAUUUCUGCAUUUUGCCCACCCUGGCGACAGCCCUGUAAACCACGGUCAGUUGAAGGCGUUUGUGGUUAACUAUAGUGCACUGAGAAAGGAGGAAGGGGUUGGUGUGCCCAAGCAAAAGGCUCGUUCAUAUUUUGAUAUAUUAAGACAAUUUUCUGAAUGCAUCAAUGUCUUCUCCUCUGGAUCAGCCAUGGAGAAAAAUAUUGAAGCUUCCAUGUACAGCAGUGAGUGGCCAAGAAUGAAGAUAUCAUUAAUCUCUCCCCCCCCCCGCCUUCUUUACUAAAGCAGUUUUCUCAAUACUUAAAAUUUAUUCUACAGUGGUACCUUGGGUUACAUACGCUUCAGGUUACAGACUUUGCUAAUCCACAAAUAGUGCUUCAGCUUAAGAACUUUGCUUCAGGAUGAGAACAGAAAUUGUGCUCCGGCGGCACAGCGGCAGCAGCAGGAGGCCCCAUUAGCUAAAGUGGUGCUUCAGGUUAAGAACAGUUUCAGGUUAAGAACGGACCUCCAGAACGAAUUAAGUACUUAAACCGAGAUACCACUGUACUACUUAAUAUUUCUAAGGAAAAAAAUGAGGGUGGGGUAAGUUGCACGACUUCUGAGCUCUUGGGCGCCCCUACAAACCAAGUGAGUAACAGCUCACAGAUGAAUAGAGACUUUGGUGGCUGGUUAUGAGAGUUCAUGUGUGUGUUAGGGAGGGAGAGAACUGUCCAUUUCCGUUUCUCAUUUCCCCCCAAUCUUAAAUUCAGUUCUCCUCACUCCUGUAGCAAUUCACUAUAAAAAACAAACAAACAAUAAAUUGUCCUGAAAAUUCACCAGCGUUUUAGGGUGAAUUUCUCCUAGAAUUCAAGGCUGGAUCUAGACAGAAAGAAGCAUUUCAGGAAAACACAUUGUAAACCAGGCUUGCUCAACCUCGGCCCUCCAGAUGUUUUGGGACUACAACUCCCACCAUCCCUGACCACUGGUCCUGCUAGCUAGGGAUCAUGGGAGUUGUAGGCCAAAUACAUCUGGAGGGCCGAGUUUGAAGAAGCCUGUUGUAAACUUUGUAUGAGAAAUCGCGUUGGCAAAAGCGGAACUCCACUGUGCCGUCUGAGGUCACAGUGUUAUAAUGCAUCUACAACAUAUAACAUGCUUUUACCAAUCUAGCUGAGUCCCAGGUUUGUAUACAAUUCUGCCUAAUAUGCACUCUCUCUUUUUUCGCAAAGCCAUUUCCCCUAAAAUAAUGCAUUUCUGUGUGUUAUUUUCACAAACACAUGCAUUUUAAUGCACACUUUGCAGUGAUAUAUAUGCAUUUUUGCACAUGUAGAGAACUGCAUUGCAAAAUUCAGAGGAGCGUGAAUUUCAGAGUUGAUGUAUUGUUUCAGAAAGUGUGGAUCUGGCAGAUUUGCCUUUCAGUAGGAACUGGACUGAAUUUCUCUCCCAUCCCAUGUGUGUGCCAGACACACAGAGAAGGUCAUUCCCAUUUUGACCAAUGAAAAACUGAGGCUGCAAAGAAGCAAUUUGCCCAAGGCCACCUUGCAAGUCCUUGACAGAGAUGGCAUUUGAAAACAGGUCCUUCCCGUACUACCAGACAUCAUGUACACUCAGACUGGUGGGACACGCUGCCUUCCCCUAGCAAUAGAUUUCGCAGAUUGAGGAUGGGGAAAACAUGAAUCUUCUUGCCAUUGUGGUGGGGACAUUUGGACCCCCUCUCUCAACCCACAAACAAAUAGGGGCAGGGGUUGUGAUUCAGAAAGGCUGCUGGGUAGACCUAGUCCACUUUGUACCUGCACAGCUUAAGAUCUCCCUUACAUCACAUUCCCUUUGUUCUUCGGUCUUGCCCCUUCGGUCUGAACCGUGGGUGGUCCAGCUGGACAAGGAGUGCAAAGCCAAAAAGGCACAGAGUUCUCUGGGAAGGAGUUAACGUGGAAUGAAGCCAGCCUGCUGGUGCCAGCAGCCCAGAGCUGUUAAUCUGGGGAAAGGAGGGAGCAACUUGGCUUUCCCUCGCUUUAGACCUUCACAAGCAAGAGGAGCCUCUGUUAUCUCUUCUGUGUUGAGCAUUGCCUCCCUCACCGUGAAGGUUCACUUCCUUUCCUUUUUUUAAAAAAACCAAUAAUUUUUUACAAAUAUAAAAUGAUAACAAUCCAAACUAUAUAUCCAUGUUUAGAGAUUCCUGCGAAUCUCCAGACUUCCUGCCUUCCCCUCCAUGGAUCCUAUUGUACACCUUCUCAGCUGCAUAUUAUUUCAUAAUCCAUGUUUUAUAUCUAUCCAUAUUGUCCAUAAUAUACAGUCAAACCUCAUGUUACGUUUGCUUCAGGUUGCGCGUUUUCAGCUUGCGUCCCGGAAGUAACGGAACAGGUUACUUCCGGGUUCUGCUGCUCGCGCAUGCGCAGAUGGUCAAAAUGCCGUCACGUGCAUGCACAGAUGCAGACGCAGCGAAUCAUGACACGCGCACACGCAGACACACAGACACGAGUUGCAUUCUGUUCAGGUUGCGAACAGGCUUCCAGAACGGAUCCUGUUCGCAACCAGAGGUACCACUGUAUUUGCUACAUUACAAGUGUUAUUAGAAUCCUGCUAAUGUUUUCAUCUGCUUACAGUGGUCUCCUAGAUAAAUUGUAAUCUCCCCCCUCAAUUCUUUAUUGAAGUUUUUAUCUUCUUGGUUCCUGAGCUUUCUGGUCAGUUUUGCCAUUUCAGCAUAGGCCAACAGCUUGGUUUGCUAUUCCUCUCUGGUUGGGACUUUAUCUCCUUUCCAUCUCUGGGCUAGUAACACCCUUUUGGUUGUCGUUGCAUACAUAAAAAUUUCACCUCCAAGCAGUUCGCCACCUAGCAGCUGAGGUUUAGCAAAGUACAGACGAGCUGAAAAUAGCCUUGCAAAAUUGCUUUGUUUUGAUCUGUCAUGUUUGAAAGCUACUGAAGCUGCUGAUGGGAGGUGACUUCAACCCAGCUUUCUGCAUGGCUAGGACUGCAAGCAGCUUCCCCAUGGGGAACGCAGCCUCAAAACCAAAUCUCUCCCUGCCUCUCUCCUGACAUCAGUCAUGGGACAGGUGGGCAUGGUUUGGCAAUAUGGCCUUGUGGACCACGUUGGGCCAUGUGCCUGGUCAAAUUUCUUUUCUUUUCUUUUAUUCAUUUAUUGCCUUUUUAUCUCACCUUUCCUUCCAAGGAGAUCUAGGCAGUGUGCACAGUUCUCCUCCUCCCCAUUUCCUCCUCACAACAACCUUGUGAGGUAGGUUAGGCCGAGAGAUGGUGACUGGCCCAAGGUCAUCCAGUGAGCUUCAUGGCUGUGCGGGGAUUCGAACCCUGGUCUCCCAGGUGAUAGCUCAGCACUCCAAAUAUUAUGCCACACAGGCCGCAGGCUGGGGGUUCCCCACCUCUGCCCUAAACAGAGCUAGGCAAGAGACCUUGUAGAGGUACUGACUGGCCUGAUGUAUAAUAAUAAUAAUAAUAAUAAUAAUAAUAAUAAUAAUUUAUUAUUUAUACCCCGCCCAUCUGGCUAGGCUUCCCCAGCCACUCCAACAAAAUAUUAAAAUACAGUAAUGCAUCAAACAUUAAAAGCUUCCCUAAACAGGGCUGCCUUCAGAUGUUUUCUAAAGGUCUGGUAGUUGUUGUUCCCUUUGACAUCUGGUGGGAAGGCGUUCCACAGGGCGAGUGCCACUGCCAAGAAGGCCCUCUGCCUGGUUCCCUGUAACUUGGCUUCUUUCAGCGAGGGAAUCGCCAGAAGGCCCUCAGCGCUGGACCUCAGUGUCCACGUAGAACGAUGGGAGUGGAGAUGCCCCUUCAGAUAUACUGGACCGAGGCCAUUUAGGGCUUUAAAGGUCAGCACCAACACUUUGAAUUGUGCUCAGAAAUAUACAGGGAGCCAAUGUAGGUCUUUCAAGACCUGUGUUAUGUUGUCUUGGCGGCUGCUCCCAGUCACCAGUCUAGCUGCCGCAUUCUGGAUUAGUUGUAGUUUCUGGGUCACCUUCAAAGGUAAGGCCUCUUCCCAUCUCCCUACCUCAGAGCAUCUGGGAUUGGGGUCCAGGCAGAAGCGGCUGCUUUCAGGAGAACCUGAAGACUCCUCUCUCUCCACAAACUGAGCCCUGUUUUAACUAGACUGCCCAGCCUCAAAAGGGAUUAUCCUAGGCAGGAUUUUGGGUCUCAUUCAAUAGAGAUCUGAAGGUUUAAAUACCUGAUAGACACAGCUGGUGCCCCAAGAAAUCUAGCAGGCCUCCUGUUUUUCAACCUCCUUACCCUCGUUCAUGAGGGACGCAGGUGGCGCUGUGGGUUAAACCACAGAGCCUAGGACUUGCCGAUCAGAAGGUUGGUGGUUUGAAUCCCCGUGAUGGGGUGAGCUCCCGUUGCUCGGUCCCUGCUCCUGCCAACCUAGCAGUUCGAAAGCACAUCAAAGUGCAAGUAGAUAAAUAGGUACCACUCCGGCGGGAAGGUAAACAGCAUUUCCGUGCGCUGCUCUGGUUCGCCAGAAGCAGCUUAGUCAUGCUGGCCACAUGACCCGGAAGCUGUACGCCGGCUCCCUGGGCCAAUAAAGUGAGAUGAGCACCGCAACCCCAGAGUCAGUCACGACUGGACCUAAUGGUCAGGGGUCCCUUUACCUUUUACCCUCGUGCAUGCCAUGCCCACGUCCCAGGGCAGGACUUGGUGUAUGGAUCAAUGAGAGUCAAGAGUGCAAGAAGGACUCUGCUAGGACUUGGGCACCAGUUUCUCCUCUGUCCAAUUUGUCUUGUCCUGAAAACGGGUGCGGGGAGAAUUGAGGGGAAGAAGCAGUGCUGAACUGCUGCCCUAAGGGUUCUUCAAGUCCUGGAAAGAGACUGAGCUCUCAUCCUUCUGGUCUGCUGGCAAAGAAGGGGCUUUCCCUGCUCCUGUGGGUGGACUAAGGAAGGUUCUCUUCGCUGCUUUCUAUCCAAUUAAAGUGGCAGCGUUGAGCCUGCCCUGCUCUCCCUUUCCAGUCUCCUGCCUGUAAUCUCCGUUCGAUCUUUCCUCCGUUCCUCCUUAGCCAGCCAGAGCCAAGCUGCCUCUUUAAGCAGAUGGGUUAAUGGGAAAUGACAUUUGCCCAGAGUUUGGCUCUCUGAAUGCCCGCCAUCUCUCCCUCCCUCUCUUUCUCUCUCUCUCGACGCAACUCCCUGGCUGUGUUUACACUUGGCUUCUCUGGCACCAGUGCGGAUCCCUUUUGGACUAGCUUUACAAUCUCUGCCACUGCUGGCGCCAGGGGAAGAGGUGCCCAUGAGGGGCACACAGGACAUCCUCCCCCCUCUCUCCUUCCUCCAGUCUGUCCUCCUGGUGCAUUUUUGUGAGCGCUGAGCAAAACUUUGCCUAAAGUCAGGAGAGUAGAAACAUAUAUACUGUACAAAUUUGAAGGUGACGGUGGUGGAAAUGAGAGCAUGUAAGUAACCUAGACAGCAUCUUAAAAAGCAGAGACAUCACCUUGCCAACAAAGGUCCGUAUAGUUAAAGCUAUGGUUUUCCAGGUAGUGAUGUAUGGAAGUGAGAGCUGGAUCAUAAAGAAGGCUGAUUGCCGAAGAAUUAUGGUGCUGGAGGAGACUCUUGAGAGUCCCAUGGACUGCAAGAAGAUCAAACCUAUCCAUUCUGAAGGAAAUCAGCCCUGAGUGCUCACUGGAAGGACAGAUCCUGAAGCUGAGACUCCAGUACUUUGGCCACCUCAUGAGAAGAGAAGACCCCUGGAAAAGACCCUGAUGUUGGGAAAGAUGGAGGGCACAAGGAGAAGGGGAUGACAGAGGACGAGAUGGUUGGACAGUGUUCUCGAAGCUACCAGCAUGACUUUGACCAAACUGCGGGAGGUAGUGGAAGAUAGGAGUGCAUGGCAUGCUCUGGUCCAUGGGGUCACGAAGAGUCAGACACAACUAAACAACUAAACAACAACAAAAGUAACCACACGCUGAACGUAAUGCAAAAUCACACCCUAAUUCAAAAAAAGGACAAGCAGAGAGAAGUGAAUUUUGGAAGAGUAGGACAUCUCUGUCCCCAGCCCCCCGAAGACCACAGUGCAUUCAAGAGGCUGCAGGGAGGCUGGAGGGAAAAUUCAAUUGCCUUGUGCACCUUCACAACUCUCCAUCACUGCUCCUGGCUUAUAUCAUUACAUCCACUUAUAGCUUUCCUUUCCUGUGUGUGUGAGGGGGGAGGUUCUCUCCACGGGGCAGUGCAUUCAAAGAAAAGGAAGAAAUCUCACACCUUGCCAAGCUCAGGCAUUCUGCAAGAUUAUGAUCUUGUGUGCUGGAUUUUAAAUUCCAUAGCAUCAGAGGCAGUGCAAUGGGACCUAAAGGCCAUCUCAGUGCACUCCCUGUUAGGAAGCAGGACUACACACACACACACCACCUGCACUGUACUUUUAAAGCACUAUGAGGUCACUUCAUACAGUCGUGGCUGUUAAGUUGUGGGCGAACAUAUCAGACGACACAGCGAUUCUUCAGACAGUUCUUGUUUAUUCACAGGCCAGAACAGAACUGAAAUGAAGGGUUCAGCCAACCUGCUUAUAUAGAGCUCAACUACAAAGCAACAGUAACAACUUUCUGUAACUAUCCAAUAACUGAACGUCACUUUCAAUUCCUUAUUUGCAUAUGUGGACCUGAGUGAAAACUACAGUAUCCCCCUGCUGGCCCAGGGUGAGAACUCCAGUACAUAACAGUGGCUCCCCCAAAGAAUUCUGGGAAGUGCAGUUUGUUGAGGGUGCUGAGAAUUGUUAGAUGACCCCUAUCCCCACUCCCGGAGCUACAGUUCCCAUAGUGGUUUAACAACCAACCCCUGUUCCCAGGGAACCAUAGUUCUGCGGGGGCAUCAGGCUGCCUCGGUGGGGCAAAUGGGGAGCAGAGCUUGCCCCACCAGCUCUGCAGCAACAGCCCAGCCCCACCAGCCCUCCUCCCCCUCUGUAGCCAUUCCACCAGGCUGCCUCAGUGGUAAGCAGGCCUCUUUCCAUCAGCUUUGCCGAAAGCUGUGUCAGGUACCUCCUACCCCUGAACUGAGCCAUUUGGCCAAUAGAAGAACAACGGCUUAGGAAUCGGUGCCUGAGUUUGAGGUUUUCCUCCUUCCUCCGUGUCCCUUUCCCCUUGUGUGUGUGUCUGUCUGUCUGUUUGUUUUAAGCCUGUAGGCAGGGACUGUCUUCUUCACAUUGUAAGCCACUCUACGUAUAAGUGCCUUUUUGGCUGACUGGUGGGUUACAAAUGCUCUAAGUAUCUAAAUAAGUUGGGAUGCAGAAUGAGAAAUUCUAAAUGUGGCGCUAGCAGCGUGGACCCUGGGGGCUAUUUUCUUACAGUGCUGCAAGCGAGCGGCACUGUGUCUGUUGUGAAUUAGCCACCCCGAAGCCUGUCUCCUGAUUUAGCACCAGGGAAUUUUAUUGAUGGGAAAUCCAUUUUAUCCUGUUCUUUGUCUUUUAGCUGUAGCAACCCUCAGUAGUGAAAGUGGAAGGAGAGAGGGUCGGUUUUAGCUGACUGCCGACAAAUUUCCAGACACUAAGGAGUUUGUUAGGAGGUAUCCCAGGAGCUGCGACUUAGAAGAGGGCUUGUCGUUGUCUUUUGCACUGGGCCUAGAUUCCCCUGCUCCUCUCACCCCUUUUCAAAUGUACAAACUUUUUUUUAAAAAAAAUGCUCAUAGCUGGCCUUGAUGCAAACCACAGCACCCUAGCGUGUAAAGCAGAAACUAGGGUUGGUGGGAGUCAUUUAGUACGGUGGUUAUAAGGUUGAACUAAGACCUGAGUAUAGGGAUGCGGGUGGAGCUGUAGGUUAAACCACAGAGCCUAGGACUUGCCAAUCAGAAGGUCGGCGGUUCAAAUCCCCGCAACGGGGUGAGCUCCCAUUGCUCGGUCCCUGCUCCUGCCAACCUAGCAGUUUGAAAGCACAUCAAAGUGCAAGUAGAUAAAUAGGUACCGCUCUGGCGGGAAGGUAAACGGCGUUUCCGUGCGCUGCUCUGGUUCGCCAGAAGCGGCUUAGUCAUGCUGGCCGCAUGACCCGGAAGUCAUACGCUGGCUCCCUCAGCCAAUAAAGCGAGAUGAGCGCUGCAACCCCAGAGUCGGCCACGACUGGACCUAAUGGUCAGGGGUCCCUUUACCUUUACCUUAAGACCUGAGUGACCCACGUUCAAAUCUCUCACUUGGCCAUGAAGCUCACUGGGUGAGUGUGGACCAGUUGCCACCUCUCAGCCCAACCUACCUCACAAGGUUGUUGUGGGGAUUAAAGGAGGAGGAGAAUCAUGCACAGACACCCAAAAAGCCCCCAAAUUUAGAGGGCACCUGGUGGGUGAAGGCAGCUCUGGAGAAUGCCACAGGGCUUCCCUCUUUCUUUCUUUUUCUUUUUAAAAUUUGAUUAUUGUUACUUGACACCCAUACACAAUCUUAAGUACACGUACAAAGAAAAGGUAAAACUGAUAAUGAUAGUAAUAACAGCCUUAAAUAAUUAUACCAUUAAAUAUUGAUUUAAACUUGUACUUGUGCAUGCUCUUUUCUUAUAAUUUCUAGCUAAACAAAAAUAAACCAAAGUAAAAAUCCAAUUAACCAAAUUAUAUCAAAACAGACUUCCCGUCAUUUCCCGAUGUAAGUUACAACAUUGAAUGUACUUAUCCUUCUUACCUUACUCUUAUUAUAAUUUCUAGUACUUUCUUAUAACAUAUCGUACCAUUUUUCCUUCUUUAAUAGUAUUUGAUUUACACAAGGGUCAUUCAAAUGCUGCCAUAGAUGUUACAUCGUUGUUAUAUUUUUGUAGGUAUUUCUUGAACACAUCCCAUUUUUGCGUAAAUGAUUGUUUUGUAUUUCCCCUUAACCUAUUUGUCAAUUGAGCCAUUUCUGCGUAGUCUAAUAACUUAUUCUGCCAUUCCCUUACUCUUGGUACUUUCCCCCCUUUCCAGUUCAAUGCAAUUAGUGCGUGGAAGCUUGGGGCUCCAUUCUGGGUUAAGCUGACAUUUGAGGCCUCCGUUGUACUUCCUCAGCCCCCUCCUUCGUUUGCAAGUCUCUCUGAGAUGCACAAAAAGCCACAUUUUUGACCCCGCAGCCACAGAAGCCCAAGGGCUGCUGAUAUAUAAACAGAGGCAGGAGGAGGAGGAGAAAAAGUCCCGCUCCCUAAUUCUGGCCUUGGGAGUUUCACCUCCCUCCCCCUUCUUCCUCUUCCUUAACAGGGUGGGUUGGUACUAUUGCUAGCACUCGCUCAAAGCCAUUGUGUUUUGUCCCAAUGACUUCCUUGUCAUGCCAGUUGGACUUCCCGGAGCUGCCAGAUUGAUUGAGAGCAGAAAGCUGGGCUUGCCGAGAGACCAAAGGCUUAAUAAAAAGAUACUAUGCCCACUUAUAGUACAGUGGUACCUCGGGUUAAGUACUUAAUUCGUUCCAGAGGUGUGUUCUUAACCUGAAACUGUUCUUAACCUGAGGUACCCCUUUAGCUAAUGGGGCCUCCUGCUGCCACCACGCAAUUUCUGUUCUCAUCCUGAAGCAAAGUUCUUAACCCGAGGUACUAUUUCUGGGUUAGCGGAGUCUGUCAGCUGAAGUGUAUGUAACCCGAGGUACCACUGUACUCUGGCAAACAAGUGGUUAUUUCCCGAUCCCAACUAAAAUACAACCCUAACGUUUCAAGCUGCUCUCGCAUGUGCCGAAUAUUACUUUGUGUCCAGUCUGCUGGAUGCAAGCCAUGAUCAAUUGCCACAUUCUCUGCAGGUAAUCCAAAUGCAUCCCAUCCCAUUGGAUUUAUCACCCCGGUUGAGAGUCACAGGACUGUCUCACGCAGCACCUAGCCUACACCAAGCCACUUUGGGGAGAUUCAGGGGCAAGGCUGCUUCAUGCUGUCAGUCAGGAUAUAGAACUGUAGGCUAGGUGCUGCGUAGGACAGUCAUGUGACUCUCAACCAGGGUGAUAAAUCCAAUGGGAUGGGAUGUAUUUGGAUUGUUGUUGUUGUUUCGUCAUUUAGUCGUGUCCAACUCUUUGUGACCCCAUGAAGCAGAGCACGCCAGGCACUCCUGUCUUCCACUGCCUCCCGCAGCUUGGUCAAACUCAUGCUGGUAGCUUCGACAACACUGUCCAACCAUCUCGUCCUCUGGCGUCCCCUUCUCCUUGUGCCCUCCAUCUUUCCCAACAUCAGGGUCUUUUCCAGGGAGUCUUCUCUUCUCAUGAGGUGGCCAAAGUAUUGGAGCCUCAGCUUCAGGAUCUGUCCUUCCAGUGAGCACUCAGGGCUGAUUUCCUUCAGAAUGGAUAGGUUUGAUCUUCUUGCAGUCCAUGGGACUCUCAAAAGUCUCCUCCAGCACCAGAAUUCAAAAGCAUCAAUUCUUUGGCGAUCAGUCUUCUUUAUGGUCCAGCUCUCACUUCCAUACAUCACUACUGGGAAAACCAGAGCUUUAUCGAUUACCUGCAGAGAAUGCGGCAAUUGAUCAUGGCUUGCAUCCAGCAGACUGGACACAAAGUAAUAUUCAGCACAUGCAAAAGCAGCUUGAAGUGUUAGGCUUGUAUUUUAGUUGGGAUCGGGAAAUAACCACUUGUUUUUCAGAGUACUAUAAGUGGACAUAGUAUCUUUUUAUUAAGCUUUAUGAAGCGGGGUUAGCCUAUGAAAAUGAGAGACCAAAGGCAGCUGCAGGAUCUCUCCCUGCAAGUGAGCACCAGCCCUGGCCAAACCGCCCUGCUCUGGGGGGGGGGGUCUUCCUCUCUCAGUAGACUUUGGUGAGGUUAUCCGGCACCGGAAAGCAACAGUGUUUUAAGAAAUACCGGGGCGAGAGGAGAGGGCCUAUGGUGUUUUAAAUUUCUCACAGCACCUUGGGGAGGUGGCAACUAGCUGACGGGAGCGAGCAGAAGUGACUCUCUUUAGCGCUAAAUCAGAACAAAUGACAGUCCAUGGAAAGCCUGCUUGUUGUUCCAAUUAAGCGCUAAACCACAGUUGCAGCAGUCUGCGGUGCAACUUGAUGUUGCAGGUUCCACCUGCCCUUCAGUGUGUUCCCUUUGCAGCAGUUGUCCUGCAUUGCUUUCAAUACUGAGAUUCCACCAAGGCGUCUGUUUUCUUGGCUAAAGAUGUGAAUGGGGUGAAGAAGGGAGUUCAUAUGCUCCCAGCAGUUCCCAGUGAAAUGGCACACAGUGUUGCGCUGGGCGAUAUGUCAUCCAAAACCGGUUUGAAGUCCAUAUCGUGAGAUCGGUUUUUGACCUAGCAAUAUAUUGCGAAUCCUGAUGUGAGUAUAUGUGUGCGUGCUCUGCAAAAAUCAUGACCUGGGGGAAAACCAUGAAGCCAGCCGAUGUCUCUACAAUAUCUCCAUCCAAUCUGAGACCAGGGUGAAGAGUCGGUGGAAGAAGAUUGGAAGAAAUUUAAAGACUACUUACAGAAAUAUUGUAAAAUUAAUGAAUGUUAGAAUGAUGUCAGAAUGAAGUUAAGUGGUUUUAGCAGCAAUGUCAUAAAGGUGUAUGCAAAAAUGGAUGGUUAAUAGGUGAGAAUCUAAAGCUAUAAUAUAUUAAGUUAAAGGACUAAGACAAAAACAAAGAGGGAAAGGAAUUGCUGAAUUAACCAAUUGAACUGGAAUACAAAAAAGGGAGGUGAGAGGAGGUCAUGGAAGUAAGGAAAUGAAAUGUAAGAUACGGAAGGAUUAAUUUGUUUUUAAGUGUUUUUUCUAAAAAAAAAAUUAUACUUUGUAUUUUGUAUGUUUUUUCUCUUUUUUUCCUAUAUUUUCCCUUGUCUCUUUUAUUUUUAACUAUGUAAUUUUUUGUUUCUGAAAUUUUAAUAAAUAUCAUUUUUUUAAAAAAAAUGCAAUAGCUCCAUCCUUACUAGAGACAUUGUGAUAUAUCGGCUCAUCACGGGGUUUAGCUGGUGGUGUUGAAAACCAGAUACCGCCCAGUCGUAACUGUGUGUCCCAUUAAUGUUCCUGCAUGAGCAGGAAACGAAAACAAAACAAGCGAGGAGAUUUAACUGCUAGAGACCUGGGAUGAGAGGGAUACACUCAGAAGAACAGCAAAUGAAGCAACUUGUGCUAACAACUUUUAAUUAGCUAUCUUACAAAGCAAAACUGAUACAGUGGUACUUCGGGUUACAAACCCCUCGGAUUACAAACACUUUGGGUUACAGACUCCGCUAACCCGGAAGUAGUACCUCGGGUUAAGAACUUUGCCCCAGAAUGAGAACAGAAAUCACUCGGUGGCGGCAGCAGGAGGCCCCAUUAGCUAAAGUGGUACCUUGAAGGGAAGUUCUCAGUACCUCAGGUUAAGAACAGUUUCAGGUUAAGAACAGACCUCCGGAACGAAUUAAGUUCGUAACCAGAGGUGUCACUGUAUUCUGUUUGGAGCUGCCCAGAGUGGCUGGGGAAACCCAGCAAGAUGGGCAGGGUAUAAUUAAAUUAAAUUAUUAUUAUUAUUAUUAUUAUUAUUAUUAUUAUUAUUAUAUCCAUGCUUCCACUUGUCCUGCUGCAUUUCCCCUGGGGGAGAACCGUUGUUUAGCGCUCAAUUGGAGCAAAGCGCACGGGCUUGACCUCCGUGAUUGAGGAAGCCAGCACCACAUGAAGUGCAAUUAUGACAGCAGCACAUCGCAUGGUGUGUUCACGUCCCUCGCAUGUGAUGCACAACGUGCGGGUGUGCAUGCCGCAUGGCUUGCGGGCAUGAUGCGACCAGGCUGAACGGCACACAUGAGUGACGUGAGCAUGCCACGUGAUGUCCUUGCACCAGGCGCACAUGUCACUGCAGAACAUUGAGGGGGCCCGGUCCCCUCCUUCAAAUUCUGGGGGCCCUUUUCCCUGGGCAAGCAGACAACCAGCAAAAAUAUGGUCGAGCCCUUAGAGGGCGGCAGGGGAAGGAGACCGGUUCAAAUGUCCACCUGGCUCACCUUGGGGACGUUGCAUUUUUUCAGCCUCACUCAAAUCUCUCUGCCUAAACCACAGGCCUGCUUGGAGCUUGAAAGGAGUGACACCGCCACCGCCACACAGGCACACACACACACAACCUUCUUGGAGGAAGGGCGUGACAGAAAUGUGAAAGGGUGUGAAAGAAGUGUGACAAAGGGCGCUUCCUGUCUGUCACGUCCCAGAGCUCAAUAGCAGAACAAUUUGUCUUAAUAAAACAGUUUGUCUUGGCACGGGGUCCGUUUCGACAUCAAAGGAUCCCAGCCUGGUGACGGCCAUCUUCGAGGGAGGGGCCCAUAGUUUGGUGGCAGCAGAGCAUAUGCUCGGCAUUGCAGAAUGUCCUGGGUUUGAAUUCUGCCAUCUUCGGGCAGGGCUGAGAAUUAUCCCUGCCUAAGACCCCGGAGAGUCAGUGGUGGACCUAGUUGGGAAAUGGGUCUGAUUUGGUAUGAAACCAAAUGCUCCUGUUCUAUUCAAACACCUGCAUUUUUUAUUUUAUUUUUAAGCAAUAUAUGCUUUUGAACUGCUAGGUUGGCAGGAGCUGGACGGCGCUCACCCCAUCAUGGGGAUUCAAACCGCAGACCUUCCAAUCAGCAAGUCCAAGAGGCUCAGCGGCUUAGACCACAGCGCCACCCGCGUCCAGCAUCUGAACACUACACUUCUGUUGAUGCAGCCUAGAAUGGCAUUAACUCUUUUUUGCUGCUGCUGCUGCUGCUGCAUCAAACUGUUGACUCGUGUUCAGAUUCUGGUUAACUAAGACCCCAAGAUCCUUUCCACAUGUACUACAGUCGUACCUCAGAAGUCAGACGAAAUACAUUCUGGAAAUCCAUUCGACUUCCAAAACGUUCGGAAAACCAAGGCACGGCUUCCGAUUGGCUGCAGGAAGCUCUUGCAGCCAAUCGGAAGCCAUGGAAGCCGCGUCAGACGUUUGGGUUCCAAAGAACGUUCACAAACCAGAACACUCAUUUUGCGGCGUUUGGGAGCCAAAAAGUUUGACUUGCAAGGCAUUCGGGAUCCAAGGUACGACUGUACUACUAAUUGUGGUGCAAACGGAUUUGAACCUCCCCCCCAAUGCACUUCAAAGGGCUGCACCUGUGCUCCCCUCCCAGGUGUAGGAAGCAGCAGUUUUAGCACUGAGCAAUACGCUGGGCAGACGUGUGAUAAAAUUUUGCCUUACAGGCACUCUCUCUUACACACACACACAGUCAGGAUAUAAGACAGUAGAUUACUAAGCGCUGGCAGGAGCAGGAGGGGAAGUUGCCGCUUGCAAAUGAUUCACAGAUUGAGUCAGGACAGGUGAGAGAUGCCUGCCGCUCAGCUUCCGUUUCUUACCCAUUCAUUGUUGGGGGGCUAGGCUGGCUGGAUGUGGCAUCCCUGCGGGAAGCUGAAAAGCAUGCUUCAUCUGAUGACUCAUGUACCUUUUAUCUGGGAGGCAAAAUAUUUCCCGCACAAAUCACAUCUCUCGCGCACAAAGAGUACAAUGAUUCACAGAGGCAGCAUCCGUAUGUCAAGAGGUUUCUUGGCAAAGCUUGCCAGAGCCAUGCGGGGGUGGGGGCUGAGGUCUGGAUUAAUCCAAGGGCAUGGGCUUCCCUGCCCUUCUUAGGUUUUGCCCUCUCUUUUACACGAUCCUCUUUUUAUACGUGCAGCUUGAGUGCAUAUCAUGAUCUCAGUUUCAUGAUUAUGACCUGGCAAUAAUAUUGUGCAUCGUAAUAGCUGGUUUUGUUGUUGUUGUUUAGUCGUUUAGUCGUGUCCGACUCUUCGUGACCCCAUGGACCAGAGCACGCCAGGCACUCCUGUCUUCCACUGCCUCCCGCAGUUUGGUCAAACUCAUGCUGGUAGCUUCGAGAACACUGUCCAACCAUCUUGUCCUGUGUCGUCUCCUUCUCCUUGUGCCCUUAAUCUUCCCCAACAUCAGGGUCUUUUCCAGGGAGUUUUCUCUUCUCAUGAGGUGGCCAAAUUAUUGGAGUCUCAGCUUCAGGAUCUGUCCUUCCAGUGAGCACUCAGGGCUGAUUUCCUUCAGAAUGGAUAGGUUUGAUCUUCUUGCAGUCCAUGGGACUCUCAAGAGUCUCCUCCAGCACCAUAAUUCAAAAGCGUCAAUUCUUCGGCGAUCAGCCUUCUUUAUGGUCCAGCUCUCAAUAGCUGGUUUAGCUGGUGAUAUAUCACAAUGUUGAAAACCAGAUAUCGUUCAGAUAUUGUUGGGCACUGAGCAGGUUCCUUUCCCAUCGCAGUGAGAGCAUCAUCCCUCUGUCUUUGCUCCAGCUCCCCAAUACUCUCUGCCUCCACUUUCUAGUCUAGCCCUUCAGUUCUAAUCUCUCACAUGUGAGGACUGGCAAAAAAACCCAACACUCUUUCAAUCUGUAGAGGUGGCCAUUUGUACAAAUAUCUCAGCCCAUCUUCUGCCCCAUCAGCUCCACAUGACCUUAGGAGCAAGUCCACGAAUUACUAAGGAAUUUCUAAGGAAAGGCUGGUUCGUAUCCCAAAUAAGGGGAUGUUUCCUAAACAGAAAACAGUGGUGAUGGUAUUUUCCAGGUUUUUGAGGUGGUGACAUCAGAAAUCCUUAUUUGGCAACUUUCCUACACUACCUGUUUCAACAAGUCAGGAAUAGCUCAGUCAGUAGAGCGUAAGGCUCUUAAUCUCAGGGUUGUGGGUUCGAGCCCCACGUUGAGCAAAAGAUUCCUGCAUUGCAGGGGGUUGGACUAGAUGACCCUGGUGAUCCCUUCCAACUCUAUGAUUUUGUUAAUGCCUAUUUUGUCCUUGUAGAUGCAGGUUGGCAGUAGGUACUGAACCUGUACCUGAUAAUGGAGCAUCUAGUUGUACCUAUUUAGCUGGCAAUAUAUUUUGCUCAGUUUGGCAUGCAAACCAGGCUGUUGAGCUCCACAGUUAAACGAUGCCCUGGGAGAAUAAAUACUUCUUGCUUAUACAGUGGUAAAGGUAAAGGGACCCCUGACCAUUAGGUCCAGUCGUGGCCGACUCUGGGGUUGCGGUGCUCAUCUCACUUUAUUGGCCGAGGGAGCCGGCGUACAGCUUCCAGGUCAUGUGGCCAGCAUGACUAAGCCACUCUGGCAAACCAGAGUAGCGCACGGAAACACCAUUUACCUUCCCGUCGGAGCGGUACCUAUUUAUCUACUUGCACUUGACAUGCUUUCGAACUGCUAGGUUGGCAGGAGCAGGGACCGAGCAACGGGAGCUCACCCCGUUGCGGGGAUUUGAACCGCUGACCUUCUGAUCGGCAAGUCCUAGGCUCUGUAGUUUAACCCACAGUGCCACCUGCGUCCCUGAGCAGCCUGGUAGCCCUCCCCUAAAUCUCCCUCCGCAGGGAGCCCCAACCAUUUGGGAUCCAUUUGGAAAUGUGAAAUGAGGCAUGCAGCUGGCAGGGAAGGGGUAGAAAAUCGAUUCAUUCCAUGUUUGCCCUUUCAGAAACAAUACAAGAAUGAAAAUUCAGGUUGUCAUGAGAAAUUUGCACUUCCCCAAAUUUUGCAAUGUGCUUUUCCAACCAAGUGUGUACACAGAUGCAUAUACCAGGACGAAAGUUGCAUUGAUAUACAUGUUAGUGGAAACAACAGACAAAGAUCCAUUGUAUGAAGGACAAUUGCUUUGCAGAAAUGGGUCUAUCAGGAGAAACCUGCACUAAAAUGCUAGUGAAUUUUCACGAGGAUUUCCAAAAAAAUUGCAAACUCAUUCAGAAAUGCGGAAGACUGAACCUAAGGUUGGGAAAAUGAGAAAUUGAGGGGAACCAGAACCCCAGUGGCUGGUCAUGAAGUGGGUGCUAUGGGAGUUUGGUAAGGACUAGUAACUUGCUCAAGAAAUUGAGUACAGUGGAACCUCGGUUUUUGAACGUAAUCCAUUCCGGAAGACUGUUUAUGUUCUGAAAUGUUCAAAAUCCGAGGCCCAAAGGGUGGUUUGCAAAUCUAAUAGAAAAAAAUGAGAAAAAUACAGUGGUACCUCAGCGGAAGCCGUUCGACUUCCAAGGCGCGUUCGAAAAUGGAAGCAUUUACUUCUGGGUUUUCUGCGUUUGGAAACCGAAAUGUUAGCCAACAGAGACAUUUGAAAACUGAGGUAGCACUGUACAAGGCAGAGCCCCAAAUACCAGCGCAUAUUUUUGGCCCAUACAUAGCACACUAAAAUGCUAAUUCUACAUCCAAACUCUCCUUUACCUGUGCAACCUCAUGUACCAGUUCAUACCCUCUCUAGUUCAUGCACAUACAUUCCAUCCAUCCAUGAAUUUUGUGCUUAAUGUUUUCCUCCCGCCUGCCACCUGCCACUGUGAAAUGGUCCCUUGGUGCGGUUUUUUUUUUUUGCUUUCUUUCCCCUGUCUAGCGUGAGAGGCGCCUUGCCCACAACACUGAAAAAAUACAGCUGUGUUUUUAGAGUGCGGUGGAACGCACACCCCAGCUGCCUCUGUGCCAGGAUAGGAGUAAUAUUUUGCUGGAAUGGAAGAAGCCUCUCCUCACAGGGGACUAGCUACUUUGACAGGCUAGCUGAUGCCGCUGUAGUUUCAUGCCUGAUCAAAUUAGAUAUGAGUUUAAAGAUUGAGGUGGGCAACCUCUGUCCCAUGGGCCAAAUACAGCCCUCCAAGACGUCUCCCUCUGGUACCUCAGGACUCUCCUCAACAGCCUCCCCUCAGUUACAUCUCUUACCAUUCCUGCUUCUCACCCUCCGUGAAUGUUUUUUUGCCUGACUGGAAUGUGGGUUGCUUUUAGAGCUGAUGUGUUUUCAAUUUUGCGUUAGGGUUAAUUUUUUUUACUUCCGUUACGAGCCACCUGGAGCUUUACCAAAGAUCAGGAGGGAUUAAAAUGUUCUUUUUAAAAACAAAUGCGGGGAGGAAGGAAGAGCAGGCAAAGCGUGCUGCUCCAAAUGGAGGCGGUUUGGAGGUCAAGUUGCUGGUGCGAAGUGGUAUUUGAUUUCCAAAAUAAGAAGUGCUGAGUUUCAACUUGCUUGGAAGUUCCGCUUUCUGAGCCGGGUGCUCUUUCCUGGAAACACCAGUCACGGAUCAGCAAGGAGGGAAAGGCACUCUGCUCAUACCCAAAAACACUUUCGUCUCUCUCAAAACAUGAACUGAGGUGGAAUAGACCUAGCAUUAAAAAAAACCCCUGAGAUUUUGUUGUGAUGAGCAGUUGCCCAAACUAGGCCCCACAGUGACCAGGUGUCUGGAGAAACCAUUUUAUGACUCUCCCUGGUUCAGCCACAGGGCUCUGGAAAAAGACAAACUUCUGCAUCAUGGACUGCCUUUCCUUGCAAGUUUUUAAAGCAGAGGCUGAACGGCCAUGCGGCAGGGAUGUUAUUUUCCAUUUAAUAUUAUACAUUCACAUCAUCAUUAUCCACUUUACUGCCCUGGCUCUCUAGAGCCUAUCAACUUCCUUCCCUCCCGCCUCAUAGCUUUUGAAAGGAACCUUUAUAUCAUUGCAUUUUGUACGUUUUCCAGUUCUAAUUACACUCAUUACAGAAUGGAUCAAAAUUUAAAUAAAUAUAGAAAGAGAAAAUUUCUCACUACAGGUCUUCACCUGCUCAGUCACCUGCUAGUGAUGUUAAUUGCUUACAAUAAUCAAUAAUCAGAUAUCAUAUAAAUUUAUAUAAUAAUAAUAAUUUAUUAUUUAUACCCCACCCAUCUGGCUGAGUUUCCUCAGCCACUCUGGAUGGCUCCCAAUCGAGUGUUAAAAACAAUACAGCAUUAAAUAUUAAAAACCUCCCUAAACAGGGCUGCCUUCAGAUGUCUUUUAAAGAUAGGAUAACUGCUUAUUUCCUUCACAUCUGAAGGGAGGGCGUUCCACAGGGCGGGCGCCACUACCGAGAAGGCCCUCUGCCUGGUGCCCUGUAACCUCACUUCUCGCAAUGAGGGAACCGCCAGAAGGCCCUCGGCGCUGGACCUCAGUGUCUGGGCAGAACGAUGUGGGUGGAGACGCUCCUUCAGGUAUACAGGACUGAGGCCUUUUAGGGCUUUAAAGGUCAGCACCAACACUUGGAAUUGUGCUCGGAAAUGUACUGGGAGCCAAUGCAGAUCUCUCAGGACCGGUGUUCUAUGGUCUCAGCGGCCACUCCCAGUCACCAGUCUAGCUGCCGCAUUCUGGAUUAAUUGCAGUUUCUGGGUCACCUUCAAAGGCAGCGCAUUGCAGUAGUCCAAGUGGGUGAUAACUAGGGAGAUAAUUUACUCCAAUCCUUUUGGAAUACUUGAUCGUGCUGGUUUUGGAUUUUUUCUAUCAGCUUCCCCAGUUCUGCAAAGUCCAUCAUCUUCAUCUGCCACUCUUCUUUCGUCGUUACUUUUUGUUGUUUCCAUUUUGGGGCUAAAAGAAUUCUUGCCGCAGUUGUUGCAUACAUAAACGGUCUUUUAUCUUCCCAUGGUAUCGCUUCACCCACUAUACCCAGUAAAAAGACUUCUGGUUUUUUAACAAAAGUGGUUUCUUUAAAAGUAUUUUGUUAAAAAACCCAACUCUACAAUUCUAUGAUUCUGUGAAGUAUUUUUCCCCACGACGGGAAUGAGCACACCAUCUCUUCCAAAUUACGUUGCAGCUGUGGUUUCUCAUUGUGAGCAAGUGCUCUCCUUCCACCGACUCUAAUUCAACAUUAUUAUUUAUUCUCCCUUUCUUCAGGCUGCUUGCUGGAGCUCCUCGCGAUACGGCUACAGGGAUGGAGAACGCCACGCGAAUGGGUGCUAUGUAUGCUUGCCCUCUGACAGCGGCCACUGAUGACUGCGAGAGGGUGGACAUCAAGGUGAAAAGUACGUGGGCAUGUGCAAAGGAGAGCCCCUCACUAGGGCAGGUUGCAAAGUUUCGGGAAGGACAGAGGGACUGGGCUAGAGAUCUCAUGGUGCAUCCACAAUCUGUUAGAUUGCAGAGUGAGGUGUUUUUUGGGCUCUCACCACCCGCAGGAAAGACAGCACAAACUCUUCUGUCUCUAAUUUUGGAGAGCCUUUAUUAGGAGAAGGACCAACCCGAAUGUCGCAGAACUGUGGCUAGCUUUUGGUUCUCCAUCAGGCAAAAUGUUCUAGGAUGAGGAGACUAGGAAAAGUUUUUUAAAAAAGAGGACAGAGAAAAGUACAGAAAUUAGACCGGAUGUUGUAGCUGUGAGAUCAGCUUGUAGACUCAGUUCCAAGAUGGACGUUGCAGAUUGGCUAUACAGAAUGGGUGGAGAUGGCUGGUGUAAUAGGCAAAAAGGGUAAAUUGAAGGCAAUUGGUAUCAUAUUAGAUAUUGUUUGGAGAGAUGCAACUCUCAAAAUGUAAAGGGCAGAAGAGGGCUUUCUCUGUGGCAGCCCACGAACAGGGGGGCUCACUCCCUGUAGAAGUGCACCUGACAUCAUCAUUAUCCAACUUUUAUCUCUUCACCCCGGCCUUUGACAGAUGAAAACUAUUUUUUGGUGAAAUGAUUUCCUUUUAUGGAAAUGGUUAAUUAAUGUAUUGUUUUUGUAUUUACUGUUGUUUUUAUUUGGUUUUAAACUGCAUUACUGGUGACGUUGUAACCUACACUGAGACUUUCGAGUGAAAUAUGAGUACUAAAUCUAAUAAAAUGAUGGUGAAGAAGAAGAUCAUGAUGAUGAUGAUGAUGAUGAUGCUGGAUAUAUUUUUCAGCUACAGUCUUUCCACAUAGGGAAGGCUUCUGUUCCCCAUUUAUAUAGCAAGCAUCUCAGGUACCUCGCAGGGAAGUUGUGAGGGCAAAUGCAAAGCAAACAUCAUCAUCAUCAUCAUCAUCAUUAUUAUUAUUAUUAUUAUUACUGGAUUAUAUAUUAUGUAUUAUGAGUACUCUCAUUAUUCCUACUACUAUAUUGUUAUUAUUAUACUAUCAUCAUCAUUGUGAUUAGUUAUUAUUAUUAUUUUCUGGAAAAAAUGUUUAGGGGUAUGAGUACCCCUGCAUCCCCCCAGAAAAAAAGCCCUGAUUAUUAUUAUUGCAAAUGAAGUGAUAAACAGCAAGCGCUGAUUAUUCCUCUGCUGGUUCCUGUUAGGUUUCCAGAUGAAACUUGCUUGAAGCUGCUUAUCAAUUAUCAGGAUAUCUCUUUGCUCUGUAGUGCCUACAGCUUUGAUUACUGGUUUCAAACAAGAUCCAUUCAUAUGUGAUUUUUAUCUUCCUUCCUUCUUUCCUUCCUUCCUUCUCUCCUCUUAUAUACUGCUUCUAUUCCAGAACAACUUCCAAGCGGUCUAUAACUAUUAAAUUAAUCCAUAAUUAAACUAUACAAUAGUAUCUGUCUUUCCGCAGCUAUGAAAACUGCAUCCCGUUUUGUGUGUGAAGCCUAGGUCUGAAGAACUUGUAGCCCUUCAGAUGUUGGACCACAGCUUCUAUGCUGGCUUAGGGAGGUUGGAAUCCCUGCAACAUCUGGGCGGCCACAGAUUCCCCACCUGUGCCUUAAAGGACCUGGCAAUAAUCCUUUGCAUAUUUAUGGGGGAGGAAGUCCUAUGCCACUCAACGGGACUUACUUCUGAGUAGGCAUGCAUAGGAUUGCAUGGCAGGGGUGUUUGGAACAUGGUGGGAAGGUGGAUCGUGUCCUAACUGCAUUUCUCCCUCUUUCUUUUGCCCCUCUGUUCUCCCCGCAGGCGACCCACACAGUAAUAUUGUCGAAGACAUGUGGCUGGGGGUGACGAUAGCAAGCCAGAGAGCGUCUUCUGGGAGAGUGAUGGUGAGUAGUUUGUAUUUAUGGGGCAGGGAGCAUUUCCAUGGCAGGGAUGAGGAACCCGGUGCUGCCUGGAUGUUGUGGAGCUGCUUCUUCUUUGGUGAUCACUUGUAGCCGAUUAAGAUUGUCUUCCAUGAACACGGUUUUAAAAGUGAGUCUGUAAGUGACUGUGGAGGCCAAUUCUGGAUCCACACGUCCUUCCACAGUGGGGACAUAGGUUUCUGGGCAGGAGUUGAUCACGGUGAGGGUUUGCCAAAUGUGCCUUCCUCUUAGAGCGUUUCUCCCUUUUUUCCUGAGUUCAAGCAUCUUCAAAGCCCAUGACACCUUUGGUAAAGGCUGUUCUCCAAUUGGAGCGCUUGCAGGCCAGUGUUUUCCAGUUGUCGGUGUUUAUACUACAUUUUUAAAAGAUUUGCCUUGAGAGAGUCUUUAAAACUCUUUUGUUGACCUCCAGCAUUACACUUACCAUUUUUGAGUUCGGAAUAGAGCAGUUGCUUUGGAAGACGAUAAUCAGGUAUCUCCACAGCAUGACCAGUCCAAAGAAGUUGAAUUUUGACACUGGUGAUCUUUCCUUCUUCCAGUACACUUCCUAGGUGAUGUGCAAAAUACCAUCCAUCUGUUAAAAUGCUGCUAGGAUGGCAUGCCCAGUCCAAGGUGGGUCAGAAGCUUUUGGCAAAACUACAUGUUACACUUGGCAUGAGGCUGUCACCCCAAAAUGGCCCGCCAAAUCCAGUUCCUUUCCUCUCCCCUGUUAAAAUGAUGGAUGACCCCUACCGGCAUUCAUUUUUCUCCCAUAUUUGCUCCAUUGCCUUGGUUCUCAUGGGCUUUAUAGCUCUAAGGGCGGAUUCAAAAUGGUAACACUGUUUUCAGAGUUGGCUCCUAUGAUAGAAUCAUAGGCUAUAACAUCCAUGACAGAGGGCCAUGGGAUGUCUGCACAUUCGUGGCUGAAGACGGGAGAUGGCACAUCAACUUCAUGAAAUAUUCUUCGCAUUGAUUUUAAAUUGCAUUUUAAAAAAAUAUUGUAUUGUACAGUGGUACCUCUGGUUACAUACGCUUCAGGUUACAUACGCUUCAGGUUACACACUCUGCUAACCCAGAAAUAGUACCUCGGGUUAAGAACUUUGCUUCAGGAUGAGAACAGAAAUCGUGCUCCGGCUGCGCAGCAGCAGCAGGAGGCCCCAUUAGCUAAAGUGGUACCUCAGGUUAAGAACAGUUUCAGGUUAAGAAUGGACCUUCGGAACGAAUUAAGUACUUAACCCGAGGUACCACUGUAUUUCUUUUCUUUUCUUAAUUUUAAUUUUUAUUAUUAGUUUUAUUAAAUAUUACAAGGUAAAUAGAAUAGAAAAAUAAAAACAAAGUCCAUACAUAACAAUAUAAACACAACCAUCUACAUAUUUACCAAAUGCAGACUAAAGAAGAAAAAGAAAAAAGAAAGAGGGAAAAAGAAAGAAAAAAUAACUACUUUUCAUAAUCAAUAGUACCAAAUUUAUACUUUAAACAUUACAUUUUUAAAAUCCUAGUUACCGUAGUUAAAAUAUUAUAAAAGACUUCCACCGCAUUUACCACAUGUCUCUUAAUUUCUAGUUCACCUUUACAUCUGUUCUUCAGUCACUUCCUUUCCUUAAGUUCUUUCACAGGCCAUCAAUUCUUUGUAUUCUUUAUAUUCUUCACAAGGUUAGUCUAAGCACAACCAAACUUUUGUAUUUGAGCCCUGCUUGCGUAAAUAUCUGUUUAGAGAAUCCCAUAAAGAUAAAAUAAUAAUAAUAAUAAUCAUAAUAAUAAUAAUAAUAAUAAUAAUAUUGUAUUUCAUUGUAUUGCGGUAUACAACAUAUAUACAAUGCUGCACAAUAUACAUGAAAUAAAAGAUACAACCAUAAUACAACUAAAAAUAAUACAGCAACUAAGUGCAUUACAAAUUCCACAAGAGGUGGGAAAAUCAAUAAGUGGACCACCAAGACCCUCUGUAAUUUCCAAGUGGUCUGAGUGGGGGAGUUUGGGAACCAGUGGGUCGGACCCACUAAGAACCCCACUUUUCUUUCCUGCUCCUUCCCAAAUAUUGCAAGCAGGAAAAAGCUGCCUCUAUGCACAUCCAUAAGAUCUUCAGAAACCUGCUACUAACUGGCCCUCCGUUUCCUGGUACAUCUUAGAUAACAUCCUCUCGACUUCUGCCCCAAAGCCCUUCGCAUCCUUGAAUCUCUCCCGGUAGCUAUUUUGAUCCUCUGCGACAUCAGCGCCUUUAAAUGGUUUAAAAACAAGCAUAAAACCCCCCACCAAUCUCCACUGGCAUUUGCUGAAAUUCAAGAAAUAGCUUUGGGCAGUGGCAGCCAGACGGCCAGGCACCUUGGAGAUCAGAAUGCAGGUGCCAGUUCUUUUUUGCUUUAUAAGAAAAUGCCAGCGGUAAUUCCUUUUCGGGUGGGUUUAAGUUUCUUGAGAAGCUUGCUGCUUCUGUUCCAUUCCUUUCCCUGGCUUAUUGGAGACUAGUUUUGUCAUCCGCUGUCUCCAUUGUGGUCCCUUGCAGCUAAUUUUAUCCUAGGUUAGGCCAGAAAUUUGUUUUCCUUGCCAAUCACAGGUCCCAGAAUACUCAAUGCUAUGAAGGUUAAAGUUUCUCUGAGCAUGUACAGAGUGCUCUUGACAGCAUCGUGGAAUUAGAAAGCAUGCAGCGAAGAGCUUAAUUUGAGCACAGGGUGCAGUCAGAAUUAGCCUGUUUGCAAUACCAGCCGUCAGCCUGGUAACAUACAAUGAGAGAAGAGAGAACCUGUAAGCAUGCGCAGAGUGUCUAUCCCUCACACAGCCAGCUCAGGAUGGGAGUUGGAAGUGAUGGCCAGAGCCGUUCGAUGGUCGGAUUCCCUUGGAAGGUAGUGGGCUCUGGAGCUGCAAAUAAUAAUAAUAAUAAUAAUAAUUAUAAUUAUAAUAAUUAUAAUACAUUUUAUUUAUACCCCGCCCUCCCCAGCCAAGGCCAGGCUCAGGGCAGCUAACAACCAAUAAUAAAAACAAGUUGAAUGAAUACAACUUAAAAACAAGAUUAAAAUACAUUAAAGCAUUAAAACAUUUAAAUGACUGUCAGACUUUCGAAAGCUGGUAUCACUGAAUCAAGUUCAUAAAUUUGUUAGAUUAAUUAAACUAAUGUCAAGGCUUCAGAGAAUCCUAUCCCUUCCCACAGUGGGAUGCCAAGAAGCAAAAACAACAAGAGGAGUUCUUACCAAGUGGUUUAUUCAAUAGUCACAGAGAGAGACAAAGGAAUGCAGUCUCUCUUAGAUAAUGCUGUUGCUCCAAGUAAAGUCCCACCCCCUCCAUCUCACCUAAUCUACAUCACCCUUGUGUUGGUUGAUCUGUGUUUUCUGCCUCUGAGCUUUCUCUUCUACUACCCUCAAUGCCCUGCUGGUCCUGGGAGAAGGGGGGUCAGGAAUGUUCUCCAAGGACACUGAGUCUGUCGGCUGACUCUCCCCUGGUGCCUUUUCUUCCUCCUGUUCCUCUUCCAAUAUUUCCAAGCUCCUCCCCUCUGCAGCCUCUGAACUAUGCCCUUCGGCAAACCGCUGUUCUAAAUCUAUACUGUCCUCGUCUUCCCAGGAAGUUGCAGGAAGAGGAGGGGAGGGCAGGUCCCACCAUUCCUCCUCAAUCUAGCCCCUGACAACUAAAUACAGUGUUACCUCGGGUUACAUACACUUCAGGUUACAUACGCUUCAGGUUAAAGACUCUGCUAACCCAGAAAUAGUACCUCAGGUUAAGAACUUUGCUUCAGGAUGAGAACAGAAAUCGUGCUCCGACGGCGCAGCAGCAGCAGGAGGCCCCAUUAGCUAAAGUGGUGCUUCAGGUUAAGAACAGUUUCAGGUUAAGAACGGACCUCCGGAACGAAUUAAGUACUUAACCCGAGGUACCACUGUAGUUUUAAUUGAAUUCUGAAUAAAUGUGCAAUUGCCACAUUUUUCCGUGUAUAAGACUUGGUUUCCCCCCCUAAAAAAUAGUGUCAAAAUUUAGGGGGCGUCUUAUACACGGAUAGAGUCUCUCUCCCCCCCCCAUUUUCUUAAAUCUGAGUCCCCCAAACUAGGGGGCAUCUUAUACAUGGGGGCGUCUUACAGACGAAAAAAUACAGUAAUUGCUCCUGCUUUGAAUUUCGUUGUGUCGUUAUCUUCUUUAGUGAGUCGCACAAACGGCUGUUCUGAAUGAUGCUCUUUAUAGGGUAGGGGCCACUGGGAAUGAAUUUAGGGAACUAAGGGCAUGGUGACCCAAAAAUGUUUGGGAACCUUAGGCUAUGGAAAGGUUUUCAGUGCUAAAGCUGAGUAUGCACGGACCAUGCAUACAUAUCUCCAAAGAACCUGGAAUCAUGGGUAUGGCAUACCCUCCAACCGUCCCUAUUUUCCUGGGACAUUUCCAGAAUUACAGGAGCCAUCCAGGCUUCUGAUUUGAUCCCAGAAUGUCCUGGGGAUGAGCUAGAGUGCCGUGUGAGCUAGAGUGCAGCAGUGCCGUGAUCUUGCAUGAGCCAGCUUACUCGCAUGGCACCGACAGAAACACAUCCCAAUUGCCGUCAGGAGAAUGAUGAAGGCUAUGGAAUGGACUUAGAAAGGCAGAAAGUGUCAGGAGUUCAGCCUACACUCAAGUAGGACCCUGGCAAAGAUACAUGCCCGACUGGCAUGUUCUCUCCCUCCUGGUUGAUCGUUUUCGGGAGCUUCAAGAGCUUUCUUCAGCCCGAACAUCACAGCGACCGAUGCCAACCGACACCGGCACACUUAGGGAUCCACAGAGUUUGCACAACUUGCGUGACAGACCUCAGCAACUCAGCAUUUUGGCUAAUCUACUUUAUUUACAUAUAAACACACAUGGAGCACUGCAACAUGGCUCCCUCUCUCUCUAGCAUCAGACAAAAAGAGAAGAACAAAGGACAAUAGACCCACUUCACAGAACACAGUAACACAAUCUUCGUCACUUCCCACUCUGUGGAGUUCAAACAUAUACUGUCAUGUGAAUAACAACAAUCCCAUGACUGCAAUCAUGGAGCAGGAAUUCUAACAGAAAGCGUGCCUUCAAGGAAAGGCCAGAGCCUCACCCCACCCCACCCCGUUUCGGUGCAAACUAAAGCCUUGUCUCCUUGACUUUGCUAGGCUUGUGCCCACCGGUACACCCGAGUCUUGUGGGCUGGCAACGAGGACCAGAGGCGCAUGGUUGGGAAAUGCUACGUCCACGGAAACAACCUCCAGCUGCAGGAGCAGGAUGAAUGGCAGCAUUUCCACAACGAGAUGUGCAACACCAACAGCGACUCGGACGUAACGGGCAUGUGUCAGAUGGGCAUCAGCGGCGGCUUCACCGCCAACAGCAUUUAUUUCGGAGCCCCCGGUGCUUUCAACUGGCAAGGUUUGUGACACUUCCUCAGCCCUUCCUUCCUGUGUCGCCAUGUAAAUAUGUGGCUUAAUGGGUUAAUUCAGCCAGAGACGAAACCAAGCAGGUGGGAAAUUGCCAAAAGCACAUUAAUUCGCAGGCCAUAUACAGUCAUACCUCAGAAGUCGGACAGGAUCCCUUCCGGAAGUCUGUUUGAUUUCCGAAACGUUUGACUUCCAAAGCGCAGCUUCUGAUUGGCUGCUGGAAGCCAAUCACCCCACACCUUGCAGAGAUGGGCCGACGCUGCCAACGGGCCCUGCACCCCUUGGCAACAUCCAAAGGCCCUGAUCCACUAGGUGCCGGGGUGGAUUGCACCCUGUGCCUUGCAGAGUCAAGCCCAGGCUGCCAAUGGGCCCAGCAGUGGCAGCAGCAACAAGCAGCUCUGGCUUGCCCAGACCUACCCAUUGCUAUUCCACCACUGCACUUGCCUGACCUGGGGGUUCUGGAUCACAGGCUCUACUGGUCAAAGUAGAGCCCUCUCCCACCAGAAACAAACCAGGACUGCUCCAAGAAAACGCACGUUUGUGAUUGGCUAGGCAGAUAGCCAGCCAUUUGGGGGGGGACAUUUCCCCCCCUUCACUUCUCACUUCCCUCUAUGGCCCCCUGACCUUGUGCUAUAGCCCCCCAUUUACACAUUUUUCACCUGUGGCCCCCUUGGAAUAUCCUGGGGGGCCCCAGGGGUCCAUAUGGGUGGGGAACACUGAACUAGACUGUUUUUUGGACUACAGUUCCCGUCAUCCCUGACCACUGGUCCUGCCAGCUAGAAACAAUGGGAGUUGUAGUCCAAAAAACGGCUGGAGACCCAGGUUUGGGAAACUCUGAACUAGAGAUUUUUUUAAAAAAGAGAGAGAGAGAGAGAGAGAGAGAGAGAAGCAGACAAACUGAAACGGACAGAAUCGCCCAUCCCUAAAUAAGCCCCGUCCCAUCGCAUCUCUUCCUUGUGGUCAAUGACCGGUGUUAAAUAAGCCCCAUUAAAUUUAGUGGGAUUUACUUCUGGGUGGACGAGGUCAGGAAUGCAGCCUUACCUGGUAAACUAAAUGAUGAAAUAAAAGCGGCCGAGCAGAGCCCAGUUGAGGGGAAGACAUGCACUCUCCUUUUCUUCUGUGAUUAGAGCCCCUGAACCUCUUUGUCUGUGUUGAGUUAAAAUGUCGCAACUUUUCUCUUUCUGGCAUAGGAACCGAUUACAUGAUCCUUCGAGGGGACCGGGAAUGGGACCAGCAAGAUUACUCGUAUCCAGAUCAGAAGUACAGCUACAGCUAUUUGGGUAACUGCAACCAAUACGGUUUUUCCUGGUCCGCUGCCCUGUUUGCCUGCCUACAUCUCCCUUCUUUCCUCCUCGCAUACAAACAUGGUGAUAGGAUCACACACACACCCCAACCUAGCUAAGAUUUCUUAACGCAGGAGUUUCCUGCAGCCAAUCAGAAGCCGUGCUUUGGUUUCUGAACAUUUUGGAAGUCAAACAGACUUUCGGAAUAGAUUCUAUUUGACUUCCAAGGCGUAGGACUGGAAGACAGUGAGUGAGAAUUAUGCUUUUGGAAAGCGGGUGAUCAGGAUAAGAAGGAACUCAUGCGCUUCCCCUCGUAUCCAUAGGCUACACAGUCGAAGCAAGAACUGAGGUUCUGCGCAAAAACGAGACCACCUUAGUCAGUGGGGCCCCUCGGUUUAACCACACGGGAGCCGUCUUCCUGAUGGCAGCAGACAGCGGCACGACUCUUCAGGGGAAACUCAUUAUCUUCGGGGAGCAAGUGGGCUCCUAUUUUGGCAGUUCCAUUGCUCUGGCUGACCUCAACAAUGACGGGUGAGUCUGCUGGCCGGCAAAGCCAAUGGGAAGCAAUGUCUCAUUUGCCCAACAGAGGGGCUGUGAUCACACCUCUCUCUCUCUCUCUCUCUCUCUCUCUCUCUCUCUUCCUAUCGGUAGGUGGCAGGAUUUGAUUGUCGGAGCACCCUACUACUUUGACCGGAAAGAGGAGAAGGGUGGGGCCGUCUACGUGUACAUGAACCUGGGGGGAACGUUCCACAGCAGCCCCAACAUCACCCUGACAGGGCCCAGCAGCUCUGCCUUUGGCCUGGCCGUGGCCAACAUCGGAGACGUCGAUAAGGAUGAUUUCCAAGGUGGGGGGGGGGCUUCCUCCUUCGACUGUUGCCCCCAUGCAUACAUUACUGGAAAUGCAUUCUGUUAGGGGACAUUGCUUUGAAACAAUGUGUAUUUUGGGGGAAAAUGCAAAUAAAAUGUAUUUAUACAGUGGUACGGUGGCGCUGUGGACUAAACCACAGAGCCUAGGGCUUGCCGAUCAGAAGGUUGGCGGUUCGAAUCCCCACGAUGGGGUGAGCUCCCGUUGCUCGGUCCCUGCUCCUGCCAACCUAGCAGUUCGAAAGCACGUCAAAGUGCAAGUAGAUAAAUAGGUACCGCUCCGGCGGGAAGGUAAAUGGCAUUUCUGUGCGCUGCUCUGGUUCGCCAGAAGCGGCUUAGUCAUGCUGGCCACAUGACCUGGAAGCUGUACGCCAGAUCCCUCAGCCAAUAAAGCGAGAUGAGCGCCGCAACCCUAGAGUCAGCCACGACUGGACCUAAUGGUCAGGGGUCCCUUUACCUUUACUUUUUACCUUGGUUCUCAAACUUAAUCCGUUCCAGGAGUCCAUUCGACUCCCAAAACAAUUCGGAAACCAAGGCGCGGCUUCUGAUUGGCUGCAGGAGCUACCUGCACUCAAGCAGAAGCAGCAUCAGAUGUCUGGCUUCCGGAAAACAUUGGCAAACUGGAACACUUAUUUCUGGGUCUGCGGCAUUUGGGAGCCCAAUUGUUCGGUGACUAAGCCAUUGGGGAACCAAGGUACCACUGUAAUUAGAAGGGAAUCAUGGACAUGGAGAACUGUAAUCAUAGAGAAAAGGUUUAGCUUAGCCCUUUCUCUGCCGUUCUCAUUUUCUACCCCCAGAAAGAGUUCAUGAAGUGGUGUUUGGUUGUUGUUUUUUUGGCUUAAGGAGAACAAAGUUCUGCAGUUUGGAGGCUGUUGCUGGUAAUGGGAGAUUUUAGUGAGAUUUGUUUUGAAGAGUGACUAUAGCAGGCACAGGGAAACUCGGCCCUCAGGCCUGGGACUACAACUCCCAUCAUCCCUAGCUAACAGGACCAGUGGUCAGGGAUGAUGGGAAUUGUAGUCUCAAAACAUCUGGCGGGCCGAGUUUGCCUAUGCCUGGACUAUAGGUUUGUUUUAGAUGCCUCCUUUGGAAAGCCGGCGAACGAGUCCACCUGACCCUUAUCCUCCCUCCUUUCCUCCAUAGAUAUCGCAGUUGGAGCUCCUUUUGAAGGUUCGGGGAAGGUCUACAUCUACCACAGUGGUGCAGGAGGGCUUAUUGAUAAGCCCCAGCAGGUAAGCUCACUUUGCUUAUUCCUCUUCAUCAUUUUUUCCCUCCACGCUUGGCAAGGAAACUUCCUCUGAUCGCAUGCAAUGCCUUCCUCACAUUUUGCAGCUAAUGCAGCAAGCCUGGAGGCAUUAGGAAGUCAGGGACUGGGUUUCAGCAGAGCGUGGCCCCACAACAUGGAUCCACUGGGGGUGGGGCUGCACUUCUAGGCUAAGUGCCCAUUAUGGACAUGCACCAUCACCAGCUACAGAAGGGUCAUAGCUCAGCGGUAGAGGACAUGUUUUGCAUGCAGAAGGCUGUGAGUUCAAUUCCCGGCAUCUCCAGAUAGGCCUGGAAAAUAAGAACAAUAUACAGUGGUACCUUGGGUUACAUACACUUCAGGUUACAUACGCUUCAGGUUACAGACUCCACUAACCCAGAAAUAGUACCUCAGGUUAAAAACUUUGCUUCAGGAUGAGAACAGAAAUUGUGCUCUGGCGGCGCGGCGACAGCAGGAGGUCCCAUUAGCUAAAGUGAUGCUUCAUGUUAAGAACAGUUUCAGCUUAAGAACGGACCUCCGGAACGAAUUAAGUACUUAACCCGAGGUACCACUAUAUAUUUUUGUACCCCACACAUCUGACUGUGUUGCACCAACCACUCUGGAUGGCUUCCAACAGAAUAUACAAAAACACAACCUGUGUUUAAACAAAAACCCUGUCUAAUAUUCUGGAGAGCUGUUGAUGUAGACCACUGUUGUUCAGUGUUGGGUCCCCAGAUGCUGUUGGACUACAACUCCCAUCAUCCUUCACUAAGCUGGCUGGGGUUGUUGGGAGUUGUAGUCCAACAGGGUGUGGAUGAAGAACACUGGCUGCAGGCACUCUCUGUUCGAAAGCAAGGUAUAGCCUGGUGACAUCAGUGGCAGUCCUGCUCUCUCCCACACCAGCCCAACAUGCUUGGCCAAGGCACCACCAACCUUGAGGCACAGCUCACAACAUAGAUCUUUCUCCUUUUGAUGGCUGCCCUUCCUCAUUUGCUCAUCCUCUGCAGGUUAUCAGCGGCGAAGACGUCGGACCCGGAAUCAAGACCUUUGGCUACUCCUUCAGCGGCGGAAUGGAUGUGGAUGGGAACUCCUACCCCGAUCUCUUGGUGGGCACACUCUCAGAAAAUAUCCUACUGCUCAGGUGAGAGGAGACUUAAAGAGGGACAGUUAAUGUACCCCUGAGGGUCUGUAGAAUUCUUUUCCCUCAUGGCUGACUUGUCCAAAGCCACUGCUGAUAACUGGGACUAUUGGGGCUUUUAUUAUUAUUGUGUAUUAAUAUCCACCUUCCUUCUGUGAGGAUGUCAGAAUGGCAUGCAUAUUGCGGCUUAAUACUAAUACUAAUACUAAUACUAAUACUAAUACUAAUAAUAAUAUUUUGUUGGGCAGCUUCCAACAAAAUAUUAAAAUACAGUAAUGCAUCAAAUGUUAAAAGCUUCCCUAAACAGGGCUGCCUUCAGAUGUCUUCUAAAAGUCUGGUAGUUGUUGUUCUCUUUGACAUCUGGUGGGAGGGCAUUCCACAGGACGGGUGCCACUACCGAGAAGGCCCUCUGCCUGGUUCCCUGUAACUUGGCAGUGAGGGAACCACCAGGAGGCCCUCGGCGCUGAACCUCAGUGUCUGGGCUGAACGAUGGGGGUGGAGACGCUCCUUCAGAUAUACUGGACCGAGGCCAUUUAAGGCUUUAAAGGUCAGCACCAACACUCAAUGAGGUGAGCUUCUUUUUUACUAUUUCCACUAAAACAGUCAUUGCAUUUUAUAUGCAUUAUUGCACACACGAUUGUACGUACUAUAGGGACGUGAGUGGCGCUGUGGUCUAAACCACUGAGCCUCUUGGGCUUGCCGAUCGGAAGGUCGGCAGUUCGAAUCCCCGCAACGGGGUGAGCUCCCGUUGCUCUAUCCCAGCUCCUGCCAACCUAGCAGUUCAAAAGCACACCAGUUCAAGUAGAUAAAUGGUACCUCUGCAGCGGGAAGGUAAACAGCGUUUCCAUGCACCAGAAGCGGUUUAGUCCUGCUGGCCACAUGACCCGGAAAGCUGUCUACAGACAAAUGCCGGUUCCCUCGGCCUAAAAGUGGGACGAGCGCCGCAACCCCUUUGACUGGACUUAACCUUCCAGGGGUCCUUUGCCUUUACCUUUUUACCUUAUGUAUGAUAUUAUGCAUGGAUACAUUCCAGGUUUUCCUAAAGUAACCAGCAUAUAAACAGAUAUGUACUAGCACCACUUAGAAGCCAAACAAAAAACAAAACAAAACAAAAUAAAAUAAAAAAUAACUGUAUUAAAAAUACUUACGUUUUGCUACUUAUAUCAUUUUGCCAAAAGUAUAUAGUACUGCAUGGGACUUGAUAUUUGUUAUACUGUAUAUACUAUAUACGUUUAUAAUAUUUGCAUAUAGUUAAUCAGGCUGCUUUUUAAAACACUUGCCGAUGUGCAAACUUCAAGUUACAAGAAAGGAGAUUUUGACGAAACAUCAAGAAAAACUUUCUGACAGUAGGAGCUGUUUGACAGUGGAAUGCAGACUCUCCUUCCUUGGAAGUUUUUAAGCAGAGGUUGGGUGGCCAUCUGUCAUGGAUGCUUUAGCUGAAAUUCCUGAAUUUCAGGGGGGUUGGACUUGAUGACCCUCGGGUUCCCUUCCAAUGCUACAGUCCUACGAUUCUGUAAGCAGGUGCUUGAUGCAAAUGGCAGUCCAGUGCAACCAAAGCUCAGUUAGUUCAGAACCACCAAAUUCCAUGUAAAAUGGACUCCGCCUCUAUCCAUAUGAACCUACCUGGACCCUGAGAUCAUCUUCUUCGUGUGGCUCCUCCUCAAGAGGUAUGGAGGGCGGCAACACAAGGACAGGGCCUUCUCUGCAGUGGCUCCCUGUCUGUGGAAUGCUCUCCCCAGGGAAGUUCACCUGGCGCCUUCAUUGUACACCUUUAGGUGCCAGGCAAAAACAUUCCUUUUUAACCAGGCCUUUGCUUGAUCUGAUUUACAUCCUAUGCCCUUUUAAGAUGUGUUUUGUUGGGGGGGGCUAUUGGGUUGUUGUUUUAAUUUUUGUUGUGUAUUUUGUGGUUUUAUAUCUUGAUUUUAUUCUGUGAACCACCCUGAGACCUCCGGAUAUAUGGCAGUAAAGGUAAAGGUAAAGGGACCCCUGACCAUUAGGUCCAGUUGUGACCGACUCUGGGGUUGCGGUGCUCAUCUCACUGAGGGAGCUGGCAUACAGCUUCCGGGUCAUGUGGCCAGCAUGACAAAUCCGCUUCUGGCAAACCAGAGCAGUGCACAGAAACGCCGUUUACCUUCCUGCCAGAGUGGUACCUAUUUAUCUACUUGCACUUUGAUGUGCUUUCGAACUGCUUGGUGGGCAGGAGCAGGGACCGAGCAACGGGAGCUCACCCCGUCGCAGGGAUUCGAACCGCCGACCUUCUGAUCGGCAAGUCCUAGGCUCUGUGGUUUAACCCACAGCACCACCCGCGUCCCUAUAGGGCAGUACAUGAAUUCAAUUAAUAAUAAUAAUAAUAUCCUUAAACAGUACUCCACUAAUUUCCCUUUUUUCUCAUUAUCUCUCUGCAGAGCCCGUCCGGUGAUCAACAUCUUAGACAAGUCGUUCACGGUUACCCCGACCACAUUGGACCCAAACAGCUGUACCGAAGACUCUUGGUAAAAGCUUCCUUCUAUGUUCUCUCCUCACAGUUCUUUCUCCUCACCCGCCUGCCCGGGUUCCAGGGCUCUUUGAAAGGCGUGUGACGGCAGAAAUGCGAUGGAACUGGCUAUAUUUAGCCUAAGGAAAGGAAGAUGAAAGGGGAGCACGCUGCCAAUUUUCAGCUUGUUUAAGGGGAUGUCGGAAAGAAUCAGGAGAACAAUUGUUUGCCCUCCCCGCCGAUUGCGGGACAAGAAGUAGGAGUGUUUACACAAGAAAGGGCGGGAUUCAGAUUAAAUGUGAAUGAAGAAAACAUCUGUCACUAAGAGCAGUAUAGCGCACCGGAGCAAGCUUUAUAGAGAUGUGGCAGAGUCGCCUCCUUUGGAUGAUUUCAAUAAUUAAUAAUAAUAAUAAUUAAUAAAUUGUAUACUACCCUUUAUCUGAAGAUCACAGUCGACAACAUAAAAAUACAAAAUGAGAACACAAAAUACGUAAUAAAGCAAAAACAAACCAAUAACACCCUCUGUCCCACAAACACAUUUAAAAUAUAAUAAUAAUAAUAAUAAUAAUAAUAAUAAUAAUUAAUAAUAAUUUAUACCCCGCCCACCUGGCUGGGUUUCCCCACCCAUUAUGGGCAGCUCCCAACAGAAUUGUUGAUGAUGAUGAUGAUGAUAAUAAUAAUAGUAAAGCGAUAAAACAUCAAACAUUAAAAACUUCCCUGAACAUAACUUGUUCAAUCAGCCAAAGGCCUGGUUAUAGAGAAACAUUUUUGCCUGGCACCUAAAGAUAUGUAAUGAUGGAAAGAGGGGAUGAAUUGUGGAAUAAUAAUAAUAAUAAUAAUAAUAAUAAUAAUGGAGUUCCCUCUCCUGCGGGGGGAAACUCCUGCUCUUUCAAAGAAAACUCCAUGCCCCCAAAAUGCCACUUGCCGCUCAUGAAAAUUAAUCACUGUCCUAUAACAAGAGCAUCCGAGGAAUGCAUUUCAAUACAAAACAUCUUUAGGAUGCCAUUGUACGCUGGGCGUUUAGAGUAGAGCCUUCCAAGGCUGGUUGCUGUGGCUUCAGAAUAGGUUUGUGCUUCUGCGCCUCCCUUUAAAAAGUGAUCACUUCUCUGUUUUGGUUUGCCUGGAGGCAGUAACAAACUGAGAAGUGCUGGAUUCCUUCCUGAGAGUCACAACCGCGCCCCUUCUAAAAUAAUGCAAUAAUCUUAUGGUUAUAUAAUAAUAAUAAUAAUUUGUGAUGCAGUGCCACAAUAAAUGUGCUGCCUUUCAGAUAGAUGUGCUCAGUACCAGAUUUACGUAUAAGCUGAACAAGCUAUUAGCUGAGGGCCCCACACUCUUGGGGGCCCCCCCCAAAAAAAUAAAAGGAAAAAUAACUGGAUGUACAUUUCCAAAAUAUAAGAUAAAAAACAAGUAAAAUAAAACCUACAUACAGCAACAGUGUUUUGUGUUGUGUAGGCUCCUGUGGUGUAAGUAAUGGGCCCUGCCUGCUAGCCUGCUCCCUAAAAUAUCACUGCUUUGCUCCUUUCUGUAUAUAGGGUGCCCACAUUCUCCAUGGACUGGUUGCCUCGCAACAUGUGCAAAUGGCUUGAGAUACCUAUUAGGUCCAUAAAUUACCAUAUAGCAUAUACAGUGGUACCUCUAGUUACGAACUUAAUUCAUUCCGGAGGUCUGUUCUUAACCUGAAACUGUUCUUAACCAGAAGCAUGCUUUCGCUAAUGGGGCCUCUUGCUGCCUCUGCGCCACUGGCACACGAUUUCCGUUCUCAUCCUGGGGCAAAGUUCUCAACUCGAGGUAACUCUUCCAGGUUAGUGGAGUUUGUAACCUGAAGCGUUUGUAAUCUGAGGCAUUUAUAACUCGAGGUACCACUGUAUUCAACACACACAAAAACAGUGACAAUGUGUUGUUGACAAAGGACAGCUGGACAUAUAAAGGGCCCCAUUACCUUCAGUAGCUUCGGGUCUCAUCAAACCUAAUUCCGGCCCUGGAUGUGCUACUUUCUGCACGCAUACACGGGCAAAUGAUUUGGAGUGCUCCAGGAUCUGCUUUCGCAGUGACUUCAGUUGUGUUUGUGUCCCAUGAAACUGCAUCGUACGUAACAGAAGAUGCACAUCGCUCUUUUGAAACAAAAGCUUGUGUUUUCGGUGCUCCUAAAUGCUUAGCUUUGGAGGCUAGAGUGGCUGAAAAAACGGUCCCCUUUGAUGCUGCUGAUUGAAGGCUGGAGACAGGGACUCAUCAGGGACCAUGCGGCAGAAAUAGUCGCAGAUCUUUGACCCUCCACAAUCCCAGACCACUAAUAAUAAUAAUAAUAAUACCGUAGAUUCCGGCGUAUUAGGCGACUGGGCGUAUAAGACGAUCCCCAACUUUUGCUGUUCAGUUUUAGAGUUUUAGAGUUAUAGAGUUUGAGCACCUCCAGGGGCAGAGAACGCACCCCUCCGAUGCCUCAGCUGUUGUAGCAGCAGCAGCAGCCUGAGGCGAGGUGUUUGGCGGGCGGCCGGCUGAGUGCCGCGCUCGAAAGGACUUUCCGCGUCCGUGGGGAGGGAGGAGGAGCGACGGCAGAAGGGGCGCCUCUGCUCACUGGCUCCCUCUCCUUCUUUCCAACGCGUAUACCCGGCGUAUAAGACGAUCCCCAACUUUUGGGGUGAUUUUCCAGGGAUAAAAAGUCGUCUUGUAUGCCGGAACAUACGGUAAUAAUAAUUUAUUAUUUAUACCCCGCCCAUCUGGAUGGGCUUCCACAGCCACUCUGGGCAGCUUCCAACAAAAUAUUAAAAUACAGUAAUGCAUCAAACAUUAAAAGCUUCCCUAAACAGGGCUGCCUUCAGAUGUCUUCUAAAAGUCAGGUAGUUGUUUAUUUCCUUGACAUCUGAUGGGAGGGCGUUCCACAGGGCGGGUGCCACUACCAAGAAGGCCCUCUGCCUGGUUCCCUAUAACCUCACUUCUCACAGGGAGGGAACCGCCAGAAGGCCCUUGGCGCUGGACCUCAGUGUCCGGGCAGAACGAUGGGGGUGAAGACCCUGGUUCAGAUAUACUGGACCGAGGCCGUUUAGGGCUUUAAAGAUCAGCACCAACACUUUGAAUUGUGCUCGGAAAUGUACUGGGAGCCAAUGUAGGUCUUUCAUGACCGGUGUUAUGUGGUCUACACCCCUGCCUGGAGGAAUCUGUGUUUACUCCCAUCUCAUCCUGCUCCAAGACUUCCAGGUCAAUCACAUUUCUCUCUUUCUUUCUCUCUCCUUUCCCUCCCCACCUCCUCGACUAACAGCAUCAAGGUGCAGCUCUGCUUCUCCUAUUCCCAAAGCGCGGGAAACCCAACAUACAAGGAAACCAUAAGUGAGUAGAAGUUCCAUUUGAGAGGGAUUUUAUUUUUCAGGAGAGAAGUUCGGGGGCUCAUCCUCCGGCAGCUGCACAAGACCUGAACUUGAACUGUCGCUCCUAAAUGUAUGUGGGCAUUCUGGAUAUGCCCAGAGGCACCUUCCUCUUUCAGUCUUGCCUUUUCCCGAGUUCAGGUUAAACCGUUACCAGCACUGCUUCGGGAGGAAGAGCAGGGCAGAAAUCGAAUAGAUAGAUAAAUAAAUAAAUAUAUAAAUUGCACCCAGAGCUCAUUUUCUGUUCUGGGGCUUUCUCAGAACUUCAACUUGAACCCAGCCCUUACCAGGGGCUUAGGCCCAGAAUACAACAGCCGAGCUGAGGUGGAGGCAGGGCCGCCCCAUCCAGGAGGCAGAGUGAAGCAGAUGCCUCGGGCGGCAGAAUCCCAUAGGGCACCGACCCCGCGGGCCCCUGCUUCCAUUGGGGUCACGUGACAGUGAUGGCUGCGCCUUCCGGUGUGAUCUCAUGAGAGUUCUGCAAGAUCUCACGAGAUCUUGCCAGAAGCUGCCAAGUGACGGAGAAAAUAAUAAUUUCAUAAACUGUAUCGUUUUGGUUAUUCCGUUUUCUUUUCUACGGCUCACACUGAAAAGGCCUGUGCCUGCCUUCUUUUUACAGUACAGAACUAGUUGUUUUCAGGCACUGUAUGUAGCAAAUGUCCCUAACAGAACGCGGAAAAAACAUAAACUGUUAGAAUCUAUGGCGGCCGUUGUACGCAAGAGAAGGGAAUCGUCUAGGCAUGGUCGUUGUGAUUAAUCUUGAAUUGCCAACAAAAGAGGAUAGUGGGAGACAUUUAAUGAACAGAAAAAUGAGCCAAAGUCUUACUAAAGACAUUGAAAAAUGAUUUUAAUCACAGGAUGUUACGACCAGGGCUGAUCCUGCAGACUAAAAUGAUUUCGAUUGGUUCAGGAUGAUAACAUUGGGUGGCAACUGCCGAGAUUGCUGUAAUCCUUUGACUGAAAUGAAAUCACCAAGGGUGUAAGAAACAUUGCUUUGGAUGUGAUUCUUCACCGCCACCUCCUUAUUUUCGAGGCUGUCCCUCUGCCUGUUUGUAUUUCAAUAAAGGCUUCUAUUUUCACUUGGAGCCUGCAUCCUUUUCGAUUGGGUUUCUGGGAGGGAUACCUCCAGUCAAGGAACCCCUUUUUUAAUUUAUCCAACACACGCUCCCUUGGUAAGUGAGGAUUUGGCAGGAUGGGGGUUGGAGACGACGGGAGCCACAUUUUCCUGUUUUGCCUCAGGUGGCAAAGUGGGACAGGCUGCUUCUGGGUGGAGGGAGUGGGGUGCACAUGUGCCUCAGCUUGCCUGCUGAGUCUUGACAGUGCCUCCGGCCUGUUUUCCCCACCCUAUCACUUCCCCCUCCACAUCUCAUUUCAGAGUUGAACUACCUGGUGGAAGCUGAUCGGGACCGCCGUCCACCUCGAGUAUAUUUUGCCAGAACGCAGUCCGCUGUCUACAAGGGACAGUUUUCCAUGCCAAGGGAGAAGUGUCAGACCCUGGAAGUCCUCUUGCGGGUAAGGUGAGGGCAGUGGGCAAUUUAAGCGAUACAUUUGGAAGGCUGGGAGUGAGCGAAACAUGGCCUAAUAAUAAUAAUAAUAAUAAUUUAUUAUUUAUACCCCACCCAUCUGGCUGGGUUUCCGCAGCCACUCUGGGCUUAGUGGUGCGUUGCGCCAGGGCACCGGCCUCUCAGGGGCACCUCAGCAAGUGGGGGAGCUGCGUGCCUUUGCCAGUGCCCUCCCCUUUCCCUGCACGCCCACCAGCUGCACCCCGCCAACCAUAAGGCUAGCGGGCAUGCAGCUUCCCUCCCAAGCCUCCUCAGGAGGAGAUUGAUCCCCGCGGAGGCUUAGGAUGGAAGCUGUGCCUCGCCAACCAUAUGGGUGGCGGGCGCGCAGCUUCCCUCCCAAGCCUCUGUGAUGAUCUCUCUCCUCACGAGGAGGCUUGGGAGGGGCGCAACUUCACUCCCAAGCCUCUGUGGGGAUCGCUCUCUCUCAGCGGCAUGGGGGAGACUUGCGCCCCCCAAUGGCUGGCAGUGCGCAGCUACGGCCACCCUAACACUAUCCAUGGUAAUUUGGAGGCGCUGGGCGGAUAUUUGCACCCCGGCGCCGCAUCUGCUAAAGACGGCCUUGGAGAUGACCCUCUGAGCUUUCAAAUUCCUCGACAGAGUACAAUCACUCAGAACUGGGUGGAGGGCUUUCUGCAAUGAACUCUUCCCUUGCUCUGCAGGCUGAUAUGCGGGACAAGCUGCACCCCAUUGCGUUCUCCAUGAACUAUUCUCUUGCUGAGAAGCCCAUGAGGUUCCAGUUGGGCCUGCGCUCGCUCGAUGCGUUUCCCAUCUUGAACGAGGAUCAAUCCCGUGAGAAUCAGACUGAGGUGAGCGCCAUGCAGUAAUCCAAAGCAUUUCCCCUCCCCAAAACCGCCCUGCUUUGCGCAAGCUCAUUCGCUGUUGAAUUUCUUUGUCUCCUCCCCCCGCCUUCUGCCUUCUGCCUGAUUGCUCAGUGUGGCGGGACAGCUCGGUUUUCCCAUACUGUUCUUCUUUCUGCCCCUAGGAUCUCCCCACGUUCUGCUAAUUGCACCGACCUUUCAGUUAUGCCGCAGGCGCUGCUAUAUUUGCCAACAUUCUUUUUUUAAAAAAAUAUUUAUUUAUUUAAAUAAUACAGCAAAAACAGAACAUCAGCAGAAAAAAAGAAAUUUACAAAGAAAAAAAAACACAGUUCAAAAACAUUGAAAACAAAUACACUUGUACAGUAUUCCCCACCCACCCGCAGCUUCUCUCCGCCACAGUUCGACUUCUUUAAAUCUCUAUCUCCACAUUUAUCCUUGUAUUCUCCAAAUAUAUCGUUAUUUGUCCUUCUUUUAUCUCUUUUCUUUUCCACUUCACACAUAUACUUUACAUUUUGAUUGUAAGCAUAUUAGCAUAUCUUUCUUAGAACAAUACUUUAACAUAUAAUCUUCGAAACAUUUUCAUUCCUUUUAAAUUUUUAAUUUGACUGAUACCUUAUAAUUGAUGUGAGCUUUGCCAGUUCUAUUUGCCAACAUUCCUUUUGCUGGCUCCUUCCCCCUCAUCAGUUAGAAUGUCUGUGCAUAUUCCUAAAUUUGUUCCAGCAGCUUAAGCCGACUGCAGGUCAGGGUCUCUUGCAAACAGGUAACACAUGCACGCUAAGGUGAGUUAUGUGCAUGCACACACAUACGUACAAACGCAGACAAAUAUCUGUGAGAAAUUGUCUCCAGUUUCCCAUCAUCAGCCUUCGUAGAUCCAGCAUUCAGUUUGCCCUCUGGCACCAUCUGGUGGGAAAGCCUGUUCACCAUCAUUUUAAAGACAGAACAAAAUAACAUCCUGAAAAAUGAGUUGCGUGGGCUCAUGCAGGUGGACUAGCUUGCUUCGAUGCUGGCCUUUGUGGAGUCGUCAUGUGAUGACUUUGACAUGUGCUCGUGUUUUGUGUCAAAUAUGCCCAGCCAAAAUUUGGGAGACCCUUCGCAGCGCAAUAUUUAUUUUGUUUGGAUGGUUGAUAUCCCGCCAUUCAGUUGACUGAUCUUCAAGAUGGCUUGCAAGUUAUACGCCAGAUUUAUGUAUAAGCUAAACAAACUAUAGCUUAGGGCCCCACUCUCUUGGGAGCCCCCAAAAAAUGUAAAGGAAAAAAACCUGGAUGUACAUUUCCAAAAUAUAAGAUAAAAAACAAAUAAAAUAAAACCUACAUACAGCAACAGUGUUUUGUGUUGUGUAGGCUCCUAUGAUGUAAGUCAUGGGCCCCGCCUGCUAGCCUGCUCCCUAAAAUAUCACUGGUUUGCUCCUUUCUGUAUAUAGGGUGCCCACAUUCUCCAUGGACUGGUUGCAUGGCAACAUGGGCAAAUGGCUUUAGAUACCUAUUAGGUCCAUAAAUUACCAUAUAGCAUAUAUUCAACAGAAAAAACAGCGACAAUUUGUUGUUGACAGAGGACAUAGAAAGGGCCCCACUACCUUCAGUAGCUUAGGGCCUCAUCAAACCUCAAUCCAGCCCUGCUUGCAACAUAUCCCCAUUUACACCACCCACACAUCCCAGCAGCUCUUAGUUCUCUGGAUGUUUGAUGGGGUCAGAGUGGCCAUCACAACUGCUCUAGGUGAAUCCUGGCUUUGGAGAGACUGGCUGGCUUGCUCUGAAAUAACAUGGUGGUUUCAUUCACUGAUGCACCUCUCACCUCUGUGGCACACAUACAAACACUCUUACCUAAAGAUUGUGAAAUAGUUUUUGUUGACCUUUUGCAGGUUUGGAUGUAAUGGUUAAGCCAAGAUGCGGCUUAGCUCUGGGUAGUUCAGGGGCAGCAAUUUUUCCUCUCAGUCCCCAAACACCUGCUCUUCUCCUUUGUUCAUGCUUACUGAUGGUUUGGCUUAGUGUUAUGUGUGAACCAGGGAGCCAACCAGGGACUAAUCUACACCGGUCAGUUAAAACGUUAAAAUGCAUUAUAAAAAUGUGACACCAGAGUGUGCUGUGGAGCAGCGAUCGAUCAUCAAUGUAAAGUUGUAUUGAGAACUAGACUACUUUUUUUAAUAUACCGUUUUCCAGAUCAUUGUAGAUCCAGCCCAGGGUGGUAGAUCUGCAUGGGAAGCCUCUUACGCCAGCUGGUUAGAUCAGCCACACCAUGCCAGUGUGCCUUGUUCACAUAAAGCAAUGGAGCAAGUCGAAAUAUUAUGGUAUUACAAGUGGCACCUUGGUUGUCAAACUUAAUCCAUUCCGGGAGUCCGUUCGACUCCCGGAACCAUUCGAAAACCAAGGCGCGGCUUCUGAUUGGCUGCAGGAGCUUCCUGGACUCAGUUGUAAGCCGCAUCAAAUGUUUGGCUUCUGAAAAACGUUUGCAAACCAGAAUGCUCACUUCUGGGUAUGCGGCGAUCGGAAGACGAUUUGUUCAGGAGCCAGGCCGUUUGACAAGCAAGGUACCACUAUAUAGAGAUUAUUAUUAUUGUAUGUAUAGGUACUAGUUUGAUACUUUCUGUGGUAUACUGGUAUAUAAUUGCUGAUACAGAAAUUUUAAAAAAUCGACUAGAUUGUAACAAUAGCAACAACUCUACUGCUUUCAGAUUCAGUUCAAGAAGCAAUGUGGAACAGACAACAAAUGCAACAGCAACCUGAAGAUUAAGGCUGUCUUUUUAAAUGACCAGAACCAGAAGUUGCCCAGGUGAGAAAUACGUUCCCUUUACACCCUCACUGGCUCACCACUAGGGGCAGCAGCACGCAGACUUUGCACGUCUGACCUUCUUUCCCUGGCACCUCCAGAGAGAUAACUAGGAGGUGGGUGGAUGGACAGCCCUGCUCUGCCUCUGGCCACCCCCCCAUCUGUGCCAUCUCCCCCGAUACAGGCGGAAUGGGAUGCAGGUGUUGCAGUACAGCCGGGAUGUCAAGAAGCUGAACCUGGGCAUCAGCGUCACAAAUAUACCGUCGUCACCCACGAAUGGAGAAGAUGCUCAUGAGGCUUUUCUCAACAUCACGUUCCCGCCCUCUCUGCUGCCUUCCUCUGUUCGGCCGGUGAGAGACUCCCCCCCCCCUUUUUAUAUAAAAAUAAGAAUAUAUAUAUAUAUAAAAUUUUUCCUUAAAAAAUCAAUUAUAAAGCAAUACGUAAAGUGAUUCGAAAAGAGAAAAGGUACACAAAACACUGUAAAGAGUAAUAUAUAUAUAUAUAUAUAUAUGAAUAUAUACAAAGAUGCCCUAAUACAGGCAUAGGCAAACUGGGCCCUCCAGAUGUUUUGGGACUACAACUCCCAUCAUCCCUAGCUAACAGGACCAGUGGUGAGUGGCAUAGAAUAAUAGUAUUCAGCUGUUAGGUAGGUUCAUCUGGCAACCUGCUAAGGCCAUCCAAGGACUGGGAAGGAGGGUUUGGAUUGGGGUAAGUGGGGAAAACCUUGGACCUCUCAUACACUUCCCCAUCAUCCUUGGCCAUGGCUUGAUGGGUGUCAUGAAUGAGCCAGCUUCCAGGGAUGGUUUGCAGCCAGCUACCACAGAAAGGUUGCAGCCAGCUGAAGAAAGCAGCCAGGAACAGAGAGGGUUAACAGCCAUGCAGGAUGAGCAUCGGCUAGUGCCAACUCCACCAUCCCUUGGAAUGCCAGCUGAUAAGGGAAUGGCUGAGAGCAGGCUAGAACGCAUUCAAAGCUCUCAGGAAGAACAAACAGGCAGGAAAGAAACAGCCUCUCAGAGAAUGGGGAAGAGGCGGGUGCUGACCCACUGAGUCCAAGGUCUUGCUGAAUGGGAGGGCUGCAAGAUAGGAAGGAAAACAAAAGACGUAUGAAGCGAAAGUUCAGUUUCUUCUGGUCAUGCCGGAAGCAGUCUUCAGAAGGGUCAUCUUGAUUGAUGAUGGCGGAGGCUGUGUUAAAGCCGUCUGGGGCUGUUUGUUUUGACAAUAAAGCAUCCUUUUUAAUUAACUACGCUCACUGUGUUAUCAAGCUGGGAAAUGGACUCCUGACAAUGGGGCUGGUGGAAGUUGCCCCUGUCUGAGAGCAACAUUUGCUGCACCACAUCGAGUCUGCUUUUGUACAGAAGCGUCGAAAUGCCGACGAAAUAAGGCAAUAUUCAGCAAGGUGGCUUUUUCUUUCUUCAGAGCGGCGCCUGCAGGUUCGAGGAGACGGUGAUAUGUGAGCUUGGCAACCCUUUCAAAAUGGACCAGCGGGUGAGUUGUUUUGGGUCCAGGUGCUCCAGAAAGGCAAGGCUUCCGAGGUGGGAGAGCCGAACUGUGACAUCUCAUCCAGCACAAAAGAUGUGUUCAGGCCUUGGCCCCCUUAGUGACCCUUGGGACUUGGAAAUAACAAAGCACUGGAACCUUUGACCUGCUACCGGCCUGCAUUCACAUUUAAAGCGCUCUCUCGCCCACACAGAGAAUCCCAGGAACUGUGGUUUGCUAAGGGGGCUGGGGAAUCAUAGUUCUGUGAGGGGUAAACUAUGUUUCCUAGAAUCCUUUGAGUGGGAAGCCCUGUGCUCUAAAUAGGUGUUCAAUGUUUUCUCAAUGUAUGGUGUGGGUGUUCAUAUUUUCUGGGGUAAACAGGAAUCUUGGCGGGAGGGGUGUGUAUUGUGUGAGCGCAGCCCCAGUGUGCCAUUGAGGGAGGGCAGACAUAUGGUGCCAGAGUCAGAUCACAUGUAAUUAUUCCUCAGGAAUGAUCUUCGUAGACGGGGAAUAUGCAGAAGAAACAAUUUUGAGGAGAUAUGGAAGGUGUUUGUAGAAUUUGUACUGCUAAAACGGAAAGGGCUCAAACCAUCGCAAGAGGUGUUGAAAUUUUGGGAGGUUGGAUACUUACAAUGGAAUGGUCUCAGUGGUGGGGUGCACAUUUUUAUUCUUAUUUAUUUAUGUUUGGUUUUUUUAAAAGGAAUGGUUUCUGUUUGUUCAUGCAACAUUUUUGCACCUUACCCAGCUGAUAAAAAAAGCAAGUCAAAAAUCCAUAGUUAAAAACCUAUCAAAUCCCAUCAAAGUAUCACCCAUCAGUGGUAACAGAGUACUAUACCACACAAUGGGUAAAAUAAAAACAUUUUCCUUUUAUAUUUAAAGAGUGCUGCUGAGGGCGGGGUGGGGGGAGAUAAAUGAAUAUCUACUAAGAGGGAGUUCCAUAUGUAGGGUGUUGCUGCUGCAGUGUUAGGUUUAUAUCCCCUUAUUUGACCAGUAGCUGAAAUGCUGGUUCUUCUGAUUUUCUUCUGCAACCUGCAGCAAAGCAUGCUGGGUAACCAGCUUGUGCACUCUUGCCUCCUUUCCAGGCAGAGCUGACUAUCACGUUUGAAGUUACUGGAGUUACUCUAAAUACUCAAGAUGUCACCGUGCAGGUGGAGCCUUCCACGUGAGUCUUCUCCCUGGGGCUAAAUAGUUGUGGUUGGAAAUGGGAACGUGCAUCAGGAUGCCCAGUCAGUACUAGUGUACUUGGGUAUAGCAGUUCGAAAGCACGCCAGUGCAAGUAGAUAAAUAGGUACCACUGUGGUGGGAAGGUAAAUGGCGUUUCCGUGAGCUCUGGUUUCCGUCACGGUGUUCCGUUGCGCCAGAAGUGGUUUAGUUAUGCUGGCCACAUGACCCAGAAAGCUGUCUGUGGACAAACGCCGGCUCCCUCGGCCUGAAAGCGAGAUGAGUGCCACAACCCCAUAGUUGCCUUUGACUGGACUUAACUGUCCAGGGGUCCUUUACCUUCACCUUUACCUUUUACUUGAGUAUUGACUGAAGGGCUGCAGGGCCAGUCCACCCAUGUGGCAAGGUGAGGUGACCGCCUUGGGCAGCAAAAUCCACAUAAGCCACACAAGGAACGCGUCGCUCACUGUUGCUCCAUUGCUGUGGUGGCAGCGACGGCUUUGGUGCACUCCUUGGAGGCUGGAUCUGUCACCUCCUCGGCAACCCCCAAAAUACAGCAGAUUCUUGGAGAAUAGGAGGUGCUUCCAGUCUUCUCCUAAAUGGCAGGGGGUGUCCUCUGGGGUCUCCUAGGGUCUGCACCCACCUGACAUGAUUCAGGGUAGGUCCCUUUCCCUGCAACAACCUUUGAGUUCCACUCCAAACAUCUGGCAAGGUUGAGUUGAUUCCCCAACUUGUUCCCAAUGUAGCUCUUCACUCAAUCCUUCUUCCCUGGUGAGUAGGACGCCAUUUUGUGGUUUGCCUCAGGUGCUGCAAAGUCUUGGGCCAACCCUAGAAGGACUGGCGUGGGGAGGGACCUCUGUGUGGACUCACCCCACAUGGCCUGGGGCUUCUCGUGUGACUCUACUGAGGAGGGAAGGGGCGCUGUAUUUGUUGACUGUUAAGCAUCCCAUCUGAGAGGCUCCGACUGACCUCUCUGAACAAUGUCCUGUCUCUCAUAGGAUCAGCUAUCAAGAAGAUCUCGCACCCGUGUCGGCAGUCCUGUUGGUAGACUACACCAUUGAUGCUUCCUUGAGCAUGUGCGUAUCCACCGCGAUGUUUGACGUGGGUUUAGAAAAGAAGUGAUACAAUCAAACCUUGGUUGUGGAAUGUAAUCCAUUCCGGAAGACCGUUUGACUUCUGAAACAUUCGACAACCGAAAACUGAAAGCGGAAGCCACAAUACAAUAGGGAAACUCAAAAUGGAAGCCGUGUCUGACAUUCGGUUUCCGAAAAUCAUUAAAAAACCGGAGCAGUUACUUCCGGGUUUUGGGCGUUCAGGAGCCAAAACGUACAAUAACAGAGGCAUUCGGGAACCAAGGUUUGACUGUAUACAAAUGCCUCUCAAGAUGAGAUUCUAAAGCGGGAAGUGUGUUAUGCUGAGACUUCUCCCUCCUCAUAACAAAUCCAGGUAGCUUCCAGCCUGCCGCGAUUACCCAUGCCAUCAAACUUCGGACACACACACACACACACACAUGCAUAUAUAAGUUAUGUAGUUCUUCAUCUCCCUUGACAUCUGAUGGGAGGGUGUUCCACAGGGAGGAUGCCACUACCAAUAAGGCCCUCUGCCACUCUGGGCGGCUCCCAACAGAAUAUUAAAAACACGAUAAAACAUCAAACAUUAAGAACUUCCCUAAACACGGCUGUCUUCAGAUGUCUUCUAAAAGUCAGAUAGCUGUUUAUUUCCUUGACAUCUGAUGGGAGGGCGUUCCACAGGGCGGGUGCCACUACCAAGAAGGCCCUCUGCCUGGUUCCCUGCAGUGAGGGAACCACCUGAACGCCCUCAGUGCUAGACCUCAGUGUCUGGGUUGAACGAUGGGGGUGGAGACGCUCCUUCAGGUAUACUGGGCCAAGGCUGUUUAGGGCUUUAAAGGUCAGCACCAACACUUUGAAUUGUGCUCAGAAACGUACUGGGAGUCUACUUUUGACUCUCAUGGUUCCCAUAUUGUUUUAUGGAGUUGCUUGAGUUCCCAGGAUUCCACGAUUAGCAGAUUUGGUAGUCGAGUAGCCCUGACAGCAGUAUAAAUCUACAUUGCAGACGUUUCCUAAAUGAAUUCUAGUAGGUUGACUAAAUUAGGAAAGUGUGACCCGCUCAUCCAAGUUGUGAACAGAGCCCGGUUCCUCACUUUGUAAACUUUUCCAUCCUUCUCACCUCUCACUGUGUUCCUCUCUCCGUGGCAGAGUCAACCGUUGGCUCCAGACGCAUUUCAGUGGGACAGUCAUGGGCGAGUCAGCCAUGAAGCAUGAGGAAGACGUAGGCAGUCCCAUUGAAUUUGACUUCCAGGUAAGGAUCUUCCUUGAGAGGUGAGGCUAAUACUCUUAAAAAUUGAAGCAUAGACUCAUAAAGUUGGAAGGGACCACAAGGAUCAUCUAGUCCUGGAAUCUCAUGUUCUACCAACUGAGGUAUCCCAGAACUGCUUCUGAGUCUCUUGAUGGUUAAAAACCCACAUGGGCUUGCUUACUUGAGCUGGAUUCCAUACAGGGUCAUUGAUCCCUUGUCUAGAAAGUAACUAAGACACAGUCUAGGAUUGAAUCCAUCCCAAUGCGAUUUGUUAAUUUGUAGAGUUGAGAGUACAAGCACAAGAUAGAGGGUUCCUGAAGGGCAUGUGUGUCUGCUUAUUUCUCCCACUGCAAAAUGUUAAGCCAAAUAUUUGAAAAGAUCUCUUUCCCUUCCUAUUUGUGCCUGAAACAGAAGGGUAAACUGCUUGGUUGAAAUGGAUUCUUGACAUUUCCUCCCAAAUCUGGUUCUUCCAAGAUACUCUGAGGAAGGGCAAUAGAUCAGUGGUUGAGAAUCAGUCCUGCAUGCAGGUUCUGUGAACUGCCCUGCGACCUAUAUAGGGUGGUAUAUAAAUUUAAUAAAUAGUAAUAAAAUAAUAAUAAUCCUUGACAUCUCCAGGUAGGGAUAGGAUAGACCUCAGUCUGAAAACCUGGAGAAUGGUUGCCAGUCAGCCUGGACUGAACUGGAUUCACCAACUCAGUAUAAGGCAAAUUCCUAUAUGCUCUUAUACCUUGACCUUGAUUUUUGAAACUGUUGUAUUGGCACUGAUUUAUUACACUUUGUCUUCCCAAAUAUGUGUGUCUCUUUUAUCUCUUAUUUUGGCUGUCAGUUUUGCCAUUUCCAGAUAGUCCAUUCACUUUUGAAAAUUACCUCCUUGGUUGAUACUUCUCCUUCUAUCCAUUUCUGAGAGUACAGGAUGAAACUGAAUAAUCUUGACACCGAGUGUGUUUUAUAAACUCCUGUCCUGCCCCCACACAUUUGCCUAGGGUUUUCUUCAGGGCGACCUCUGCUCUGCUGCACCUUGAGUUGUCCUUCUUUGUACUGUUUCUACCACAACCAGAGGUUGAAAAGGGGCUUCAUCUUGUCCCCUGGCCCGUGUCUUUCAGGUGACCACGAAAGGCGAGUCUUUAGGAUCCUCGGGAACAAUCACGCUAGGCUUUGAAUGGCCUUAUGAGGCCAGCAACGGGAAAUGGCUGCUGUACCCAACUCAGAUCCUGGUGAAAAGGAGUGGGAACGAGAGUCGGCUCUGUGUACCCCCCGGGGAAGUCAUCAACAACCGCAACCUCACAGUGAGUCUGAUCUCUAGCGCGAGCCCUUUCUCCCUUUUGCAUUCUCUCUCUCUCUCUCUCUCUCUCUCUCUCUCUCCAUUUACUCCUUUUUCUUUGUACCCUUUUCAAUGGGCUACACCUUCCACCUUGGCCUGCCACCAUGUAGUGUAUGUAGCUACUUCUACUAGCUAUACCUGGGAUGCAGGUGGCGCUGUGGUCUAAACCACUGAGCCUCUUGGGCUUGCUGAUUUGAGGGUCGGCGGUUCGAAUCCCUGCGAUGGGGUGAACUCCCUUUGCUCUGUCCCAGCUCCUGCCAACCUAGCAGUUCUAAAGCACACUAGUGCAAGUAGAUAAAUAGGUACUGCUGUGGCGGGAAGGUAAACGGCAUUUCCGUGAGCUCUGAUUUACGUCACAGUGUUCCGUUGUGCCAGAACCAGUUUAGUCAUGCUGGCCACAUGCCCAGGAAAGCUGUCUGUGGACAAACGCCAGCUCCCUUGGCCUGAAAGUGAGAUGAGCGCUGCAAUCCCAUAGUCACCUUCGACUGGACUUAACCAUCCAGGGAUCCUUUACCUUUACUAGCUAUACCAGUGGUUCUCAAGUGGUGUUGUGUGUCGCACUGGUGCAACAGGAGAGGAUAGUCUUCUUGAGCACAUGCUUUUUCAGGAAGAGAAAGCUGACCAGUUCUUCUCCUUUCCCAGCUACACGACUGGAGCAGGACCUCAGCACGGAGGAAGCGCGAUCUGCAAACAUCUCCGAAGCGUGAGCUUCCCGUCACCUUGCCAGCUUCCAAAAAAGCCAAGUCAGAAACGUUACUGGUGAGCAUAUUGGCCAUCUUGUGUCUUUUCCACUUCUGUUCAGGAGGGCUUUUCAGGAGCAGGUAUGUCCCAAGCUGGGAACUAUGGUUAAACAGCUUCAGAAACAAGCCUUCAUAUUCUGGAGCCAUUAACCAUUGUUUCCUCAUUUGGGCGAUACAAGAAACCAUGGUUAGCUGAAGACUUCUUGGUUUGUUUGCUCAGCCAGCAUGAAGGGAGGGGUGAGUCAGCUGCAUCCACGGGCACAAAUCUUUGUCAGAUCAGAGCUUAUUAAAUCAAGUUAUGACCAUCCAAACCUAGCCAGUGAGUGGUUGAAUGGGAGUGGUACAUUUUUUCAGGCAGGAAAUAGCAUAGUAGUUCUAGGGAUCUGGGCACCCUUUUCACCUCUGGACUAUUUUCAGAUACAAUCUUCAAUUGGACUAUAUCCCCGUGUCCUAUAGGGCAACUGGGGAAAACAUGCAAAUGUUUCAGAUUGUACCCAUGUGAAGGCCUCCAAAUUAAUAACCGGCCAUUUAUUCCUGCACCAUACCUCCAGAUCAUAGAAUCAUAGUGUUAUGUAUUCUGUGGGGCCUGUGUUUGCCUGAGCUUGAGUCUGGACUAAGGAUUCUGAGCCCCUGUGUUCUGAUUCGAUACAUGAUAUCCAAUCACAGAACAUUUCAGAAUUUGGGCCUCUGCCAUUGGCCCUUAAACUCUGAGUCAUGAUUCGCAGCUUGGAAGUUUAGACAGCCAAUCAUAUUGGGAGUGGGAGUGGCCCAGGCCUUCAAGAAUGUAUAUAAGCAGUUGCUUUGCCCCUGUUGUCCAGUUCUGUUAGUUCAAUAAAGGUUCUUGCUGUUAUCUCUGUGUCUUGCCUUGUGGGAACCCCCCUACACUUCACAUAGAAUUGUAGAGUUGGAAAGGAACACGAGAGUCAUCUAGUCCAACCCCCUGCAAUGCAGGAAUCUUUCCCCCAAUGUAAGGCUCACACCCCUGACCCUGGGGUGACCCUGAGAUUAAGAGUCUCAACCUCUAUCAGCUGAGCUACUGCAUUUGGUUUAGGAAGAAAGGUGGGGGGACCUAAGAGAGAUGUACAGAAGUGUCCCUGGUGGUGUGGAGUGACUUGUAGUAUUCCUGGGCUGUAGCUCAAUGGUAAUGUUCCCGGGUCCAAUCCCCACUGUCAUCUCCUGGUCGGGCUGGGAUUGUCACCUGUCUGAAAUAUCCAGACACUCGGCUGGGCCCUCGUAUCUAUGGAAACGCCUCUCCUGAUAUGCCCCGCUGAGGACCUUAAGGUCCAUGAAUAACCAUAGUUUAGAGGUCCUGGGCCCUAAGGAAGUCAGACUAUCCUCCACCAGGGCCAGGGCCUUUUCGGUGAUGGCUCCAACCUGGUGGAAUGUUCUGUCCCAUGCAACUAGGGUCCUUCAGGAUUUAACCUCCUUUCGUCGGGCCUGUAAGACAGAGCUAUUCCGCCUGGCCUUUAAUUUGAAUUCAGCCUGAUCUCUUCCCUUUCCCUCCCCUUUUAUGAAGAUCACCCGCUCUGAGACCCCACAGCUAAUUCUCCCCGGCCUCCUCGCUGGCCCAAGUAGGACUAAUUCAGCCAGCUAGCCCUGGGGGUUAUCUAAUGCUUAUUUCCCCUAAAUGGAUUUUUGAUUUUUGAAUUUUAUUGUUAUUCGUGUUUUUAUACUGUAUUUUAUGCUGCUUUUAUAAUUGUUUAAAAUUUGUUGUUAGCCACCCUGAGCCUGGUUUUUGAACCGGGAAGGUCGGGGUACAAAUAAAAAAUUAUUAUUAUUAUUAUUAUUAUUAUUAUUAUUAUUAUUAUUAUUAUAUUAUUAUUAUCCCCCCCUUCCUUUGUUUCCAGAGCUGUUCCAAAGGAACAUGUCGCUGUAUCUGGUUUGAGUGCCCCUUGUGGGAUGCUGCAGAUGUGACAAACGUGAUGGUUCGUGCCCGGGUCUGGAACAGCACGUUCAUCGAGGUAGACGCUCGUUCUGUCCCCUCGCAAGGAUUUUCUCUGGUUAACGAGAGAGGGAAUGUUCUUGUCAGGCUUCGGGGAAUCAGCUUCCUUCCCCCGUGGCAGUUGAUAAGAGAUCAAAUGGAAGGAACGUCUUACCAGUCAGAAUCUUUAAUAAUCACAGCAAGAGAACAAAGAACCCAUCUCCUAGAAAUGGCAGUGCUCCCAAUUAAGGAUUACACUCGCCCCCAUCCCUAUUAAUCUACGUCACUUCUAUGUUUUGUAAUCUGAGUUUGUAGCCUCUGCGCUUUCUGUUCUGCCACUUUCUGAGCUCUCCGGGAGUUUGGGGGAGGCGGGUGGAUUCUGUCCAGAGACUCUGAAUCUGUUAACUCUCUCUCUCUUAGUCUUUCUUCUCCUAGCUGUUCCCCAUCCAGUAUUUCCCAGCUUCUGUCUUCUGAACUAUGUCCCUCUGCAAACCACUGUUCCAAAUCUAUACUGUCCUCCUGCUCCUGGGAAGAUUCAGGAUCAGGAGAGGGGGAGGCUCCCACCAUUCUUCCUCAGUGCAGCCCUCCUCAACAUGGUCCCUGACAGUUCUGGAAAUUCCAGAAUGUCCAAUUUACAUAAUUUAAAGUGGGUGAAAAGGCACCCUUCUCCCUAGUACAACAAACCCACUAUGAAAAAACACACAAACUGAGACUUGUGGCUUGGAAAGUGACUGGGAUGAACGAAUGAUGGGAUGGGAAGAGUCAUAAAAGCAAAUCGGGUUGAAUGCAAGAUGGAUGCUUGUUGCCGUAUAACUGCCCUGUAAACAAACCGAAACAAAUUUCUCAAUAAAGGCAGAAUGUAAUCUAACCUCCAAGUAAGCUGUUUGUCAGCAAAUCAGGAUGUUCAGUGAAAUGGUCUCUCAUUCGAAGGCAUCUUCCUGUGUUCAGUGGGUGGGAGUACAUUGGAAAAAGAGUUUAUGUUGCUGCUUUUUGAUAUGCUCUCUCUUUCCUAUCCACCCCCCAUGGAAAUGUAGGACUACAACAACUUUGACCGCGUGAAGGUGGAUGGAAAAGCCACGCUGUUUCUCAGGACAAACUCCUCCACCAUCAACAUGAAAAACGACACUGUGUGGGUGAGUGAAACUGGAUUUGUUGGCUGAGGAAACUUCAGAAAGUCCUGAGGUCCAACUACCAAUCCCAAUGGAAGGCCUCCCAGUCACCAUUCCUUUUUCUCUCCCAGUUAAACUCCCAUAAUUAGCGAACUCCGUUAGUUCUUGAGCAGCAGCUUUGUUAAUUCAAAUGAAAUUGAUUCAUUUUCAAAGCAAAGCUGCCCUCACAUCCGCAUCUGUAAACUCAGGCCUAGGCAUGGGAUGUUUUUCCCAAUGUUGAUGAAUUAAUUUACCGAGAUGAGAAUACGAGGCCUGAGCUGGGAGCAUUUGAACCCCACUUUCUACCUCAGGUGUGGCCACGUUGAUCUUCACACACCAGGUCGAUGAGGUUUUAGGGGGUGAAACUUAAUUUUUGCACAUUUCUUCAGUGGGGAUGGGAACCUUAAAAAAUAUUUUUGGGCGUGAGGAAUUCAAAUCUGCCAUUGUUUUUAUGACUGGGCAACAAUCAGCUUGGUAAAUCAACAUUUGAUGAAGGAGCACGUGAACUGCUCUCGGGAAAACUAAUGAAUUUCCCCUUCUGACAAUUCAGGUGAUGCUAAAUAAUAACAGUACAGUGGUACCUCAGGUUACAUACGUUUCAGGUUACAUAUGCUUCAGGCUACAGACUCCGCUAACCCAGAAAUAGUACCUCGAGUUAAGAACUUUGCUUCAGGAUAAGAACAGAAAUCGCGUGGCAGCAGCAACAGGAGGCCCCAUUAGCUAAAGUGGUGCUUCAGGUUAAGAACAGUUUCAGGUUAAGAACGGACAUUCAGAAUGAAUUAAGUACUUAACCUGAGGUACCACUGUACAGUAAUAAAUAAUAAUAUCAGUACAUCAUAUAACUGCAAGUACAAUGGUACCUCAGGUUACAGACGCUUCAGGUACAGACGCUUCAGGUUACAGACUCCGCUAACCCAGAAAUAGUACCUCGGGUUAAGAACUUUGCUUCAGGAUAAGAACAGAAAUCACGUGGCAGCAGCAGCAGGAGGCCCCAUUAGCUAAAGUGGUACCUCAGGUUAAGAACAGUUUCAGGUUAAGAACAGACCUUCAGAACGAAUUAAGUUCUUAUCCCGAGGUACCACUGUACUUGGAACUCAUUUUUAAUGAUUUCUGUGCAGCUUGACACACAUUUUAUUUACCAAGCAAAAGUAAAUUAUACUCAUUUAAACCAAAAUACCUUUCGAAUUCCCAAGUCAUGUUACACCCCUUGUUUGGGGAAGUUGAAAGUUGAAAAAUUCAGCGCUGAGUCAGUGUCCCUUCCAUUCUGCCCUUCCUCCCUUGAGGCAAACCCAUCUCUCCCCUUUUCCCCCCUUCCUUCAGUUCUCAGUGACCAUCGACUCUGAGCUGAUCGAGGAGCAACCAACCGAGAUUGAGCUCUGGCUGGUGUUGGUUGCCGUAGCAGCCGGACUUCUGCUUUUGGGCGUCAUCGUCUUACUGCUGUGGAAGGUGAGAAGAGGAGGGUUUUUUUGAAAUUGGGGAGCAAGGGGUGACAGGCUAGAAACAGCAGCUCCUUCCUUUCCUCUCUCUUGGCCCCCAUAUUUGUAGAGAGACACUCUCAAAACUGCUUCUGCAAAGCCAACCCGGGCCGCACAAAAGAGAAGAAAACACGCAGCAACCCACACAAUUUUCUGUGGCAAGCUCAAAUGCCUUAGCAGUAUUUUCAGGGCUGAUAUAAAUAUGCUAUAGGCGGGCUGGCCUCGCUGGAGAACAAAAUGUUCAGGCAUUCAGCCGUCACAAAAAAAACAAACAAACUAGCCAAGCCAGUUUGAAAUGGACCAGGCAGGAAGUUAACUGCUUCCUGCCCCAGCUUUAUCCAGAAGUGAUGUAAUCUGCUCUGACUUGGGUGUUUGCAUUUAGCUUGUGCAGUUAAUAUUGGAGAACAGCCAAGCAGCUCAGUGUAUCUGUGGGAUGCUUGCUUUAGCCGUUUUUGUCACCAUAGAGAAACCGGUUGGACUGGAAGGAAACUAUAUUUAGAACCUGAUUAACCAAGGCAUCAGCUGAGUAUUUGGGGUCCUUUGGUGCAUACCUCAGGAUAAGAUGAUAACAAUAGUCAUCUGUAUUAUGGUCGGUCCUUCACCAACUCAUUGAGCGAUAGAUAUAGAUAGAUAGAUAACAGAUAGAUGAUAGAUAGAUCGAUAGAUACAGUGGUACCUCAGGUUACAUACGCUUCAGGUUACAUACGCUUCAGGUUACAGACUCCACUAACCCAGAAUAGGGCUUCAGGUUAAGAACUUUGCUUCAGGAUGAGAACAGAAAUCGGGCUCCGGCGGCGCGGCGGCAGCAGGAGGCCCCAUUAGCUAAAGUGGUGCUUCAGGUUAAGAACAGUUUCAGGUUGGCACUAACCUGGAGGUACCACUGGAGUAUAGAUAGAUUUGAUCCCUUCCAAUCGGGAUUCAGGCCUCACCAUGGGACUGGAAACUGUCUGGUCACGCUGGCUGAUGAUCUCCGCGAGCUAGGGACAAGGUGAGAGUUGUUUCUGGUUCUGCUGAUCUCUGAAGGCUGAGCAGCACUGACACAUCCUGGAAUCGCCCAGAGGCUGGAGCUGGGGGCACUGCUGCAGUGGUUUCGCCUCCUUCCUCCUAACGUGGUUCAGAAAGUGGUGGUGUGGGGAUGGAGGUUCAGAAUCUCCGGCCCUCACUCUGUGGUGCUCUAGGGUCUGGCCCUCUCCCAUGCUUUUAACAUCUAGUAAUGAAGCCGCUGGGAGAGAUCAUCAGGGGGGAUUUGGACUGGGUGUCCAUCAAUAUGCAGAGAUACCCAGCCUAAUUCCUCUUUCAACCAGAACCAGUGUGAAGGCGGUGGAAUCCUGUGUGGAGUGCCUGGAGGCGGUUGGAGGGAUGGAUGAUGCUAAUGAACAGUUGAACCUGACAAGACAGAAGCAUUGGUUUUUGGGGACAGGGGCGGGCUGAUGUGGAGGACUCUGUCCUGAAUAGUAACUGUGCCCUGAAGGACCAGGGUGCGUAGCCUGGGAGCUGGCUUGGACUAGGCGAAGGUCCAUGGAGAGGCAGGUCAAUCCCAUUCAGGGAGAAGCAGUCUACCAACUCCACCUGGCAAUGCAGCUGAGACCCUACCUGCCCGUGGACUGUCUCGCCAGAGUGGUAUGCUCUAGCAUCUCUGCUGGACUACUGUAACACUUCUACGUGGCUACCUUUGAAGGUGACCCGGAAACUAAGCACUCAAUCCAGAAUGCAGCUAGACUGGUGACUGGGGCGGCCAGCGAGAGCCAGAUGCACACCGGUCUUAAAGACCUACACUGGCCUCGUGUACGUUUCCUGUUAACCAAAGUGUUGGUGUUGACCUUUAAAGCCCUAAACAGCCUCGGCCCAGUAUAACCUGAAGGAGCGUCGAUCAUUCUGCCCGGACGCUGAGGUCCAGCACCGAGGGCCUUCACGGUUCCCCAUUGCGAGAAGCAAAGCUGGUGUGGAACCAGGCAGAGGGCCUUUCGGUGGCGCCUCACUCUGUGGAACGCCCUCCCAUCAGAUGUCAAAGCGAUAAAUAACUACCUGACAUUUAGCAUCUUAAGUGCAGGCCUGUUCAGGGAAGCUGGAAUCUGUGAUAUUUUACUGUAUUUUUUGUUUCUAUGGAAGCCGCCCAGAGUGGCUGGGGAAACCCAGCCAGAUGGGCGGGGUACAAAUAAUAAAUUAUUAUUAUUAUAUGAUUUUUAAAAAUAUAAACAUACAACAAAAAAACAAUUCAAGAUCCGAAUACCAAGAUUGCUCUGAAUAUCUUGACUUCCCCCAUCCCUUCCAUGGGUCCUAGUGGUAAAAUUUACAACUGCAUAUCAAUAGUAUCCAAGUUUUAUCCUUCCAAAUUAUCCAUACUUUCGUUAGUUUGCAAGUGUGGUUAAAAUCCUGCUAAUGUUUUAACCUGCUUACAAUGGUCUUGUAAAUAGAUUGUAAACUUUCCCCAUUUUUUUAAAAGUUCUUGUCCUCUUCUUCUCUGGUCGGGGUUGUUUCUUCCUUCCAUCUCUGGGCUAAUAGCAUCCAUGCGGCUGUUGUUGCGUACAUAAACAGUCUUUUUUGGUCCUUUGGUAUCUCGGUACCUGUAAUUCCUAAUAAGAAGGCUUCUGGUUUUUUAACAAAAGUUAUUUUAAAUAUUUUUUUUCAUUUCAUUAUAUAUCAUCUCCCAGAAUUUUUAAAUUAUUUUACACUCCCACCACAUAUGAUAAUAGGUACCGUCUUUUUCUUUACAUGUCCAGCGGGAAUCUGAACUUGUUCUUAAGCAGUUUACUUUGUUGUUGCUUGGAGCAUGCUGCGUACUGCCUGUGUGCCUGACCCUUUUCAGAAAUCCCUUAGUUGUUGGCAUCUGUCUGUCUCAAGAGACAAUGGAGUGCACCUCCAGGGGUGAAGUCAAACUGCUGCGUUAGCAGUACCAAAGUGACCUUCCCGGGGCGCAAGCCUAAAUUGGCCCGUUUUUCCAGAGCAACUCCAACCAUUACCUUGUCAUUGAGGGAAUGUGUGUUUUCAAGCCUCCCUCUGCUUGUAUUGGUUCCCAGAAAGGGGCGGGAAAGGAUUCAUACCUCCUGUUCCUAGAGUACCAAAUGCAGAUUAAAAAUGUGGAGGCAGUCAUGGCUUGCAGAGCACUUCCAAAGCUAAGUCUCCACUAGUUCUGUGUUGCAUUCCAACUCCCAGAAAUAACUGGCCAUAUUCAAGUGGGGAGUUUCACCAGCCCAGCUGAAGUGGCAAAAAGCAUCUCAUUUACUCUAGUGACAACUGAACACAGGAAAAUAACCACCGCCCGAGAGGAUGUUUUCCUGCUCCUCCCUAUUGCUUAAUAUCUUUGUGUGCUGCAAAUUCAGCAUCCAAGAUGCUCAGAAUAUAGAAAGUGAAUCCUGUAAGUGCUCUCCAACUGUGGUUGCCUGUAUUGGCUGCUGUGGAAAGCUCUCCUCCGGAAGAUCACUACAGGCAAGAUGGGUCGUGAAUAUACCUGCAGCUUUCUUAAGAGGGUAGCAUGGAAGUUGACCUUUGGUUCUGUGCAGGUGAAUGCAAGGGCACGCUUGAAGUUUUGACCACUGCGUGUGGCAUCCUUGCGGCACCAGAUUCGCCAUUUUCUCAGUGGUGUCGGCUCACUUCUUAUCAAUUCUGCUUGGUAUUUUUUGCCUUGGAAUUGUAGCCUUGCGGAGGAGCCCACAGCAGCCCCAGAUUGUGUGCAUUUGGCAACCCCCAAAACUAUCACUCCUGGCGCCUGGCAAUAAAAGGAGACCAAUCCCAUCUGCAUGUUGAAAGUUAUAUCCUUUGCAACAAAGGGGCUGGAACGCAUGAGCUGGUUGUCUCCCCAACCCAUUGCACAUUGUUUCCUUGUUGUGCUUGACCUCUGACCCCCUGCUUCCUCAUAGUGCGGCUUCUUCCGGCGGGCAAGCACACGAGCCAUGUACGAGGCCAAAGGCCAGAAAGCCAUGAUGAAGAUCCAGCCAUCUGAAACUAAGCGGCUGACCGACAGCUACUAGCUCCUGUCUCAGGGGGAGGGGAAACUGCCCACCCCUUUGCCCUGUCUCUUGGUAAAUCAAGCUCUUGCAGCAGGUCUACUCCUCCUGUUCACUGUCUCUGUCAACCUCUCCACUUCUUAAUCCUUCCCAUAAGACCCUGGUGUUGAGAGCUCUGCCCCAGUGCUGGUUCAGGGAAAUUGGACUUUAUACUGUUUGAGUUACAGUGGUACCUCGGGUUUCAUACGCUUCAGGUUACAUACGCUUCAGGUUACAGACUCCGCUAACCCAGAAAAAGUACCUCGGGUUAAGAACUUUGCUUCAGGAUGAGAACAGAAAUCGUGUUCUGGUGGCAUGGCGGCAGCGGGAGGCCCCAUUAGCUAAAGUGGUGCUUCAGGUUAAGAACAGUUUCAGGUUAAGAACGGACCUCCAGAACGAAUUAAGUACUUAACCCGAGGUACCUCUGUACAGUCAAACCUCGGUUCGCGAACGGCACCGUUUUCGAACGUUUUGGCUCCUGAACGGCGAAAACCCGGAAGUAAAUGCUCCGGUUUUCAAACAUUUUUCGGAACCUGAACAUUGGCAUGGCUUCUGCUUGAGUGCAGGAAGCUCUUGCGACCAAUCGGAAGCCGCGCCUCGGUUGUUGAACGUUUCGGAAGUCGAACAGGCUUCCUGAAUGGAUUACGUUUGACAACCGAAGUUUGACUGUAUAUGGGUCUAAGCGCUGGCCCAUUUAAACGAACGGACAGGACUAACUUACGUCUGCUCCACUCACAGAGCACAACUAAUAACCACAAUAAUCGGUAUUCUUAGCCACUCCCCACCUGGGGGCAAGUGGGGCAGUGCUGAACCUCCUGCCCACCUGCACAGGGGGGAGCCCAGUUGGCCGAAGUGGCCUUUGCCAGGUGAAUCCCUUGCCCAUCUCUCUCCAUCCACUCUUGCUCACAGUCUGGGGAGUGCACCUAGCAGCCAGGCCAAGCUGGGGCCCAGAGACCUCCGGCGGUUGGCAGGGAAGAAUGGGGAGCUGAGAACAGCAACCCCUCCGAUGUGUCUGGGCAGGAUGGGUGCCUGGUUCGCACCCCUUCAAAAUUGUGUGCCUGGGGCUACAGCCCCCUUGGCCACCCACUACACUAUGCCCCUGUAUGGGGAGGAAUGGUUAAGCAACCCCCACACACCUCUGCUGCUCUGAUCAAAUUCAGAGGUGCCCCUGCCGCUUUUAAAAACUUUUUUUUUUAAAAAAGAAAAUCUGAUUAUGACUCUCCUGUGUGACUGGGCCCUACGCCUUGGCUCUACUCUAAUGAGCUACUAUGGGUGCUCAUACUUCAGAGCCCUCUUUCAGCGCAGGAGGAAAUGCAGGUGUGCAACACGGAGCCUUGCGAUUGGGAGGUAGUACAAAGCCCCUGGAUUGGCUGUGCCCAGUAGGAAAACCAAGAGCCUACCCUUGUUGUCUAUGGGGCAGAGAAUUCUGCCUGUUCCUUUCCCACCUCCCAACUCUGACUAUCGAAGCCAAGGACCCUGAGAUAAGAGCCUGGAUUUGCAGGUGGCCGAGAAGCACAUCUGGCCUCAGCCCUUCUCUGGACAUUUCUCUCAGCAUCCAACAUCUGAGGUGUCCAGAUUUCCAAAACCAGCCCUCUCAACACCAGUUAGCACCAGGCAUUGCAGGCCCUCCCUCUCUUAGUUGUCUUCAAGGCAUGUUCCUCACACAUUGCGCUUAAUGCUCUCCCCCAGGUGUCUCCAGGUGUCAUGUCUGUUGGCCUCUUUGUUUUACCUGUCCGUCUCACUAACCCAAAUGUGUUUCUUUUCCUAGGCUUUAAGAACCACCUAUGUUUCAGGUGGCUUCUGAGGUGGCACCUCCUCACUCUGACAAGGGACUUUCCUCUUUCUCUCUCUUUACUCUCAAUCUUCUUUCUGUUCACUGGGCCAUUCAUUCCAAGUGACCGUUCUGAGGUGGUGCUGAGUUGGCGACACUGGCGGGGGUUGACUUUGAUACAGGAGUCAGUCUAGCGAACGCUCUAAUACAGGGUUUCCCCAAGCUUCGGUCUCUAGCUGUUUUUGGACUACAACUCCCAUCAUCCCUAGCUAGCAGGACCAGUGGUCAUGGAUGAUGGGAAUUGUAGUCCAGAAAAAGCUGGAGACCCAAGUUUGGGAAACCGUGCUCUAAUAUAUACCCAGAUUGGCAGCUCACCCUCACAUAUUUUGAGUUGCUACGUGCACACACAGUUUUGUUACAGAAUCCUGGCAGAUGUCAAAGAUCAGUGGCCAAUCCCAGUGUUAAACCAUUUAAUUCAUUGUGCCUUCGCCAUACCACCACUGAAGGACAACAUAAAAAAGAAUUAGCAAAACUUUGAACCAAGUUUCGAGCCGACCAAGUUCCAAACCAAUUUUGAACCAACCUCUUGGUUGCCAAGUUGCCAUUUUGUUGGCUCUCACUCAGAAAACAACAUGGCGGGCCACGUCACUGCCGCCUUUUCCUCCCCAAGCUGCAAAAAUAGUCUUACCUUAGGGCCGUCUAUGGCAGACAACUACUCCCAACACAUGAGAGAGGAUAAUGAGGUCAUUCUUUUUCUCAAUUUUGAUUGAAGCUGGUUUAGAGGUAAAAAAGGGUAAACGACGCCUGGACUGUUAAGUCCAGUCAAAGGCGACUAUGGGGUUGUGGUGCUCAUCUCACUUUCAGCCAGAGGGAGCCAGCGUUUGUCUGCAGACAGCUUUCCGGGUCAUGACAGCAUGACUAAACCGCUUCUGGCGCAACAGAUCACUGUGACAGAAACCAGAGUGCACGGAAACGCCAUUUACCUUCCCACCACAGCGGUACCUAUCUAUCUACUUGCACUGAUGUGCUUUUGAACUGCUAGGUUGGCAGGAGCUGGGACAGAGCAAUGGGAGCUCACCCCGUUGCGGGGAUUCAAACCGCCGACCUUCUGAUCGGCAAGCCCAAGAGGCUCAGCGGUUUAGACCACAGCACCACCCAUGUUUGGGGCAUAGCUGUCAACUUUUCCCUUUUCUUGCAAGGAAUCCUAUUCGGAAUAAGGGAAUUUCCCUUUAAAAAAGGGAAAAGUUGACAGCUAUGGUUUGGGGCAGAGGUUUGGUUUGGGGGCAGAGGGACACAUCAAAAUGCAACCUUUUAUAAGAACCGACAAAAUAGAAACAGGUUGUGGUGAAUACUGUGUGCACACGACUUCCCAAACCACUGGAGGCAGAGUAGAGUGUGUACACAACCCUAGUUUCUCCGUUUUGGAACCGAUUUCGUGCCUUUUCAGCCUUUCAGCCACCACAGGAAACUGGUCCAAUGAACCGGCCUUCUCCGCUACCUCCCCUCUUCCUCUCUCUCGCCUUGCCUCUAUUCUCCAUAGCGUCCCUUUGCUCAAAUUCCCAACUUCGGUCAACAUGUCCCGCCACUAAUGCGUCUCUUUUCCCCUCCUCUCCCUGCGCAGUGCAACUUUUUCAAGCGGACCCGCUACUACCGAAUCAUGCCCAAAUACCACGCCAUCCGGAUCCGGCAGGAGGAGCGCUACCAGCCGGCUGGCGGCUUCCUGGCUCCGAGGCACAAGAAGCAGUGGGUCACAAGCUGGCAGGAGACGGGGAGUUACUACUGACGCUUGCCUUCCUCUCCCCCACCCCCUCCACCCAUGCCGGCUGCUUCACUCCCUUCUGGACUUGGCGUUGAACCAACGACGAAAUGGCUAUUGAAACCCUAAGUUAUGUGACUCAGGUCGGUGACCACGACCCAAGAGCUUUCUCUGGACGCAGUGAUCUUAGGAAGGGGAUGUUCCCUGCUAGGAUGAGGGGGGGAGAAGCUUUUUCAGUCUUUGUGGGGCAGCCUGGUGCGGCCCGAGGCAAAAAUUGGACAGAGCAACAGGUGUGAUUCUCACCUUUGUGCAACAGGCUGCAUUCCAGCCACGCAAAAGCUGGAGGCCUCCUAACUCUCCAUUCCGGUUCAAGGACAUCUGCCAGCUAGGAAGGGGACUGAGGAGAUGUGGAAGGCUGUUUCCUGGUAAAAGUCUGGAGGGGUCUGCACUUGGCACCUGGGCUUGACUCCCUUUACCCUCACCCCCUGAAAUACAAAGCUCAAAGGGGCAGCUUUUUCACUUACACCAGUUAUUUAUUUCCCCACCCACAACCCACCACCACCAGGGUCCUGAGGACUGCAUUUCUGUGAGGUAUGACCAUCAGCUUAGCUUCAUUCUGGACAGAUCGACCCAAGUCAGCUGUGUUGAAGUUGUCUUGGUGACCGAAACACAAAGACAUCUCUCUCUCUUUCUCUCUCUCUCAGCUGUGGCUUCUCAGAUGCCAUUGUUGUUUCACACGGCCACUGCUUCUUGCAUUUACACUCCGCUUUCCCUCCGGAAGGACUGUGGGUGGCACUGUGGGUUAAACCACAGAGCCUAGGACUUGCCGAUCAGAAGGUCAGUGGUUUGAAUCCCCGCGAUGGGGUGAGCUCCUGUUGCUCGGUCCCUGCUCCUGCCAACCUAGCAGUUCAAAAGCACAUCAAAGUGCAAGUAGAUAAAUAGGUACCGCUCCGGCGGGAAGGUAAAUGGCGUUUCUGUGCGCUGCUCUGGUUCACCAGAAGCAGCUUAGUCAUGCUGGCCACAUGACCUGGAAGUUGUACGCCGGCUCCCUCGGCCAAUAAAGCGAGAUGAGCGCCGCAACCCCAGAGUCGGUCACGACUGGACCUAAUGGCCAGGGAUCCCUUUACCUUCCCUCCAGAAGGCACGGAGCAAUUUCCGAACAGCUCUUAGGCCGUCUCCCAUCAGAGGUGUACCUAGGGGUUGGUGAAAGCAGCCCCGCCAGGAAUGCAGUCCCAGGGUCCCCCCACAAAAACCACCUAUGAGACUAGACUGUGUGAUGUAUAUGUGACACACUGCCACUGUUGCGGUGAGAUCAAAUGCAGGAGAAGAUCCCCAUGCUUCAUGUAGAACAAAGGCUUACAAUUAUUAUUAUUUUUGCCCUUCCUCCUCGCUUUGCCCUCACUCCAGACACUUUUGAGUACUUGGGUGGCUAAAAUGUAGCAAUUGCUUUAAAGUGAUUUCUUUUUUUCUCACGGGGGGAGCGGAUACGCUGACACAGCUUCUUGUCGAGGGUGCAAGGGGUCCCAGGUACGCUUCUGCCUCCCAUCCCGGCAGCUUGCAGAGUCAUGCCAGCUUAGUGGUGAGACUGUAUCAUAGAAUUGGAAGGGACUCCAGGGGUCAUCUAGUCCAACCCCCUCCAGUGCAGGAAUCUUUUGCCCAAUGUGGGGCCCUGAGAUUGAGCGUCUCAUGCUCUACCAACUGUUCUCUGGGCAGCCAGAUGGUUCCUCUUAUGCAAACUUUGGGAACAUCGGAAGCUGCCUUGUAUUGAGUCAGAUCCUCGGUCUAUCUAGGUUUGUAUUGUCUACACUGACUGGCAGCAGCUGCCCAGAGCUUCAGAGAAGCGUCUUUCUCAGCUGCACCUGGAGGUGAGGGCUGAACCAGGCACCUUCUGCAGACACUUGUGCAAAACCUCUUGUGCAUGGACAGCCGCGUGUGCCAUGGUGUGAGUUAGCUUGGCUAAUGCAGAUGCGUGCAACUAAGCUUUCAUGUACUUUCCCCUGAUAGCAUUAUCUUUGAUGUUUACACUUUCUCCCCCCCCCCCCCUUGGUUCAUUUUUUUUUUAAAUUGCUGAGAAACCAGGGAUUCCAACAUCCUUCCUUUGGGGCCUUGCUAUAGAUGACACCCGUCUAUCUUAAUUCUCUUCCCUCCGACACACACACACAUGCACCCAGGGCCUUGUUAUAGACAUUACACUGAACGCAAGCCAUUUUGGCACAUGUACAAGUGUUUGUGUGAAAGACUGGACACAACUUGUUGAUUUGUACAGCUCAGCUGUUGCACGCAUAGACCGCAGGGAGGUGCCAAGUUGAAUACAAUAAGGUAAGCCCCACCCUGCAUAAUUGAUCAUAUGAUGCAGUGCACACACCUCAUUUGAAUGGGAAUGCCAAUCAACUUUGCAGGGGCCCGGCCCCCCAUAUAUUUUAUUGUGGGGACCGAAGCCCCCACAGCCCCUAGGAAUUGGCUCCAGUGAUAGACUUACAGUACACUUACUGAAUGUGAGUAACUAUGAAUGUACAAAUCAGCUACGUAUGUACACAGAUUGUACACUUGUUGGAUGUAAUGUGGGAACGACCCUAGACUAAGCAUAAUUUGGAGAGAAGGUUAAACGGACUUCAGUCCCUGUGCUAUGGCUUCAGCUGCCUCCUUCCCCAACCCCAUAUUGCUAUACCGCAAAAACACUGGAUGUAUUGCCACUGGAGCUCUGACUAUGCCAAAAACUACUGAUCCUUUUUUAAUCACUGUGCCGUUUCUUGUAUCCCCUCCACAAUUCUUUGGAGGGAGAGAAAGUGGUUUUUACUACUUACUGCGGUCCAGCUUCUUAAGGAGCGCAAAGGAGACUUCUGAGCUUGAAAUGCGGGGAGUGGGCAGAAAUAUUAUAAUGAUUCCUUUUGAAACCCCUUUCUGCUCAUUCUGUUGGAAAAGAUGUGAAGCCACUUUCUGCACUUUGGGGAAUGCCAGGGAAGAGGGCUCUACGCAGGGCAGGCUUUGUGUCUGAGGAGGCCCUGGGCAAUGUACUCUUUGGCGGGUUCUCUCCUCGAUCUGCGAGCCCCGGUUGGCUUACCUCUGGGGCAGGAAUUGUUCUCAAGCCAGUGGACCAGAUCCUGGGUUUCCCCACUCCUGCCAACCCACUCAGACAGGUGGGUGAGGCUGCUGACCUGUCAGUCACCAGAUAUCACCAUGGCAUCAGGUGACCCGUUUUUCCUUUGUAGCGUGGCUUGUGUUCGAGUCACACUGCCGAGGAAAACCCAAGCCGGGCUUGACGUCACAGCCGAUCAGCUGGUUUCAAGUCAUGCUUCCUGCAGGGUUCUGCUGUGCUGUGGAGUUCAGGCUUGGUCAGUAGCACCUAGCAAGCCCCGCAGCAAAGCUCAUCCCAGUGCGCUUGAAGUCAGCACCUGCCAGCUGAUUGGCGCUGGCAGCAAACACCCCUUGCCAAGGUGCUACUUCAAAGCACACUUCAAAGCCCCUCUAUUAUGUCCUCAGGGGUAUGGCUGGUGGGCAUAGUUUGGGGGGCCAAAUUGGGAUCCAUGCUGGACCUAGUUAGGCCCAGGAAGUUGCCCACCCCUAGUUUACUUCUGGGUGACCGUGCUACAAGUACCGUAUUUUUCGCUCUAUUGGACGCACUUUUUCCCCUCCAAAAAUUAAGGGGAAAUGUGUGUGCAUCCUAUGGAGCGAAUGCAGACUCCUUGGCUUCAGCGAUAGCAAUGCGAAGCCUCCGAAGCACAGAGGGAGCGCACCCUCCACGCUCCGGAGGCUUUGCGUUGCUUUCGCUGAAGCCUGGAGAGCGAGCGGGGUCGGUGCGCACCGACCCCUCCUGCUCUCCAGGCUUCAGGGAUAGCUGCCUGAAGCCUUUAGAGCGCAGCGGGAACUCGCGCUGCGUUCCAAAGGCUUCGGGUUCCUUUUGCUGAAGCCGGGAGAUCAAGACUCUCCUGGCUUCAGCAGAGAGGGAGAGCUGCGCAGCGCCCCUUCAGCGAAGCGGGAGGAGAAAUGGAAGGGGCUCCGUUUCUCCUGCCGCUUCGCUGAAGGGGCGCUAAGCAGAGAAGGGGAUAAUUUUUUUUUCUUGUUCUCCCCCUCUAAAACAAGGUGCGUCCUAUGGUCGGGUGCGUCCUAUAGAGUGAAAAAUACGAUGAUAUGGGGAGCUAGGUCUAGCCACCAACUUAAUUCCUCACAGUGCCUCACAGGAACACAAUGCCAUGAAUAUUAUGUGAAGUGUAAAUGGUAACUAGAGCUGCUUCGAGCGCCUGGGCAGCUUUUUGUUUAAUGAAGAGUUCCAGAGGAAGUGUCAUUCAUGGGCCCUACUGAGGUGCUAGCUGCCCCAGGAUGCUGGUGGUCUUGGCCAAAACAGUUGGCCCUGGAAGGUGUGUUAGUAAUAAGGGUUUCUCUCUCUCUCAAAACUGACCAGCUACAGCCAGUUCAUGGGGAUGGGGCGUUUGUGAAUGCCAAGAAUGGGCAGGCUUAAAGCUCCCGUUUCAGACAUUGCUCAGCGCUUGUGGAGAAAGGAUGGGAUGGUAGGGACAGCCUGCAUUUCAGUGGAAUACAGCAAGGCAGAACGAGACUUGCUCCCCGCUUCUCCCCCACUGCCCAGCCGCCAUUUUGAAUCCUGAGGAAAAGUUGGCCUCGUGUGCUCCACGUUCCACAUCAGAAAGGGGCGGGGUUUGAGGGCAACUGCUUCUGCGAUUGGGCAGCACAGCCGCCUGUCUUGCCAAGAAGUAGGUGCCCAUGACAGUUCAGUCCGCGAUGCUUUCAUUUCAAAACAUCCCUUGCCCGUGUCUGACUCGGAGAACUUACUGAAGCUGGAUUUGGGGUUCUUUAUAAAAGCAUGUUUCCAUUUUCAGGUUUCGUAUCUAAAUAUCCAAAGUGUUGACCUGUUCGUAAGACACAGUUCCUCACUGUUUUACAAGUGUGGUUGGCACCAAUGGAAACUACUGAUCUGGGCUGCAAAAAAAAGGGGGGAGAAAAUCUGAAAUAUCCCCUUCCACACAUCACAGUUAAGGAAACUACGGUUGUGUUGAAUAUCAGAGAAUGAGCACACACCCUCUGCCCUCUCUCCUCAUUUCCCAGCUGUAUAUUAAAUUAUUAAGAAUGUACUUAACUAUAGCUAUGUGUAUAUAAAUAUAUAUAUAUAUUUGUUGCUCACUGGAAUUUACCACUGUUUAUGGUACUGGAGGUCUGGAAUCAUUGUGCCUUGGUUGUAAAUAAGCUUGAGUGGCUAUUUUAUUUUAUGAAUAAAAAAAUGACUCUGAUUUGUAA